AGGACCAGUGGUCAGGGAUUCUGGCGAAGAUAUCUACGCAGCUCGCUGACUUCUUCGUGGGUCCGAAUGAAAGGAUCGCGUUAGGCUUUUUUCUUUCGCCUCCCCCGCCCCGCCCCCAUUCUUCCUGGCUCCACCGGCAGCGACGGCGUCAAGCGGGCAAGCUGCCAUCCACCAGUAUCACCAGUUGCAGCGAUAUCCCAAAUCGGCCCCAGCUCUCUACCUGCUUGGCGGGUGCCUUGCAACUUAAACGCCACUGCUUAGCCCCCGCCUCUGCGAUCUGGAAGGGUUCAAAACAAGACGAAGCAAGAAGCCGUCGCUGGUGAUCACAGUCGUCUUCCUCCAAACAAGAGCUGCAACCCCGGAUCCCUUCCUCGCCUCUGGCGUCUCUAACCGCCACCUGUGCGCUCCGCCCGCUUGGCACCUGACGGGGCUCCUCCCUUUUCCCGGGGCGCCGCCCCCUGCCCUCCCCCACCUGCCGGACACGCCCCCACUCCAGUGGCUCCUCCCCCCUCCGGUUUCCCCGCCUCCCCCUCGCCCCAGCUCCCGGGCUCCGGCUCCUGCACCUGCUGCUGCUGCUUUCGCUUUUCUCCUCGCCGCGCGUCGGGCGCCUCCUCGGGGAACGGGCGCGAUGGAGCCUCUGCCGCUGGCGCUGGGAUUGGCUGCGUUGCUGGGUGAGUGAGAUGGUCCGGCGGGAGGGAUCGGACGGAGGGCGAGGAGAGCGCGGCUCUCCACCCGGGGCGACGGGGCCCGAGCCUUCGCCCAGCCCGUCGGCCGGGGUCUCCCCUGGGCGCCUCAGGUGCGCCUCCGGAGGCGCUUUCAUUCCUCCGCCUGGACGCGCCCCGGCUUGCCCCGCGUCCCCAUCUCCCUGGAGUUUCCGAAGUGGCCGCGAUCCUUCCCGGCGAGUAAGCUCCGUCUAGCGCAGCUGGGGACGCACUUUUUUGAGGGUGUUGAUGCGUUGGAUCGUGAAUAGGAUUGUGCUGCGCGACCCCCUGCGCCAAGGAGGUGAAGAGUGCGGGCGGCGCAGCUUUCGCUCCGCUGCAUUGAAAGGCGAAUUUUUGCUCUCUGUCUAACCCCGGAGAUGGCAGGGGGCUGCUCCGCUCGCUUACUGCGAAUUAGUUGCCCUCCCUAAGAACCUGGCUAAUCAGCGUGCAACUGGAGUAGGGUCUUUGGUCGGUUUAGUUUUUUCCUCUGCGAUUGAUGGAGGAAACUGGAGAUCGUCUAAUAAUCCUCGUUAAGGAUUGUCAGCAGCUGGGCAAGAACCCGGCGGUGUGAGUUCACUCCGGAUUAACGCAGUAAAAACAGCUAGGCUGUAAUCUUGGGCUUGGGUAGAGUUUGGAUCGGAGAGAGGGCUCGCUUUAGGUGAGAAUCUAGCAAGCUGACUCCUAUGCGUGUUUACUUGGAGAUAAAUCCCACCCGUGCUGGACUUGUGCCCAGGCGCAUGAUUGUGACCUGAGGUCUGUAUCUGCAUAGAUGCUUAUGCUGGCAUGUGGGUAGGUGGUACCAGAGUAUGGUCUGAUGGUACAUGAGGCCACCACCUUGCUGAAGCUAAAUGGGUCUGGCUCUGGUCAGUGCCUGGAUGGGAGACAACAUGUAUGCUGCCCUAUGGGCUGUGUGGUCGUAGUCAAUUGCUGGGUGGUUCUGGCUAAUUGCCAUGUAUGGGCAGUGAACGAAUAGCUCUGUAUGGUUCUAAAAACACCUGGAAGCCCCACUUCUUCCAUAGAUCCACUGCCAAUGGCGAGAGCCAGCGUGGUGUAGCAGUUGUGCUUAGACGCUGGAGAGCAGGGCUUCCAUUCCAUGAAGCUCUCUGGGUGAUUGUGGAUCAUGGCCACUCUCUCUGCCUAAGCUGCCCCUGCAGGGUUGUUGUGAGGACUCGGGGGGGGGGGGAAUUUUGAGUUCUUGGAGAGAGGGUGGGUGAGCAACAAAAUAAAAUAAAUAGGACACUUGUGUGUUUUGGUUCUGAUUCCCACCCCCACCCCCAAAGGAAAAUCUUAGAAAUGAUCUUCACAGGAUAGUGGUGAGAGGAGUCAGGAAAGAUGGUUAAAUGCUCUACAUGGGUCAGAGAAGACUGUUGCUGGACUCCAGCUGUUGUUAGACUACAACUCCCAUCACCAGUUGGCAUGUCGAUUGAUGAAAAUUGGGAGUCCGACAACAUCUGGAGAGAGCAUCAUAUUAAUCAUCUAGGGUGCCACAGAUGCCCUGUCUCUGCGCAGUGGGUGAGAGGUGCUUGAUAUCAUUUGGAUGUGAGCUGAGGUGCAAGUUAAACUCUCAUCUAGAAUGGAAGGUUUCUUUCCUCCCUCACCUCCCUCCCUUUCCUUUGCUGCCUGGUUACAAUAAGCCUCUGCAGCUAAUCUCUCCAGUCAAGUUCUGCUCCCCUACCGUUUUUCUUAAUCCAUCCCGAAGGAGAGGAACAUUUGUUUACUUUAAUCUCCCUACUGUAUUUGCCAACCACCUUUUCCAUAGUUCAAAGCGGCUCAGGCAUUCUGAAAUGCAUCCAUCGCAUUGCCGAAACAAUGUUAAGAUUAUACUCUUUAAUCAAACACAUGGAGAUGUGGAAUUACGCUCAACAGGCCAACGGAAACCUUAGUUAACAGAACCCGCUCUCUGGGAAAGGAGAGCCAUGAGAAAACAGCCAAUGCGAGUCACAUUCCAGGUUACUGAGGAGUUAACAAAUGUGUUGUAAACCAUGAUGCGCACUUGAAUCUGGAGACAGCUUGUGGUUGUGCACUCUAAGCAGUUUGGUAGGACCUGUGUAGAAUCUGUGAUUAUAAGUGACUUAUUGACCUACUCUUAGGGAGAGGGGAGAAAUUUGAUUCGGUUUGCAUUUAAAGGUGAAUCUACCUAAUUCACACUUUCUCUGGAGCAAUCUGUCAGCUGCGACACAGCUACCCUUCAACAUUUGCACUGCUCUGAAUUUUGCAGUGCAGUUUUUCAGCCAAGUAAUGGAUACGAAAAUGCAUAUACUAAAAGCGUGCAUGGUAAUGUCCAUAUUAGGGGAAAAUAACAUACAGAAUGCAUCAUAUUAGGGGAAAUGGCUUGCAAAAAAAUUUGUAUUUCAGGCAAAAUAGCAUAUGAAACGUGUAUGUUAGGAGAAAUUUGCACCAAAAUGCUGAUGAAUUUUCAUGAAAAUCAAUAGGUCAGUGUUUGUUGCAGUCAAAAACAAAAUGAUGAUGUAGAAAUGUGGAGAGUUAAAUAUAAGGUUGGGGAGAAAACAUGAGGAACUGAAACUGGCAGAUCCACACAUCCUGCCCCCCCCCCCCCAGUUCCUUAGCAGUUUAUUACCCAUGCAUCAGACUGUCUAUUAAUCAUUUAUGGAUCCAUCCUGAAUGAUACAUUGGGGACAAUUUAGGACAAAUGGUCUUCAGGUUGUGAGAUGUGCCUUCAGCUUGGGAAUCCUCCCAGCAUCAUUGACAUCUUUCAUUUGCUUGAGAGGAGGAGAAGAGGAAGGCCAAACAGAGGAACAAGAUGGGUGUAUAUGGAUAAACGCUCCUCAACGUAUAAAACCAGGAUCAAAAGACCAUCCAGCUUGGGAUUUAAGCUGAAAAAGCACUCAAUCACUUUUUCACCACUUGUUGCUUCCACACAGUCUGCACGUUUCCCUCAUAAUCCUGUUCUAGUAGCAGGCUGAGUGCGAUAUUCUACUUCUAAGAGCACUGAUAGUGUGCAGUUGUAGUUAUUUUGACUUGCUGUGCAGAUUUUUGUUAUUUCAUGGAGCAUCUUGGGGGUAGCUAUUGGAUGGUGUUGAGGUGGUAACUAGUGAUAACAUCUGUCUAAUGAUGGGAGGAAAGAGAAAUUGAACACAGGAAACCAACUUGAAUGCCCAAUUGGUUUAAGUGAGAGCAUUUGACUCAUGGUGGUCACCAGAACUAGAAACGAAAACUAUUGUUAGCGUGUCAGAUUUUUCCUGGAUAGUGAUUUGGGGUGUGUGUGUGUGUGUGUGUGUGUGUGUGUAAAUGACUAAUUUAGAUUCGUUAAUGUCAAUGGGCCUACUCAAGUAGAAUCAUGUUCUCUUAUAUGAAGACUGCAGCCACAGAGUUGAAUCCAGUUGAAAUUAGUGAACUUAAGUUAGUCAAGUCCAUUAACUUCAAUGGGUUGGCUCUGAGUACAACUAGCAUUAGAUACAAUCCACAGAUUUUUAUUUGUUAGUACUGAAAAUACAAGUAUAUAAAGCUGUCCUUUUUUCCUGUCUGUCUCUAGUGAUAGCAUAUUUCAGUUUAGAACCCUAUGCCAGUUUUUCUAGCUAACACAUGCAGAGAGGUGGGAUCACGUAUACACAUUGUAUACACUGUAUACACAUUGACACUCAGUGUUCCCACAGUGAUCUGUUCACAUAGACUCUCAAUGCUUCAGAUGACCUUCCCCUCCACGAUUUUGCCCAGUGCUCUCACCAAACUGCAGGAGGCAGUGGAAGACAGGAGUGCCUGGCAUGCUCUGGUCCAUGGGGUCACGAAGAGUCGGACACGACUAAACGACUAAACAACAACAACUUUUAAAGCCACCCAAAUUGGAGCCCACUGCAGCCUCCUGGGGGAGCAAGUCCCAUACAGUGGAACCUUGGGUUAAGAACUUAAUUUGUUCCGGAGGUCCGUUCUUAAUCUGAAACUGUUCUUAACCUGAAGCACCACUUUAGCUAAUGAGGCCUCCUGCUGCUGCCACACCCCACCGCUGCGCAGUUUCUGUUCUCAUCCUGAAGCAAAGUUCUUAACCCGAGACUAUUUCUGGGUUAGUGGAGUGUGUAACCUGAAGCGUCUGUAACCCGAGGUACCACUGUAGUUUAACUGUGCACUGCAUGAAGAAGAUCUAAGCCUUGCUUUGUCUUGAUACAGCUAGCUAGUUUCUAUACAUGCUCCGCUCUCUAUCCUUCAUCAAGACAAGCAGAAGACAUUAAUCAAACUGCAAGGGCACAUUCCAGCCAAGGGAAAACAGUCAUGGAGGGUACAAAUGGGCCAGUGUGGGAUGUGGGCUGAAGGGAGCUCCAAAGGUCCAAAAGAGAGGCUUGGAGGGUUGCUUUUUGCAUCCCAUGUGAUUUGAGCCUAUGCAUCUAGAUCACUGUGUAAACGUGGGUGUCAAACAUACGCCAGGAGUUGAAGGUGCACACAACACGAUCGCUCACUUUGCCUUCUAUGCAGAUAACAGAUUAAGAUGUCAGCACAGAGCUUUGAACGUUUGGGUCCUGGAGUCAGAAGAGGGCACACACUGUUAUCACUGUUGGCUUUCUGUUGUUCUUAUCCUCUGCCCUUUUCUGAACUACUCUCUUGUUUGUUUGUCUUGGUAGAACUUGGACCGGCAACUUCUCCUUCUUAGGGCAGCUGAUAAUCUGUCUGUAUAACGUUGUAUAAAUGUCGGGGGCCUCUAGCAAACACUUCCGCAAAUAAUUUCUGGAAAAGGCCGUGAGAGUACUAAUCCGUGGCGAUAUAUUCCAGGGUCUAGUUCAUGACUGCAAUUGCACCAGACCUGAGUAGCCAGGAAAGAGGGGCACGAAAUCACAGAGGCUUAAAAGAGAGCCGAGCGGACUGUAUUCUGGGCACGUACAUACACACAUGAUCUGUACCAGGGGAACUAAAAACUUUGCCAUCAAAAUAAAUUGGGGGGAGAUGAAAAUUUAUCAGUGUGUGAUUGAUCCAUUGUUGUUCUUUUACGUUUUCUGUAAAUUUUUAUUUGGAGCAGUUUAGUGGCUUUGCAGAGUUGGGCUACUGUAAGGAUAGCAGUGAAAAUAGUGUGGGGAGAUAUGGCCCCAGCCCCCCUAAAUCAUCCUGAAACUGCACAUUCCUCUCCCCAGAAAACGCCCCGUCACCACCCAUACUUUGCUCCCCCCUUGAGAGUUUUUGCCUAGCUGGAAUGUGUGUUUGAGUUCUGGCAAUACUCUUUGCUUGCCUGGAUGAGGGAUAGAGUGGGGAAUAUGGGUAAAAAAGGUAAAGGACCCCGGACAGUGAAGUCCAGUCAAAGGCGACUAUGAGGUUGUGGCGCUCAUCUUGCUUUCAGGCAGAGGGAGCCGACGUUUGUCCACAGACAGCUUUCUAGGCCAUGUGGCCAGCUUGACUUAACCGCUUCAGGUGUAACAAAACACCAUGACAGAAACCAGAGCACACAGAAACGCCUUUAACCUUCCCGCCGCAGUGGUACCUAUUUAACUACUUGCACUGGUGUGCUUUUGAACUGCUAGGUUGGCAGGACCUGGGACAGAGCAACAGGAGCUCACUCCAUUGCAUGGAUUCGAAACACCAACCUUCCAAUCAGCAAGCCCAAGAGGCUCAGUGGUUUAGACCACAGCUAGCCUAACGUAAAACUAAUAUUCAUUGCUCUGGUCACUUUCACCUCUGGCCCUGGCUGCCACUGGAAAGUGGCCCCUGGAAAGUUCUUCAGGAGGGAAUGUGGCCCACUGGCUGGAAAAAGGUUUCCCAUCCCUACUAUAUGGGAAUAUGCUGUUGCUGUUAAGAAUAGUAUUUAUUGGUGGCUUUAAAAAAGGGAAAGAAAUGGAACUCAAAAUGACCAUUAAAAACAAGGAUAAAACAACCUAAAAUACAAAAGCGGCCAGAUCCUAAGAAUGCCUUACCAUCUUAAGAUCUGCUCUGGGAUGAUUUUGUGGGUAGAUGGGAAUAGAUUGAAGUACCAGGCAGUUCACUGUAGAAAUUAAGCCCAGCCUCUAAUGUGUGGUGUGUAUGUGUGUGUGUCCCUAUUUGGAGAGGUUGACUUCCCAAGUCAUCUCCCCUGGGACCCUUGCCCUUGCAUGUUUCCUUUAAGUCUUAUUAUGCUUUCCUAACCCUCCCCCCACCCAGCCCUACGUGACAUAGGACAUUAGAAGCAUGAGUUCUGUGAGUUUGUGGAACUGCCUCUACGUAAAGGAAGUGGCAUUUGCCUGAUAGCUUUAAAAGGAGAUGGAAACGAUGACUCUAAAACACAACAUUGGGAACAUUUUAUUAUUAUUAUUUUUAAAAAAUGCAUUCUCCCCAGGGAAUGAGUUGGGUGGACCAUGGCUUUUAUUUCUGGCUCUGUUUUCCAGGAUCUUGUUGUAACAUUCUGAGCUGCACAGUGAUGCAGAGAAAAAUUACGUACUGACAAGGCAGGGAUACAGGGAUCCUGUUAAUUAGAUUCCCCUCUACCCUUCUUGAAUGUAACAGGAAGGGAGCAUUUUGCAUUGAGCCAUGUGAUUCCAAACCUCUUCUUGUGAUAAAUAAAUAAAUAAAUAAAUAAAUAAAUAAAUAAAUUUUAUUUGUAUCCCGCUCUCCCCAGCCAAAGCCAGGCUCAGAGCGGCUAACAUCAUAUAAAUAAGACAAUAUGCAUAAUACAAUAUACAAUAUGCAAAUAAAAUAACAUUCAACAUUCAUUAAAAUAUAGAAUAAUAUUAAAUAUCAGCAUUUCAAAAUUAAACAGAAAUCCACUCAACAGUUACAAUAAGUAAUUUCUAAACUCCAAUCAACAGCAAACCACAGUGCACAACAUAAUGUCGUAAAUCCAGGGUCCCCUCCAGACUUGUGUGAGGUUUUUUUUUGGUGGGUAUUGGACUGUGCAUACCUCAUUCUGCUUUAUUUCUGUGGUGCUUCCUCAAUUUUUUUUGCAUUAUUGCUGUCUGGAGGGUCUGUCUUGUGCUGUAGCACAGCAACGGAAGUAGAAAAACCCCUGGUACAUAUGUGGAUAUAAAACAUGACAGGUUUUCAAGAGGAAGCCCCAAUAAAUGCACUCAUAGGAAACAAAGCAGUGUUUCUCCCCCCCCCCAAAAAAAUUUCCAGGUUCUAACAGUACUGAAAGCAGGAUUGUGUAUAAUUUUCCUAAUAUCAUCCUGAACGCACAUUAUCAGGAAUGCACAAUAAAAAGGACAACAGGAGAGACUUAGGCUCUAUACUUGAUAGUGCAACUAACUUCAAUAUGAGUUCUGUUGCUUUAGGGAGACUUGUGUACACACCUAGCGUUGCAAAGUUAAAGGGUCCAUAGCGGGCAGUUUGCAAGAUGUGAUACGAUAAUCUUUAUUGUCAUUAUCCCAUACAGAACAACGAAACUGAAAAAUCUACAUAAGACAUUCAAAAACCAACAAGCCUGCUAUCCCAGCUAUCCCAACCUGGUUAGCCCCCUAAAAACUCUGAUACCCCAUUUUUAAAUACAAUAUACUCCCAUAGAGACUCCUUACACUGCGUUUAAAACCAAAAUCGCAUUUGGAUAGAAACUGUUUCUCAGGUGGCUAGUCCUAGUCUUUAUAACCCUGUACCUUCUUCCAGAAGGCAGAAGCUGAAAGAGAUCAUUUCUGGGGUGCGCACUAUCCUGCACUAUCUCUGCAGCUUUCUUAUGGCACCUGGAAGCAUAGAUUUGAUCCAAGGUGGGAAGAGUGCACCCAGUUAUUCUCUCCGCAGUCUUUACAACCCUGGACAGCAUUGUUGGCAUCACCUUGGCCAAGAUUGCAGAGGAAGCAGUAAUUCCAAUGCUCCCUUCCAUGUCUUGCAGACAGCUCCCAUAGCUACAGACAUCACUUGUGUGAAUUGGUCCCACUGAACUUGGUAGGCCUUACCUGUCUGUUCCCUCUGGGCUGUGUAAGCCCAGUGGCUUCUGGGCAAUGAACCAACAUUCACCUGCAGGCAACUGCUUCCACUUGGUGUGCAAUUGGUAGCUGGAAGUGAGGUCUUUUAGCCCUACCUGAUGCUAAGCUACCAAAUGAUAUGCUACUAGGACCUGGGAAAUAGCAAGACUGCUGCCAGGGGUGGACUACCUGUGGCCCUCCAGAUUUUGUUUGUCUCCCACCAGCCAGCAUGGCCAAUGGUCAGGGAUGAUGGAAGUUGUAGUUAGCAACCUCGGGCGGGCCACAGGUUCCUCUAGUUAUUUGCAGGAUUCUUUGGAAAUUUUCACCCCAAACUACUUCACUGCCACAAGUAAAAAAAGUUUCUCAUCCCAUAGAAGCAGCCUCCUGCCUACAGGAUUCUGGUCUUUCAGCUGUUUCUCCCAAAUUGUCUGUCUUGAAUCUUGCAGUGGGUCCUUAAGAAACAUCACUAAUCACUCUCCCUUUCACCUAGGGUGCAAACAGCUGUCUUAAGAUGCCCUGCAGUUCUUGCUGACAUUGCCCUUGAUGGAUUUCAUUUAAAUGUCUGAAUUCUGUAGCACCUCACAGAUCUUUCCUCUUGGUUUGCUUUGGAAUCUGUUGUCAUCGAUGGCUGCUGGCCACAAUGGCUAUGUCCCACCUCCAUGAGAGGUAUUGUGCAUUUGAAUACCAGUUUCUGGGAAUCGUAGGUGGGCAGAGUGCUGUUGUGUUCAUGUCCAGCUGAACCAGGUGGUCAUUGGCCUGAUCCAGCAGGCUGGUUUGCCUUACGCUUUUCAGUGUUCAUAACAUGCCCAUAGUUGGUUGAUUUGAUAAGCUUUUAGUUUCCCCUUUGUUUAAUCAACUUUGGCCAGCCUGAUGUCUGGGAAAAUUUCCAGUGUUGCUCACACAUAAAUUUUCACCGGAAGGAAGCGAGGUCAUAAUCAUCUUAGCCAUCUGUAAAAAGGGAGCAAAAAAAGAGGUUUGCUAUUGGGCUACUAGCAACUGCUUUGAAGGGAGGUGCCAGACAUCUGUGGCAGAGCAUUUCAUUUGCAUGCAGAAGGGCUUGGGUUCAAUCUCUGGCAUUUUCCAGUUACAGUGGUACCUCUGGUUAAGAACUUAAUUCGUUCUGGAGGUCCGUUCUUAACCUGAAACUGUUCUUAACCUAAAGCACCACUUUAGCUAAUGGGGCCUCCCACUGCCGCUGUGCCGCCACCACAUGAUUUCUGAUCUCCUCCUGAAGCAAAGUUCUUAACCCAAGGUACUAUUUCUGGGUUAGCGGAGUCUGUAACCUGAAGCGUAUGUAACCUGAAGCGAAUGUAACCCGAGGUACCACUGUACAGAGAUGAGGAAACUUUGGCCCUCCAAAUGUAUGGUGGUAUCUCUGGUUGCGAAUGGGAUCUGUUCUGGAGGCCCGUUCACAACCUGAAAGGAACGCAACCCGCGUCUGCGCGUCUGUGCAUGUUGCGAUUCACCACUUCUGCGCAUGCACGUGACGUCAUUUUGCGCGCCUGCGCAUGCAUGAGCAGCAAAAUCCGGAAGUAACCCUUUCUGGUACUUCUGGGUCACCGCGAGACGCAACCUGAAAACGCUCAACCUAAAGCAAACGUAACACGAGGUAUGACUGUAGUCCCUUCAGCCCCUGUCUGCGCUGCCAGUCAUAAGGCAUGAUGGGAGUUGUAGGCCAAGAAUAUCUGGAGGGAUGUAGGUUCUCCAUCUCUGAGGUAGCAGGUGAGAGGCAAAGCUGCUCUUCCUGCAUAGGGAAUACUGAGCCAGAUGGACAAAUAGUCUGAUUUGCUAUAAUGCUGCUUUCUAGACACAUGUGCCUGUCCAGUUAGUUUAUGUAUGUGAAAUGGGGGAUGGGGGAGCAUCUUCUUUUCUUCAAAAUGUCUUGCACUCACCUUGACCUUGGGGAUUUGUCUUGGAGCCCACCUAAGACCUUGGCUAUCAGUCCAGGCACCUGCUGCUCUUCAAGGGAUAUCAGCUGAGUUAAAAAAAAACCCAACCCUUUCAAACCUCUAAGUGUUUUGUGAUCUAAAUUACCUCUGAAAGACAACUCACUAUUGCUGAUUAAAUUGGUCCCCCCAUGAAACAAAAUCAGAACGGUAAGAGUUAAAAAGCAGUCAGCUAGCUGCUAAGCAUUACAGAGUAGCCAAUUCUCCCCCCUCCCGAAUUUUUAUUCUCUUGAGUCUUAAAGUUCCUCCUGCCCUGGGGUCGUGAGAAAUGCAACAAGGGACUUUCUCAACAAGCGUUGUGCUUAAGGCCAACUCAUAUCUGUUAAUUUUAUAAAUAGUUCCUGCUCGCAAACAAACUUUUUUCUCCCCCUUGCAACUUUGAAUUGGGAAUGAGAUACUCCCAUUCCUACUAGGAAAAGGUCCAAUUACGAGCACAUUUGCACCAUACAAUUAGAGCACAUGGUUUCUGCCAAAGCAUUCUGGGAACUGUAGUUUAGGAGUGCGGGGAACUGUAGCUCUGGGAGGAGUAAACUGCGGUACCCAGGAUUCUUUGAGGGAAGUCAUAUGCUUUAAAUAUGUGGUAUGUGGCCACAGAGAAACAAAGAACGGUAACCUUCAGUCUUCUGUUUUGGGGGGUUUCCCCCCUUCCCUCUGUCUACUCUUCCAUAGUGAAACUUGCCAUCUGGGCACCUUCACAAACCAGCAAGGGUCCAUCAAACUAAUACUGAGACAGAGGGAAGAGUGCUGGUCUCUUGGUUUAAUUUCUGUCUCGAUUUCACAUCGCGUAAUCAUCUUAAUCUUAUAGACCCAGGUCAUCAAAUGAAAUCCGCCUUCAUCCUUUAAUUCCCAAAUGUUUAAUAGCUUAUAGGGGAGGAAUCUCUGAUUGGAGGACUGUGGUCGGGAAUUAUGGAUGGGUCUCUGAAAUGCCCAAAGUCUCCCUUCUCUCUGAUUUGUGGUUCAGGUUUUCACUUGGCUCUUUUGAAAGCAAAUUUUGGAUUUAUUUAUUUUUUAAGAGACCCAGCAAUCAGGAACAGUGAUUUUUAAAGUCUGGAAUAGUGUGGCUCCCUGCUAAUUGGGCGUUUCUCAUCUUUCCCACCAGUUACCUUUUGUUCUCUUUUUUCAUCAUUCAGGAUUUGUUUUGAAAAACUAGAGGGGUGGUGAUGAACAGGUUUCUUCCCAUUCACGUAUACAGCAGAGUAUGGGCUCCUCCACACAACCCUGUUUAUUGAGUGUUCAUCUUGAUUUGCUUGCAGAAAGCUUACAUGGAGGCUAGAUUGUGUCUUUAUUGAGUGUUUGUUCUGAUUUGUUUGUGGGGAGGCUAUACAAUGAGCAUUCACCCCAGCUUACUUACGCAGUGGUUUUUCACCCCACGAUUUUCUAUGCAUUUCCCUGUCACUUUCCAAACAGCAAAAAGUCCAUUUUUGAAAUGUGGAUUUCUUUUGCUUUAUCUUUAAUCCACUUUAAUUGCGCAAACUUAAAUUUCCCAGUGAUGCGCUUGAAUCAUUCCCACAAAGUAGUGUCAUCCUGGUGACACCUUGAGAAAAUUAGAUCUUUUGAAGUCUGUCUUAUAUUGCACUCCACUUCCCCUGUUUUCCUGUUCCCUUACUUUUGUUGUUGUUUAGUCGUUCAGUCGUGUCCGACUCUUCGUGACCCCAUGGGCCAGAGCACACCAGGCGCUUCUGUCUUCCCCUAAACAAGGGAGCAUCCUACUGUAGAUCAAAAUGAUGCAAGGAAAUCGGAUCCUGCCAAAUGUUGCAAUGGAUCGUACUGGAAGACACAAGAACUGCCCACCCGAGAAGAAUGGCAGAUGAAAGUGAUGGACUAUAUGGAACUGGCUGAGAUGACCGGCAGAAUUCGAGACCAGGGAGAAGGGUCGAUGGAAGAAGAUUGGAAAAAAUUCAAAAUAUACCUUCAAAAAUAUUGUAAUAUAAAAGACUGUUAGAAAGAGGUUGGAAAAUGAAAAUUAGGUCGUUUUGGUAGAUAUGAUAUAAAGGAUUAAGUAAAAUGAGUUGAUGAAAUUGACGAAACAGAGGAGGUUUAAUUACAUUAUUUUAAAUUAAAAUACGUAAAUGAAAAUAAGGUUAGAAGGACUUGCUGGAAAUACGAUCUGAACUAGAAUACAAAACUGGGAGGUGAGAGGAGGUCAUGGACAUAAGUAAAGGGAAAAGGCUAUGUAAAGGUUUAAUUUGUUUUUGUUUCAUUUUAACUUAAUGCAUUUUUAUACUUUUGUUAAGUCUUCUUUUUUUAUUCUAUUUUAUUGUUCACUUUUAUCUUUUUACUUUUCGCUUUGUUAAGGUUAAAUUUUUCUUUGUAUUUUGUAUGGUUUUUCUUUCUCUUUUUUGUAACUUUAAAUUUGGAAUAAAUAUCAUUUAAAAAAAAAACAAAUGUUGCAAUGGAUCAAUGUUAAGUUUUUUGUUUUUAAAUUUUAUUUUAGUAUUGUUUUUUUAUUUUGAAUUACAUGGCGGGGAGCACACAAUAAUCUUUUCAGUGCUUAGGCCCUCCAAAGGUCUUCAUCUGACCCUGGCUGCAGCAUCUGCCUUGUGUGCAGAAGGUCUCAGCUUCAAUCCCCAGCACCUCUAGAUAGAGCUGGAAAUGGGUGGGAAUGUAGAGAAGUUAAAAUUUUUUGGAAAUGAUAUAUAAUGAACUGAAGAAAAUGUUUAAAAUGACAUUUGUUAAAAAAAAACACCCAGAAUCAUUUCUGUUAGGGAUUGUAGGACAAGACCUGCCAAGGAAAAGAAAGUAUUUAUUUAUGUAUGCAACAACAGCGGCAAGAGUCUUGAUAGCACAAGGAUGGAAGAAUGAGGAAACCCUGACAAAAGAACAGUGGCAAGAGAAAUUGGUGAACUAUGCUGAACUGGCUAAAUUGACAUACAAACUGUGAGAUAAGGACAACUGUGACUUUAAACAAGAAUGGGAACUUUUCACAAAUUACUUAAAAAGACAACAAAAUGAAUUGGACUCCUUGGCAGGUUUUGAAUAAACAUACACAAAUUUAUUGAUUGAUAACAUGGCAGACAGAUAAUGUAAGGAUUUGUAUAAUUUUAUAACAUGCAGAGAAUAAUAUGUGUUGAGAAAUCAGAGAGAGGAGCUGAGGGAAGUCUCUGGGGUGGGGAGGGAGGGUUUGAGGGGGGUGGGGGAAAAUAAUGAAUAUGAUAUGUUUUGAUAUGUUGUUAUAUUGAAACUGCUAAUAAAAAUAUUUUAAAAAUAAAUAAAUAGAUAGAGCUGGAAAUGUGGCCAGUCUGAAACUCAGGAGAACGCCAGUCGCUGGGUACAAAGGAUGAUGAUCUAGAUAAUGGACCAGUGUCCUCACUCAAUAUAAGACUGUUUCGUAUGUUUUUGGAUCACCCUUCUGGGAAGUGCAUUCCACACCCUGUGUGCUCCUUUUACUGUCCUGCACCCCCAAUUUCAUCAUCAUCUUUAUCAUUUAUUAUUUCUACCCUGUCUGUCUGUCUGGGUUUCCCCAGCCACUCUGGGUGGCUCCCAACAGAAUAUUAAAAACACAAUAACACAUCAAACAUUGAAAAUGUCCCUAAACAGGGCUGCCUUCAGAUGUCUUUUAAAAGUCAGAUAGUUGUUCAUUUCCUUAACAUCUGAUGGGAGGGUGUUCCACAGGGCGGGCACCACUACCGAGAAGGCCCUCUGCCUGGUUCCUUGUAACCUCACUUCUCACAGGGAGGGAACCACCAGAAGGCCCUCGGAGCUGGACCUCAGUGUCCAGGCAGAAUGAUGGGGGUGGAGACGCUCCUUCAGGUACACUGGGCCUGAUUCAUAAGUGAUUUGAUUUGUGAUUGACGGCACCCUUGCAACUGGUUCUGUAUCAGAUUAAUCCUCAGCUGGGAUUGACGUGCAUGAGACAAUACUUGGAAGAAGCUGAAGGAAAUGAAAGCAUAAGCGAGGUGACUUUAUGGCAAGGAGUUUCCUUGCCUGUGGGAAGGCCACCUGCCGUAGCCUUAGGGCUCUUGCUGCUGAGUCGGCAUUUAAAGAUUUCCCUUUGUCUUCUUUUUUUCCUUCUUUUUGCUGAUGAUGUACUUUGCCAAAACUGUUGUUUCCCCUUUAGAAGUGCCCUUGUAUCCUCCUUGGUUCUGAAAGGAGAACAGGAGAUCCCAAAAGUUUUUAGGUGAGUGGGUGCUCUCAGUAGAUGCCUCUUUCUGGGCCUCUCUAACUUGGCACCAGCAAUCUGAUUGGCAGAUGAGCACAAAAAUCUGUAUUCGUUUUAUGAGGGUUUUUCUUUAAAUGGUGCUUUCCUAAUUACAAUAUUCCCAAUGGCAGCCAAAACCCAAGACGGCCAAACUGCAAUCCCAAAACAGUUUAAGAACAAGGCAGUAUCAAAUAAAAUCAGAUUCAAUAAAUAGGGAAAGGAAAGAAAUCAGAUCCAAUAAAAAGAAAGAAGAAAGAAAGAAAGAAAGAAAGAAAGAAAGAAAGAAAGAAAGAAAGAAGAGUUGUAACAGACUCCAGAAGCAGUGUUAGUUAGGCAAUAUUAGACUUCUGGACUUAAUGUUCUUAUGGUCACCCACACCCACUUAAGAACGUAAUAAGUAAGUAAGUAAGUAAGUAAGUAAGUGGUUUCCCCAGCCACUUUGGACGUCUUCCAGAAAAAUAUAAAAGUAUAACAAAACACCAAACAUUAAAAACCUUUAAUACAUUAAAUACAGGGCUGCCUUCAGAUGUCUUCUAAAAGUUCUGUAGUUCUUUAUCUCCUUGACAUCUGAUGGGAGGGCAUUCCACAGGGCAGGCACCACUACUGAGAAGGCCUUCUGCCUGGUUCCCUGUAACUUCACUUUGUGAUCUGCAUUUUUAAAAUCUAUUAAAAAUAGCAUUGUGCACUUUCUUCAAAAUAUGCAUUCUGAUGCAUUUUUUUUCAUCUGAGAACACCAUCACAAAAUUGGGAGAAGAACAAAUUCUGAGGGCUAACUGUCUUCUGAUCUACAUACCCAGUCCAGGAGAUUUGGAUCUUGUUGGGGCAUAUCAGAAUUCAUUAGGAUCUAAGUCUUGAGCAUCCCUACAUGGGUGUUCCAUGACUGGAACUCUUUGCGGCUCCCCCCACCCACCUACCCCCCUCCCACCCUGCAUUGUGGAACUUCCACAAUGACAUCUUUUAUUUUAUUUAUUAGAUUUGGCAGUUGCUGUAUCUUGCCCAGGGCAACGCAAAGCGACUUGCUACCGAACAGAUAUAUAGAUAAAAAGCACCAUAUGGAUACAUCAAAACCAAGAGGAAAGAAAACUACAUUGAAAAACAUCCCACCCACUUCUAAAAAGGCCACGGGUAGUUAAUUUUCUUUCUUUCUUUUUUGCACUUAAUUUAUUUAUUAUUAAUGUUGCAACACAUAUAUGAAAUCUUUACAUAUUGAUACAUAUACAUUAUAUUCGUAAAUUCACAUUUUCACAUUUCAUUAUGUACCAACAUUUAUCCAUUUCUUAUUUCUUGCCCUGUGCCUUCCCUCCACCCGUGCGUGACUUCCUUUUUAUUAUUUUGUACCUUUCUUAUUGAGAUUGUAAUUUUGUAUCUUAAUAAUUAAACAUUCAAUCUUAUAUAUCUGCUUUGCUUAGCUUAGCUUAACUUAACUUUGUGAAAUCAGUUUAUACAUAUCAAUAAAUUCUUGUUGGAGCAUCUUUUGGUCAUGUAUUCUUCUACACAUUUCCAUUCCUGUUUUAAAUGCCAAAGGAUGGCUACAGAGGAAUUUUAUUUUUUUUUGUCUGGAGCCUAAAGAUAUCUAAUGACGGUGCCAGGCGAGCUCCCCUCAGGAGAGCAUUCCACAAACAGGGAGCCACUGCAGAAAAAACCACUGUAUAGUUUGGCCUUUAAUUUUAAAAAGAAACCGGACUUGUGAACCCCUGCCUUACGUGACAGCAGAAGAAAAAGGGGGGAAGUCUUUUAAAGAAAUCAGCCUAGGUUUUAGAAUUAGCAGGGCAGCAGGGAGCCAGCAUGGUCUAUCUUGAGCAGCUUAGGGGUCGCCCUGAUAAAGCAAUGUCAGUUGGCUGUUCCAAAAGGCUCUUUCCCCGUCUGCUUCCUUCUCAUGGAGGAUCAAGCAUCCAUCUGGGCUUGACCUAAGUCACUCGAAACGACACAGUGUGGAGAUCAGGGUGGUCAACCGGGGCUAAUGCAAGGCUAAUGUGUUCUUACCGUGUCGGGCAAGAAGCGGUGUCGGGACAGCAACCUGUUUCCGGAGAGCAGCUGGUCUGUAUCACAGGAACCUACAGAAAGAAAGGAAAGAAAGAUUGAAAUAGGAGCCAAUUGCUAUGGGGCUUUGAUCCCGCCAUGCAUUCCUUGUUAUUGUGCUGAGCCUUGUGCAAAUACUCUGAGUGUGGAAGUGGGUGUUUUUUUCCGGGGUGUGUGUGUUGUUGUUUAAACACAUGUUUUUUUAAAAAAACUUCUUAAUACUUUAAAAACUCUGAAAUAAGAAUGCACAUGUUAUAUUUGGCUUUGGAGAUGCACUUCAACUGUUCAGCAGAUCCUGUCCUCAAUGCUUAUCUCUGCAUCCUUGUAUGCAGUUUAUCUCAUGUACCAUUUUCCCAUCAAAUAGGUGAGCCAUAUUGAGUGUCAAAUAAUAAAUUUUUAUUUAUACCCCGCCCAUCUGGCUGGGCCUCCCCAGCCACUCUAGGCGGCUCCCAACAGAAUAUUAAAAACGCAAUAAAACAUCAAACAUUAAAAACUUCCCUAAACUGGAUUGCCUUAUGUCUUCUAAAAGUCAGAUAAUUGUUUAUUUCCUUGACACCUGAGGGAAGGGUGUUCCACAGGGCGGGCGCCACUACCAAUAAGGCCCUCUGCCUGGUUCCCUGUAACUUCGCUACUUGCAGUGAGGGAACCGCCAGAAGGCCCUUGGCGCUGGACCUCAGUGUCUGGGUUGAAUGUUGUGGGUGGAGACGCUCCUUCAAGUAUACUGGGCCAAGACCAUUUAGGGAUUUAAAGGUCAGCACCAUGUUGUGUGUCAAAGGCAGGCAGCUAACAAUUGUGAUCCUGAACUCAAAGAGAGGCUCGUCUUGUUUUAAAUGAAAUAACCCUCUGCACAAAGAGACACAGAGGAAAAGGGAAAACAGGUGCAGAUGUAGCCCAGCUGAUAAGAUCCUUCUGUCUGAGCCAGGUGCUUAAAGCCCACACAUCUGGAAAAGGCUGCACUGUUCUCCAGGACGACAAAUACUCUGGCUUCCGGCCAGCAGUUUUCUCAGAACCAGUAGGAAAGGAGGAAUUUCUCUUUAAGCCUAUGCAUCAGGUUUUUAUGUAUUAUAGUUUAAUUGGUGGACACCCUUGAAACUCCCUUAUUCUCAUACCAUUCAUUUCUGCUUGUCUUUCCCUGCCCUUACAAUUUGCUGAAACCACUCAUCCAUCUGCAGCAUUUGCUCUGCAACAGCCUGUCUUGCGUUGUCUUUAAAAGCCAAUGUGAGUGUUCUUUGGGUUUAAAGAUAUGCUAGAAAAACACAACUAUCCUACUAUCUGUUAUCAGAUAAUGUUCUUUGAACCCCUGAAGAGUUAUCAUACAGGAGAAGUCCAAGACUCGUUCUCUGCCACCCAGAGUGCAGGACUACAAUUCAGCGGUGGCCGGUGCCCCCUGAGCCUGGCAAGACAGAAGGGGCAGGGAAACCCAAUAGUAAGCAGAGCUAGAGCCAAUGAACAGGCAGAGCCAAUGGAUUCUAGUUUUCUCACCAUCCUCUUCCCAGCUGAGUUCUAUAAGGGCAAACGUGAGACUAAGGAGAAGGAAGCUGAUAAACAGAGGCAUUCCCUGGGCGAGUUGUAAGUUGGCAGAGGGGCUUUCUUGUAGGUAGACUGAGAUGGAUGGGGCAAUGCCCCAUUGGCCCUAAUGGACCAGCCACCACUCACCUAAAUAAGUUAAGGGGUGGUAGCUUUCAGCUGACAUUCAGGUAGCAGUAGUUGGGACUUAGAGAGGUGGUGGAGUCUUCUGAAGUGGAGGUCUUCAAAGAGGCUGGGCGACCCUCUGUUGGGGAGGCUGUAGCUCCAGACUGUCUCCAUGCAAGGUCCUCUCUGACUCUGUGCUUUGUUGUUGGAGCCAGUGUGGUGUAGUGGUUAAGAGCGGUAGACUCGUAAUCUGGUGAAUCGGGUUCGCUUCCCCGCUCCUCCACAUGCAGCUGCUGGGUGACCUUGGGCUAGUCACACUUCUCUGAAGUCUCUCAGCCUCACUCACCUCACGGAGUGUUUGUUGUGGGGGAGGAAGGGAAAGGAGAAUGUUAGCUGCUUUGAGACUCCUUAGGGUAGUGAUAAAGUGGUAUAUCAAAUCCAAACUCUUCUUCUCUUCUUCAGCAGUUCAAAAUGGAGGCACACCAGCACAUGAAAAGGCAGUCUGCUUAAUACAGGGCACCUUUAAUAUCCUUGCAUGUGUUCAUUUCUCUCCUUUUCUCCAGGGAACUCAGGGUGGCAUUCCUCUUUUUCUCACCCUACUCACUUUAUCCUCCAAACGACCCUGCGAAGUAGAUCUGGCUGAACUGUAAUGACUUUCUGUGAGGAUCCUGGCUGAGCAGCAAUGUAAUGGCAAAUUCAGAAAUGCAGGGCUCCUUCAUGAUAGUUAGGCAUGUCUCUUCUAAGAUUAGACGAUCCUCUGAGAUUAUACAACUGUAAAACAGUAAUAAUAAUUAGGGGUCCAUGGCAGCAUUCUAGGCAAAUCUCCAUGUGUUGCCUUUCCGCUAGAUCUAUUAUUAUCUGGGCACAUACAUGGGAAAUAUAUCUUCUUUGUGAGUGACUUAAGUUGUGUUUUCUGUGGAGUUCUCUUGUGCAUAACAGAACUUAAACACCAUUCUCCUGAAACAGAAGCACCUUGUGCUUUCAGUGUUCCUAAAUGCUCAGCUUUGGAGCAUACAGCGGCUUAAAAAGCUCCCUUUUCAUGUUGAUUGUGGAGCUCCAUGAUGCUGGAAAGAGGGACUCGGCAGAGGCCCUGCUGCAGAAAUUUCUAAAAGGUAAAGGACCCCUGGACAAUUAAGUCCACUCAAAGACGACUAUGGGGUUGUGGCGCUCAUCUUGCUUUCAGGUCGAGGGUUUUGCAGAGUUGGGAAAGGUUCAGAAUGGUUGUUCAUCAUGGUUGUUCAUCAUCCCUAUGGUCAUAUAUGAUUUACUUGGCACAGCCGGGCUGCAUGUGGUGGUUCUUUCUUUCUUUCUUUCCAUUUAAUCUUUAUUGAUUUUUUUUGUUAUACAUCACAAUUAUAAUUCUCCAUCAAAAUAUACAUAAGAAGCAAAGAAUACUUAAAUGUUGAAAAUGAAAUACAAUUACGUAAUAAAGUAUUAAGACUUCCCUCCACCCGAACGUGGGUCCUCUACAAUUCUGUAUGAACUGCCUAUUUUAAUAACAUCUAGUUCAUAUUUAUCCAAUAUGUCCAUAAGCUAAGUCACCUUGCAGGAGUCAUUCAAGUCCUGCCAAAGAUUUCAGAUGUUUACUAUGAUCUUUGAGGUAUUGUCUGUAUUUAUCCCAUUCUGUGUUAAAUUUUUGGUCAUUGUGAUUCCCUACUUUCCCCAUUAGUCUAGCCAGUUCCGCGUACUCAAAUAAUCUUAUCUGCCAUUCUAUUUUUGUCUGUAUAUUGUCUCCUUUCCAGCAUUGGGCUAAUAACAUGGUUGCAUAAAUAAAUAAUGUCCUCAGGUCUUUUGAUAUAUCUGCUCCACAUGUGGUACUUCUAAAUUGAUUCAUAAACCGUGGUCAGAAAGAAAGCUGUUUGUAAUCAUUAUCCCGCCCCCAGUCACUGUGGGAAUGUUCAGGGAGGCAGGAGAGGGUAUAUUGUUUAAUAAUAUCCUUCCUAAAUUCCAUUAGCAAGUUCUAUAUCUUAGCAGAGUUUAAACAUAUCCCUUUAAACGCACAGCGGAUCUGAUUGUUGCAGGCUCGUCUGAGCCUCUCUAAAUAAGAUCCCUUCUUGUCCCUCUUAAAAAGAAUAGACACAACAAUCUUAUUAAAGUCUAUAUAAAAGUAAUUUACUCACAUUCAUUCAGUUCACAGUUGGAUCCCUGAAGGCAGACUUAGGUUACAAAAGUAUAUAUACAUGUGGAACUCUCCCAUAAGGGAGUUAGUCCGCUAACAGGUAGAAAAACAAAAUGGAGAAGAUGGAGCAAAAGAAGAACGUGUGCUCCCCUACCCAGAUCAGGCCACACCCACAUCUAGUCACAUGCAGAGGAAGUUUGUCCCAGCUCAGGAGGAAACAGGAAGUUUUCUCCUGGCUGGUACAAAGCAUCCCCUAGCAUGUCCAUUCUAGGAAUGUUGUACAGGUACUUGACUGCAGUGUGUUUCACAUCCCACAUUUACAACACACCAGUGCCAAAAUGACUUCAAAGAUAAAUUUGACUUUUAAUCUAAGCCCUGACAAUGAAUCAGCCAAGCUACGCUUACACGGGAGUCUGCACCAGUGAAAUGAUUUGGCGUUUCUUCCGAGUAAGCACCAGAAGGAGAGCUGGCAGUUAGGCUUCCAGCGGACUGAAUUGCAUGUGUUAAUUAAACGUGCUCUCUAAACCCUGGAAUUGUCAGAGCCAGGGCUAGUUCCUAAUGCUUGAAACCUAAGCUUCUUAGGGUGGAAUUCAAAGGAGCGUUAAGGAAAUAUCUCCGUCCGUACAAGCGUUUCUGCUUGCCUGAUGGAACGAUCCCUCCUCUCUUCACCCCAAACACUAUCCUGGGGGUCCUCCCACAAACACCUAGCUUACUGAUGGAGCAUGUGGGGGAGGAGAGGGGGGAAGCCCCAUUACACUAGAGGGCAUAUUGCACUGGCUUUUGCUAGCACAACCAUUUAGUUUAAUUCUGGCUCUUAAAAGUUCACUGAGCCUUGGAUGCUGAAGCAGAACGGUGCUUUCUGCCUUGCAGAUCUUAGCGUUCGAGGGUUUAGAGGAGCCUUUCGCAACCUGUGGGUCCCCAGAUGUUGUUGAACUACAACUCCCAUCACCCCUAGCUGGCAAGGCCAAAGCUCAGGGAUGAUGGGAGCUGUAGUCCAACAACAUCUGGGGACCCACAGGUUGAGAACUGCUGGUUUAGAGCAUGGGUUAGCAAAUUAAGGCCCGGGGGCCGGCCCCAGCCCAAUCGCCUUCUAAAUCUGGCCGACGGAUGGUCCAAGAAUCAGCAUGUUUUCACAUGAGUAGAAUGUGUCCUUUUAUUUAAAAUGCAUCUCUGGGUUAUUUGUGGGGCCUGCCUGUGUUUUUACAUGAGUAGAAUGUGUGUGUGUGUGUUGUUUUUUUAAAUGCAUCUCUGGGUUAUUUGUGAGGCAUAGCAAUUCGCUCACCCCCCCCCCCAAUAUAGUCCAGCUCCCUACAAGGUCUGAGGGACAGUGGACCGCCCCCCUGCUGAAAACAUUUGCUGACCCUUGGUUUAGAGAUGCUAUGAAUGAGAAUUGUGUCUGGCAGAGGCAGCUUCUGGUCAAAGAGUGCCUGGGGCCAGCUAGAGGGAUGCCCUGUGUGUGUCAGACGAUCAGAUCAAACCCUUGUGCCAGCUUGACCUUCACUGGUGAAGAAGGCCCUGUUCGGAAUCAGCCUGAUGACUUGGCAGGUGAUGUCUCUUGUAUGGAGGAGUGGAAUCUCCCUGCUUCACUCAGUUGCUGGGGUACCUCUUUGCUAGGGUGGCCAUUAGUUCAUUGAAAAAAGAGGGGAGGUAGAGAUGGGUCACCAUCUUUGCAAAGAUUUGCACAUGCCAAUCUAUGCGUAGAGAUGCAAAAAGUUGGAACAAUGAGUAUAAUUUAAAUAGAAAUACAAUAAAUCUUGCCAUAGUAGGGAAGACUGUGACCAGACGGCCAGUGCGCCUUCGCAGUCUUCUGUCUGGAUGUUAAUUGUUAAUGGGCAACUUCAAGGUCCUUGGUCUCCAUCUUAUGGUCAGGAACCUAGAAAGCUGCCUUAUGCUUUCUAGGUUCCUAACCCACUGAUCCAUCUAGCUUCUUGUUGCCUACACUAACUGGCAGUGGCUCUCCAGGGAGUCUCUCCCAGCCUUACCUGGAGAUACCAGGGAUCUUCUGCAUGCACCUCACAUCCUCUACCACUGAGCUAUGGUGCCUCUGUCCCACAGUGGUCCUAAACUGCUCGGCCAAUCAGCUUUCUGGAGAACUGGUGAAUGCGUUGAGACACCUGUAUCUGCCGAGCCAAGUUACGAGCAUGUUUACGGACUGUUUGCUGCCACAUAUUUCUAUCAACAAGCAUAAGAAAUUACAUGUAAGAAGUGGUGUGGAGCUGUACGCCCCACAUUCCUCUUUUCCCUUCCGCUUUGUAUGAUUUCCCAUCUGAUAAUUCAGGAUUAAAUCUAACCAGCUCCACAUUCCCUUUGCUCCAGCCCCCUAACUUUCAAAAGCAGUGAUGCAAACUGUGCCUUUGCCCUGAAGUCUCUCUUGCGUCUCUCUCUCUCCCCCCCACCUCUUCCUUUCACUGAACAGCUCUGUCUCUGGUUAUCGCCCCCCCCCCCCCGGAAUAUCUUAAUUUGGAUUAAUCUCUGCGGAGAGCCUCUAUUCAUUGAUGCUUUAUUUUGUGUCCUUGUUUUCAAUUCCCUUUGUCUGUGGAUUACAGGCUGGCCUGUGCUAGCACCUUAACUGAUGAAUAGUGGGGCUUUCAAGGGGGCUUAGUGUAGCCUUCUGGAGUCUUAUGCACUGUAACUAGCUCCUUUUUUUUAAAGCGACCUUGAGCUGAGUCACAACACUCAUUCAGAUGAGCAGAAUUGCCUUAAGGCAACCUUAGAUGACCCACAGAGCUUUCAUAUGGAAUAACUAUAGUCUCCCCCUGGCUUGAUCACUGAGUCUGGCUGUACAGGAUGCAGAUAAUCCCAUCUGCGUUCUGUGUAGACGGGAUUAUCCUGGCUCCCACUUCACAUUUACUGAAGCCGGCAUCCUUAGUGGACAAAAUGGAAAAGUAUAGAUGUCAGUGAACUCCAGCUUCCAUCAGCCCCAGCUAGCAUGGGAGAAAGAGAGGAUGCUGUUAAACUCAGGUCCUGCCGAGGGGCUUCCCAUAGGCAUCUGACUGAGGACUGUAAGAUCAUGAUGCUGGACCAGAUGUGAUUUUCGUCUGAUCCAGCAGGGCUAUUCCUAUGUUCUUAUGACAGAAGUUCAGUGGCAAGACAAAGAGAGUCUUUGUUAUAGCUCAGGCAUAGGCAAAUUCCAGCCCUCCAGAUGUUUGGGACUACAAUUCCCAUCAUCCCUAGUUAACAGGACCAGUGGUCAGGGAUGAUGGGAAUUGAAGUCCCAAACAUCUGGAGGGCCAGAGUUUGCCUAAUGCCUAUGCCUGUUAUAGCUCAUGGUUUGGAGCAAGUGGAAUUGCAAAGCCAGGUUCAGCCAUAAAGCUAAGCCAAACCGUGGCUUGGCUCUAGGUAGCGCUCUGAGAGGGGCAACAUGGCUACAAUGUUUACUGGGACAUGCUCACAAAUUCACAUUUAGCCAUGGUUAUGUUCAGUGUUAUGUACAAACUUUUGUUUAUUUUUAAUUUUAUUUAUGAUUUUCAGGUUUAUAUAUUUCACUAAUUUUACAACCAUUUUAACAUUUCAAAACUUGACUUGCUUCCCCCUCUUUCUAUGGUUCCUUAAAAUUAUUUUUAAUAUUUUCUGCAUAUCCAAAUUAACUUAAUUUGCUCAUUUAUUCAUCUACUUUUAAUAUAGACUCUUAUAAAACUGCAGGUUAUUACAAUAAUCCUGCCAGUGUUGUUAUCUGUUUACAAUUUAUCUGUAAAUAUCCAAUAAACCAUUUCCAUUCUUUUAUAAAAAGUUUGUUAUCUUGAUUUCUUAUUCUUCCGGUACAUUUUGCCAUUUCUGCAUAUUCCAUAAGUUUUUGUAUCCAUUCUUCCUUUGCUGGGGCUUCUGCUUCUUUCCAUAUGGGGGCAAGUAAAAUUCUUGCUGCUGUAGCAGCGUAUAGUGGUACCUCGGGUUACAGACGCUUCAGUUUACAGACACUUCAGGUUACAGACUCCGCUAACCCAGAAAUAGUACCUCGGGUUAAGAACUUUGCUUCAGGAUGAGAACAGAAAUUGUGUGGUGGCAGUGCAGCGGCAGCGGGAGGCCCCAUUAACUAAAGUGGUACCUCAGGUUAAGAACAGUUUCAGGUUAAGAACGGACCUCCAGGACGAAUUAAGCUCUUAACCCGAGGUACCACUUUAUAUGAAUAAGUUUCUAUGCAGUUUUGGUAGUUCUGUACCUAUAAUUCCCCAAAGAAAAGCUUGUGGAUUUUGUGUGUGUGUGUGUGUGUGUGUGUUUUUUUUUACAAAUGUUACUUUAAACAUCCUUUUCGAUUCAUGAUAUAUCAUUUCCCAGUAAGCUUUAACCUUACUACAAGACCACCAUAUAUGAUAAAAAUAACCUUCUUUCUCUUUACAUUUCCAACACCUACUUGAUUUAGAUUUAUACACUUUUGCCAAUUUACUUGGUGUUAGAUACCAUUGAUAUAUGUGUGUGUGUGUGUGUUAUGUACAAACUAGGCUUUAGACUAGGUAGGGCCAGGGAGACCCACAUUCAAAUCUUCACUCAACCAUGGAGUGCCCUUGAAGCCAGUCAUCAUCUCUCAGCCUAAACUACCUCACAGAGUUGUUGGGAGGCUACAAUAAGUGGGGUAAAGAAAUAAUAAUAAUAAUAAUAAUAAUAAAAUUUAUUAUUUAUACUCCGCCCAUUUAUUAUUUAUACUCCGCCCAUCUGGUUUCCCCGGCCACUCUGGGCGGCUUCCAACAAAAGAUUAAAAAUACAUUAAAACAUCAGUCAUUAAAAGCUUCCCUAAACAGGGCUGCCUUCAGAUGUCUUCUAAACAUCAGAUAGUUGUUUAAUAAAAAGAAACAUUGUACACUGUGCUGAGCUGCUCAGAGAAAGAAUGAGAUAACAACAUAAGGAAACACCAAGUCAAAGCCAGCAUUUUAAAUUGUGCCUGGAGGCCAACUGAUAGUUGGUGCUGAUCUCGUAGAACUUGUGAAAUAUGUCCAUCAUCUCAAUCUUUUGUCUGGAAAAUCAGAAAUAAUAGCAACCGAUUUAUGGGUCAGUUGUGAAGACCACCAAAGUGGAGAUUGUGAAGUUGUUUCAUGCCUUUAAAAUGCCACAUACGUUUUAUGUGGCAAUGAUUGGAUGAUGAUGCUUUCAGCUCAGUGUUCUUAAGUGCUACAUUGGAGGUGUUGCAAAUCGUUUGGAAAUGCAAGUAUUCUCGCCCCCCAAUGUUGAAUUUCUGCGCCGACACCACAUGUCAGCUGUGCUGACUGCCUAGCAGGCAAUGCUCUUGCGAUUGUCCUUGUUGUGCUAUGUAAGGAUUGUGGAUGACUUUGUGCGGGUUAAUCAGUCCAGUACAAGCACCUCGGGGUGCUCGCUGCAUCUUCAAAUGUGCAUUCAAUGACUCCUUUCAAGGCAGGCCUUAAACAUGAGUCAACAUGAAGAAGUUGCUUCAGGCCAUAGAGUGAGAGUUGGGGAGGGCACCGCACUCUGCAUUGGUUUCUGCGCCAUGCUUUUAAAAAACAGCAAGCUCUAGUUCACAGCAGCGGGGCAUUGCUUCAUGUGCAAAAAUACAGCUAAAACUAACACCAACCCCCUUGAGAACUUCAAAUGGAGGCAGAAAACGGCAUUGCCAAUUCUAAGCAAAAUAGUGACUUUGGAGCUCAUUCAGCCAGGAAGGGCAUUAAAUUGGCAUUUAAGCCAAUUUCAGAAUGAUUUAGGAUUCUCACUAUCUCGUAAAAGAUUUGGCUCCCCAAGCGCUUUCUUUUCCUAAGAAAAUAGGGAUUGCCUCUACACUUUCACCUGUCCCGCAUUUAUGUACCGAUUAAUUCCCCUGCGUCCAAGAGGUUUCCUGUGAAACCUCCAAACCUACUCACUGAACCAGAUCUUAUCAGAUGUGCCGAAAAUCCAAAGAGAGAUUUUUCUUAACCGAGCUUCAAUUCAGUGGGUAAGAUCAGAUUUCCGCAAGGCACGGCCUCAGAACAAAAAGAGACGGUCUCAGACUGGGGGCGGGAAAGAAUUAAUUGGUGCAUCAAAAUAUGGGUCAAGUGAAAGUGUGGAGGAGCCUUUAUUGGAUCAAACAAAGACCUGUCUGUUGAUGGAUUUUUUCUCCUCUCCCGCUCUCUCUCUCUCAAAAGUCACACCUGUUUUUCAGUCUGAGACUCUUGUCACCGAUAGGUAAAAAAAAUGCAGGUGCCAGAAUUUAGAAUACAGCAAGGUGAUCAAAAAAACUGAAAACCUUCCUCUUGGAUCACACCAGCAACUUGUUUCCUACAGAUAGCAUCCAGCUGUUUCACAAGCAGAGUAUGAAGUUCAUAGCUAGGGGGCUAACAGAAUACACAGAUCUCUAGCUUUAGUGGCGGCCAGCUUCUUACCAGACUCCAUUCAAAGUUCUGUGUUUGACAUUUUAAAGCCUUUAAUGACCAGGUACCAGAAUAAUUCAAGAACUGCCUACCUCCACAUGAACCUGCUCAACAACUUCAUUCAUCUUCAGAGGUCUUGCUCUGAGUCCCCCUCCUGUCAGAAAUAGGUGGGUAGGUACCUGCAACGGGGCCUCUUGGGUUGUGGAACUCAAAAUCUGGAAGUGUCAGCAUGGUUGUCUUUUUUGCUGCUACUGCCCCCUAUGUUUGUGGGGUGGGGGUGUGUCUUGUGGCUUUAUGGACAUUUUUGUUUUCAACUUCCUGUACUUCUUUCAUAUUGGUUCUAAGGCGCGGUGUGUUUAUUAGAAAAGGUGGGUUAUACAGCAGUACCUCAGGUUAAGUACUUAAUUCGUUCCAGAGGUCUGUUCUUAACCUGAAACUGUUCUUAACCUGAAGCACCACUUUAGUAAUGGGGUCUCCCGCUGCCGCCGUGCCGCCGGAGCAUGAUUUCUCUUCUCUCUUUUUUUUUUUUAAAUGAUAUUUAUUAAAAUUUCAAGAAAAAGAUUACAUUGAUAAGAAAAAUAACAAUAGAAAAAAGAAAAAUACAAUUUUUCUUUGAUUUCUCUUCUCAUCCUGAAGCAAAGUUCUUAACCCGAGGUACUAUUUCUGGGUUAGCAGAGUCUGUAACCUGAAGCGUAUGUAACCCAAGGUACCACUGUAAGUUCAGAAAACAGAUCAGGAAAACUUCACUUGUGGGGUAGAUUGUACAAUCCAGGGGUCAGCAACCUUUUUCAGCCAUGGGCCGGUCCACCGUCCCACAGACCAUGUGGUGGGCUAGACUAUAUUUUUUUGGGGGGGGGAAUGAACGAAUUCCUAUGCCCCACAAAUAACCCAGAGAUGCAUUUUAAAUAAAAGCACACAUUCUACUCGUGGAAAAACACGCUGAUUCCCGGACCGUCCGCAGGCCGGAUUGAAAAAGUGAUAGGGCCGUAUCCAGCCCCAGAGCCUUAGGUUGCCUACCCCUGGUACAAUCUGUUGCACAACAAGUUUCUGCUAGCAUAACUGUUGCAUUGCAUCCCUCCAGCAUGCAACAUUAAAACCUGCUGGCUUAAGAACCAUUGCACUAGCAGACAAAGAAUCUUGGAUGCCCUUUGUAAGUCUAAAGCAGAAGACCUAAAUAGGCAAUGGGCAAUGAUAUAGGUGUUUGCACGGCAUCCAAAAGAGCUUUCCACUGAGAGGGCUCUAUGGUGGUGGUAACACCCCCACCUCCAGUUGGGAACAUGGAAACCUGCCUUAUUCCAAGUUGAGUGCUUGGCCCACCCAGCAAAGACCUUAACAUCUGGAGAGGGUCAUCUAAUAGAAGUAGCAACGAGAGUCACGCUAUAUUUACCCCUCUUUUACAUACACUGUGCUCAAAGCAUGACCAAAAAGAAUACAUUGCUACCUAUCAUAUCCAUAGAAUUCAAAACGGUUACACAAUAGCCCAUAUGAAAAAUGAAAUAAAUACAAAGAAAAAUGACAUUUAUUGGUCCAGCUUCCAAUAAGAAAAAAUCUGCCUCUGGCCUCAGUGACAGCUGCAACAGUGGAAUGAGUCCUUUUUACAUAGGAAGCCAUAUACUGAGGCAGACCACACAAUGUGAGGAACCUCAGGGCCUUGGGACCAAAAGUGGGGCCCCAGACUUCUCCAUGGGACCCUUGGGAAUCUCCCUAGGUGGCCCCAUGGCUAAUACGAUGUGCUGGCUUCAAAUGCCAGCAGCUGGAGAACACCCUUUAGCAAAGGUGUCACGGGCUUUGAAGAAGCAUGGACUCAGGACGAAAGGAAGAAAUAUGCUAAGAGGAAGGGGUGCUUGGCAAAUCCUCACCAUGAUCAACUCAUGUCCGGAAACCUAUGUCCCCACUGUGGAAGGACGUGUGGAUCCAGAAUUGGCCUCCACAGUCACUUACGGACACAUUAAGCCCAUAUUCAUGGAAGACAAUCUUACUUGGCUACGAGUGAUUGCCAAAGAAGAGAAGAGAAAAGCAGAAAGAUAUAGGCCUUCUUUUCCUUUUUUUUUCUCAUCCCUAGAAAAUGGCAUUCAAAGGUAAACUGAAACUAUACAUGGAUUCCCCAAUGAGCUAUUAUGGCUAACAGUCUUCGAUAGACUUGCUCUUCAUGAGCUUGUAUCCUGUUUCUUUUUAAGCCUCUAUGUUAAAAAAAGCAAAAAACAACAACCCACAAUGUCACCUUGUGGAGAAUUUUUUGAGUUCAUUGUACGUUGUGUGAAAAGUGCUUCUUUUUCUCAGUGCUAAACCUUCUGCCAAAUGGACUUCUUUUGGGUGAACCUGAAUUUCUACUGUUUACCCCUUUGCACAUGGUUUUGCUGGGUAUCAAGUUCUGAGCUGAUGAGGAUGGGGGAUCUCUAAGAUUGGCACAACAACAGAGGGAGCACCUGUAGCAGGUGCUGAGCAAAAAGCAAGGCAGGCGAAGUAGGAUGCUUCUAUUAAAUCUCUGAGUGGCAAAGGUUUAAGUGCCUUCUUGCAUUGGUUCUUUAAUGCUUAUAUAUAAUAAACAGGUUGGGAUUGCACCAUCUUGUGUUUAUUACGCUGUUGGCUUGAAUGCUUGCCAUAUUUUUGCAUAAGCAUCUCUGCAGCAGAUUAAUUUUUAGAGCCGAUUAAAGCAUUAGCCACCUAACUGUUUAAAAUCUGCUAAACCUUUAGCAAAUGCCAGGAGGGCUGUUUGAGAGGCAAGUCUGAAGAUGAGUGAUGGGAAGGGUGUUUGUGUAUAUGUGUGUGUGUGUGUGUAUGAAAACAGUGUGUUCUAACUUCUCCCCAAGGAUUCUGUAAUUACUGUGCAUGGAUGCAAAGGCCACCAGAACUAAAGAAGUAUCCAGACAUGACAGAAUAUUCCUUAGUGUUGAGCAAUAGCCAUUUUACGUACCUGAUACUGCCUGUCUCUGAACGCUGCAGCACCCCUGUCUCCUAUUCUCUGCAGCACAGGUGCUCCUGGAGACUGACCCAUUAGAGCAAAUGGAGCGCUGCCCCACCAAACUCAAUCUACCUUCAGCCAGCCUGCCCCCACCUCCCUGACUUCUUACUUGCACCCACAGGGACUUGGGUGGCACUGUGGUAUAAACCACAGAGCCUUGGGCUUGCCGAUUGGAAGGUCGGCUGUUCGAAUCCGUGUGACGGGAUGAGCUCCUGUUGCUCUGUCCCAGCUUCUGCCAACCUAGCAGUUCAAAAGCACACCAGUGCAAGUAGAUAAAUAGGUACCACUGUGGUGGGAAGGUAAACGGUGUUUCCGUGUGCUCUGGUUUCCGUCACAGUGUCCCGUUGCACCAGAAGCAGUUUAGUCAUGCUGGCCACAUGACCUGGAAAGCUGUCUGUGGACAAACGCCGGCUCCCUUGGCCUGAAAGCGAGAUGAGCACCACAAUCCCAUAGUCGCCUUUGACUGGGCUUAACCAUUCAGGGGUCCCUUUUUUACCUUACUUGCACCCAUUCUAGUGAUGAUGGCUUUGCUGUGCCUCCUUGGUCAGUGAUGCUUCUGAAUGCAAGUUACUAGAAACAAGAGGAGGGAAGGAUGCUCUAGUGCUUAGAUCCUGCUUGCAGGUUUCUCACAGGCAUCUGGUUGGCCCCUGUGAAAACAUGAUGCUGGACUAGAUGGGCCAUUGGCCUGAUCCACCAGGCUCUCUUUAUAUGAUUUUAGGGUGUGGCUCUCUGGCAAUCAGAUUGCUCCUUCUUAGUCUCUCAAUGUCACCCUUGUAAAACUUGGCAGGAAAAAGGUUUGGGGCAAAACUGGUCGGCUCUGCUUGUCAUUGGCUCCUCCUAGUGUUUAUUGCAGAUGAAUAUUGGACAUAUGGAAGCAAUAAGAUGAAUAAAAACUGACUCUUUUUGGAAUAUAAAUUGUCCAGACCAAAAUUAUGGUUUCAAAGCUUUCCUAACAGAAUUUGUUCCAAAACAGGCUUACAACAAAAAUCCAAAUGGUUGCAUAAAAUCAUGUGGUUGUACAAGCACAGGUUCAGCAUCUUAAAAAUAUGUAAGUACUUCAAACAGAACUGGAAUCAAAGCUCUCUCUCCACACAAAUUUGAUUGUGGUCUGAAGGUGUGUUCUGUCCAGGAGAGUCACAUCAUUGUCUUUGGUGGCUUGAGAACAAAGACUAGCUCACACAAAAUAGCGAUUUGCAGCUGAAUUCCCCUCCCAUGUGAUCUAAGUUAAACACCACAUCAGAGAGCAGCAGAGAUGCGUUCUCUGUGAAUCAUUGACCUAUUGGGCACUCGGAGAACUCUUACUUAGCUUCAGUGGAAUUUUCCAGUUACCCCUUUAGCAAUACACAUACAAGCAUAUGCAGAGUUAUUUUCCAUUUCAACGUACAAUUUACAAUUAUACAUAACACCGUUGACCUCUCUGUCUUCUGCCUCAAUGAGCACCAGCCACCAUGGUGAUGUGGUGCAGUCAGCAGGCAUUUUGGCACCUGAGAUGGACCCCAAAGUGGCUCUAGAGUAGAAGGGGUGAGCGAAGAGCUACAUCAGGAGCAAGGACGGAAGGAAGAUUGGCAUCUGCUACCCCUGUGGAUCCCACCGCCUCACCUGGUUGCUUCACCUGGCCAGCCUGUAUGGGUUAACUUCCAGGCUUGGGUUGCAGCUCUCCAUUUUUGGAAUUUUUGGAAUGGGUGUGCUUGCAAACAGAGUUCAGUUCUGGGGGAACGUUCACCACAAAGUGUAAAGGUCUGUGUGCAUAUUUCAGUAUUUGAAAACAGAAAAGGGUUUUAAGAACAUUUGCUGUUACUUUUUCAUAUUUCCCUGACAAUUUUAAGAGUGUUAUCAACACUGGGUGAACAAGCAGGUCUCUCUUUGUGUGAUUUUUAUACUGCCAUUUUAUGUUGUGAACUGCCCUGAGAUGUACGGAUGAACAUACAGAUUUAACAAAUAAUAAUAAACAUUUAUGUCAAUUAAUGAAUUAUGGGCAGCAAGUGUGGACCACUAAUGGAAUCCAUAAAGCUCACCCCUGAAUUCUCCCCCAUUUGACCUUACUUGUGCCCCACAGGGAACCUUAUUAAACCAGUAGCUUGAGUGACCAGCAGAAAAUGUAAAGGAUUCUGACCCCUUCAGUUCCCCACCCCAUGAUUUAUGCACAAAUGCAUUUUACUUUUUAAUUUUAUUUUAUUUUUUGUAAAUUGCCUUUUCAACCACAAUAUUGCACAAUGCUGCCCGGAUGGCUAAUCCUAGAAUGAAUAAUUAAAAGGUGGUAAAACAAGAUAAAGCAUAACAACGUUUGACGCAACAACCCCAAAGCAUCAUGCAGCAUGGAGAGCUGUUCCUUAGACACCUCAAAUGCCCUUCGAGAAGGAAGUGGCCUUCACUUGUCUUGUAAGCCUGGCUACAUAGGGGCCAAAUAUCCCUUGAGGGGGUAAGUAUGUAAAGAAGAAGCAGUAGAUAUUAAAGGUAGCAGUGGUGGCUGCCAGCCCAGGAUCCCAUAUUCUCCAGCUCACCGCUCACCUAGGUCCAAAAGCAUCACACACACAUGCAAAAUCAUGUCCUUAACCUCCUGCUUUUACACAGUUCUUACACCCCAGAUUCCAUAUAAGGUGGUCUAUCUCCAGUGUAGUGCCCCACUGACUCUCUGACUGCCCCCCGUUCUCUACAUGUGACUGUGAGCUUCAUCCCAGAAGUCAGGUGCAUGGGCCUUCUCUGAGACAGAUGUCCCAGCAAGAUUCUAGACGUCCUGUCUCCGUUCUGUGUCACUUGAGAACACAGGCAGAAGCAGAACCCUUGCUGGUUCUGCUAGUUUCGCAGUCUGUGAAGUGCUCCCCCUGCCGCCACCUUCUGAGCAGUAAGCAUCUGUUCUGACACCGCAAUAAGGAUAAAUUUCACAAGAAACUUUCAGAUGGUUCUCUGCCAGCCUUGCGCUUCCCUUUUUCCUAAGCAAGCAAGCCAGCCUUUGACCCACAUGGUGGCUACCCUUGGACUUCCUCCUUAGCAAACUUCUAGGAAGUACCUCUCAUUUUUCUCCUUGAUAAAUGCUACAUUACAAAUUAAUUGAAGCCACAGCUUUUAAGCUGGUCACCAAGUUAGUAGCCCCCCAUCAGCAAGUUAGUAGCCCCCAAAGGUACAUCAAGUGAUCAUGGAUCAGCUCUCACUCAAAAGUGUAGUAGGCUUUGCUGAUGAAGGAAUAUCGUUGAAACAGUUCAUUAUCCCAGAAGAACAGUUCUGUUUGCUGUUUGUUGCUGCUGUGCUUACAGCACCACCCGGCUUCAGUUCAUUCUCAACCAAAUUCUGAUAUAGAUAUUAACUGUAGAAAGGCUUUCUGCCUCAACUUCAGUGUUUCUUUGUGGUUACACACCAUUCUAAGCAUUCCUGUCGAUGGUAUAUUUAUUUGACUUCUAUUAGUUUGUGACUUCUUGAACGUAUUAUAUGGCUUUUGUUUAUGAAUUAAGAAACAAUUGAUAGUGUUUCAUAAAUAUUGCCAAUACAGUGGUACCUCUGGGUACGCGCACUCUGGAUGCGUAUCCUUCAGGAUGUGAAUGCUCCAAACCCGGAAGUGUUUUUCCGGGUUUCGCCCUACGCGCUGUGCGCAUGUGCAGAAGCAACACCUCUGGUGCGAAUUCCUUGGGAUCUGAGUGGAGCUCCAGAACGGAUCCUGUUCACAACCGAAGGUACCACUGUACAUUAUUAGCCCACAUGUUGCCUUUUGUUGAUCACAUUUUAAUGUUAGGACAAUAGUUAAUGUGUUCAACAGGUAGCCCACUGACCUGAAAUAUUAGUGUUCCUGAUUGGUCCACAGGGAAGGUGGGAGGAGAUAUCAUAGGACACACCCACCCACCCGAUGGAGUUAUUACCUGCCUACAUGAGACUAUCUUUGCAAUGCCAAUUUAGCCAUGCAAAUUGGCCCUAAACAGUUGGAUCUUAAUAAUUUUUAAACCCAGAGGUACCGGGUGCUCUCACACUACCUGCCAGCAGCAUUGAUGUUUAUCUCUUAGGGCACUGUUCUUAAGAAGCCUCCUUGCUAUGAGAGAGGUGAGUAGUGAUUUGCGAGACACUGUAGAAGAAGUGGCGAUGAUUGAAUCCUAGAACACAGUGAAUUUAAUCCUGCUGAACAGAUCAAACCCAUCAUUUCGGGGGUGGGGAGAUGAAAAUCCUUGAAUUUAGGUCAUUGAAUCCAGCCUGGACAAAAUUACAUUUUUUUAAAAGUUCUUGUCCUGCACACUUCUCAUCCUUUGCCUUGCAUAACCGGAGCCAUGCCUGCAAUCAUGGCUUGCAACCGACUCCUUCAUGCCUUGGCAGAAGUUUAUUAAAAGCUGUGCAGAGGUUCGACUCAAGCACUAGGCCUGCGUCUGUUAAGCAAACUGGCCAAGAUUUGUGUCUUUUACUGAAGCUCUUGCGGGAGGAGGAGCUAGCGUGUAUUUUUAUGGCACUGCCCAGUACCACCCCAUGUCGUGGGACUGGAGCUGUGGGACCACCUUCAUGACACCAGCAUUGCAGUAGUUCACCUGGAUAAGGUAAAGGGGAAAGGUGAGGCUGUGCAGGUGCAGCAGCGGGAACUCUGGACCGGCUCCUCCAGUGUCCCCAGACAGCCCUGAGCUUGCCCUGCCUCAGGUAGAAUAAAGUGCUACCAGUGUUUUUUAGGUGAAGGAUCUGCCCCACCACACUCAGCAUUCCUGGCACCCCUUCCUUCUCUGGAUGGUAGGAAAGUCCAGGACCAUUGUUACUGGGUUUAGUUUCCUAAGGGAUAUGUGAUGGCCUGGGCAGUGGCGUAGCGUGGGGGGUGCAGGGGGGCCGGGCGCAACAUCUGGGGGGGGCGCUCGCACUCGCAGCUCUCUGCCCCUACCUGGCUCACUCCCUCUCUCUCACUGCAGUACUGGCUGUGCGAAUCCGAUCCGAGCCGCUGGGUCGCCGCCCACUGUGGAGGGGGUGGGUGCCAGGCGUGCGGUGCGGAGAGAGAGCGAGGGACUAUCUGGGGGAGGGACAGUGCAGCGGCCGCCCAGAGCAGCGCUGAGCGCGGGAGAGAACCACACCAGACCAGCCCAGGCAGCAGCAAGAAGAAGCUGGCAGCGGCGGCAGGUUAGGGGUUAGGGGGCGCAAAUUACUUGCCUUGCCCCGGGUUAGGGGGUGCAAAUUACUUGCCUUGCCCCGGGUUAGGGGGCGCAAAUUACUUGCCUUGCCCCGGGUGCUGACAACCCACGCUGGGCCUGGGACUCGGGUUCGGACUCGGAACCAGAGGAGACUCAGUCUGCACCGGAUCCUUUGCCUCAGGCUUCAUCUGAACCAAGUCUGGGGCCUGACCCUGAAGAGUCCCAGCCUGCACAGGUUCCCCUGCAACAAACACCAGCUGGGUCGAGUCAGGGGCCUGAGCCUGCCCUGGCUCCAGAUGCGGGGAUUACCUUGUUGCCUUCAGCUGGGCCAUCCACUACCGGUUGGGUCAGGGGAGGCUGAAGCAGCCCCUGGGUCUAGUAACCCACUGACGUCUCCCGAUCUGCAGAGACUAAGGUCUGAGAGAAGGAGAGACCUGAGUACUCGCAGGAGGAGUGCUCUCCUUUGGGCAAAACAGGGAGGUGAGUCGCCGGGGGGUCAGGACCGGCCGCUGCCCCGACAAAGAUAAAAGGAUGCCAGACCCUGCCCCAGGUUGCAGGAGCAACAUUGCUGUAUGCCAGAUCCUGCCUGAGAUCCUGUACCUGUCCUUCCCUGGUUUCCUGCCUCGUGUCCUGCCUUGGCCCUGUUGGACUGACUCCCAGCAGAACCUUUGGAUUCUGGACUGGUCCUGGACCGCGUUUCACAGGUUACCCAGCACAGGAUAGAAGAAAGCACUGGAGAUUCAAACCAUCUCUGUGAUGUUUGCUUUCUUUCAAGAUCAGAGCAUCAGUAGAGGCAAGCAGGAACCCAUAAAGGCAGAAGAACCCCAGGAGUGGUACUUGGUUAGCCUCCCCAGCUGUACUCCUUGGGUGCUUUCAGGCUGUUUCUGUUUCGUGCAAAUCAGUGACUUACCAGCAAAUUCAGGUUACACAACUGAAGUUGAUUGGCAGCGCUUGUGCAACAAACACACUUCUCCCAAAAUAUUUUUUUUUUUUUUUUUGCAGUGACUAAAUUAAAACUGGGAAGUGUGGGGUAACACUUCUGGCAACUACUGUAGCCAAGCUGGUGCCUAACGUAUUGCUCUGUUUUCCUUUGGACCACAUCAGUGAGGCCAAGAGGGGGUGGGUCUAAUCAUCUCGGCAGCCCAGGACUGCCCUGGCUUGCGACCCAAGGAGAUCCCCUUGGUGCUGCUAACACAAUGGUUUGACUUCAUCCCUGGAGGUGCGCUCCAUUGUCUCUUGAGGCAGACGGAUGCCAACAGUAUUAGAAGAAGUACACACUGAAUGCUGAUUCAUUUUCACAAGGAUUUAAACACUAUUUGUAAAUUGCUGCAGAAAUGUGGAGAACUGAAUUUAAGAUUGGAGCAAUGGGAAAAUGAAAUUGACAGGUUUAUCCAUCCUGAAUGCUGGCCUGUGGCUUGCGACUACCAGCACAUCCCUGGUGCUCCUUCUGCAAACACUGUUCAACUUGGGGCUGCAUCAAGUAAGGUUGUAUGUGCAAUGACCUUGCCCCAGUCUCCGAACAUCACAGCAAUAACUUUUCUGUCUCCUCUCACAUAAGACACUUCAGGAGAGCCAGCGCAGACCCUUAGCUGCAAAUUACUGAGUGAUGCACACUGCCACGUACCCUGUUGGACUCCUUUGGAUGGAGACCCAACCAUUUGUUUAUGUGCAGCUGUCAAGUGUCAUGCUUGAAAAAUGCCUGUAUUUUCCACUGUGACACCUCAUCAAGGAGGCCGCCAGGGAGGAGGCUGCAAUGGCUGUUCCCACUGCUUCCUGUGACAUAUGUCAUGGGACAACCAGCUGGUGCAGCCCUGUAAGCACAGGAACAUCCUGUUACGCCUGUCUAGGGCAUUCGUGUGGGAAUAGGGAGGCUAUAUGCUGUGUUGUGCAGGCCUCUGGGCAACUUUGCACCAUGUGGAUUUGUGGCAACUAGGCUGCCUCGCUAUGAACCAAACAGAACCUCCAAAAAGGGAUGGAUGGAUCCAGAGGCAGGUUUAGGACUCAAAGCCCAGUAAGUGAGGUGCUGGGCUUUAAGAAGGAGGCAUGAGGCUCUGAGGGGGUCAUGGAGUCCUCCCGUCUCCUUCCUAAAGCCUAGUUUGCACCCUAAAUGGCCUCAGCCCAGUAUACCUGAAGAAGUGUCUCCAUCCCCAUCAUUCAGCCCGGACACUGAAGUCCAGCUCUGAGGGUUUUCUGGUGGUUCCCUCCCUGCGAGUAGUGGCUCCCACCUUGUGGAAUGCCCUCCCAUCAGAUGUCAAGGAAAUAAACAACUAUCAGACUUUUAGAAGACAUCUGAAGGCAUCCCUCUUUAGGGAAGUUUUUAAUGUUUGAUGUUUUCUUGUGUUUUUAAUAUUCUGUUGGAAACCACACAGAGUGGCUGUGGAGGCCUGGACAGAUGGGUGGGGUAUAAGUAAUAAAUUAUUUUUAUUAUUAUAUUAUUUCCCAGCUUUGGGAAAGUAUUGGGGGGUUAGGACCCUGCCAGAGCCCUUGUGCCUCCUGCAGGGCGCUAUAGUACUCGUUUCCGUCACUGACAAAUUGUCCAUUUAGUUUAUUUGCAGGGAGGUAAUGCAGCAGUUAACAGCUAUCCUGAUCUGCUUGCACAGUUGUUAUAUGCAUUCUCAUUUCUCAUUGAUUCCUUCCUUUUCAGUUCAUUCCUGUCACUUUCCUAACAGCAAAGAGUCCAUUUUUAAAAAAGGUGGACUUCUUGUGCUAGGACAACAGAGUGCUUUAAUCCACUUUGAUUUGGCAAACCUAAAAUUUUCCUGUAUAUGCUUUCAUCCCUCCUGCAUAAUACCAACAAUCUCAAAGCUGUCAAGGAGAAGGGGGCAUAGGUAAGCAGUAAAGCAUCUGGGUUGCAUGCAGAAGGUCGGAGGUUCAAUCGCUGGCAUUUCCAGGUAGGCCUGGGAUUGUCCUGUGUCUAAAAUUCUGAAGAACAGCUGGCAGGCACUGUAGAUAAUGCUGAGAUAGAUGAGCCAACUUCUGAUGGGUUGUAUCAAACUAGCUUCUACUCCGAAUAGACCCAGAAUCGACCUUAAUUAGCAAUGCCUAUUACCGUAUUUUUUGCACCAUAACACUCACUUUUUUCCUCCUAAAAAGUAAGGGAAAAUGUCUGUGCGUGUUAUGGAGGGAAUGCCUACAGGUGGCAUGCCUACGGAUUUUCCUCCUCUAAAAACUACGUGCGUGUUAUGGUUGGGUGCGUGUUAUAGAGCGAAAAAUACGGUAAUUUCUGUGGGUCUACUCCAUGGGUAGGCAAACUAAGGCCUAGGGGCCGGAUCCGGCCCAAUCGCCUUCUAAAUCUGGCUCCGGGAAUCAGCAUGUUUUUACAUGAGUAGAAUGUGUCCUUUUAUUUAAAAUGCAUCUCUGGGUUAUUUGUGGGGCAUAGGAAUUUGUUCAUAUUUUUCCCCCCAAAUAUAGUCCAGCCCCCCACAAGGUCUGAGGGACAGUGGACCGGCCCCCUGCUGAAAAAGUUUGCUGACUCCUGGUCUACUCUGUUCCUGGAUGGGAAAACUAGGCCUGUAACCAGGGGUGCAAUAAAAUAUGGGGGUGGGCAGGUAAACCCCGCCCCACAUAAUCAGUCACAAGACACGGCACAUACACACUGUUUGAAUGGCAAUGCCCAUCAACUUUGGAGGGUGGCCCCCCUGAAAUAUUUUAGGGGGGGUGAAGGGACCUCACCUGCUAGGAGUUGGCUUCUAUGCCUGUAACCAUGCCUAAGUAUGCUUGCCGAUCAGAAGGUUGGCAGUUUGAAUCCCUGUGAUGGAGUGAGCUCCCAUUGCUCUGUCCCAGCUCCUGCCAACCUAGCAGUUCGAAAGCACACCAGUGCAAGUAGAUAAAUAGAUACCGCUGUGGUGGGAAGGUAAAUGGUGUUUCUGUGCACUCUGGUUUCCGUCACGGUGUUCCGUUGUGCCAGAAGCGGUUUAGUCAUGCUGGCCACAUGGCCUGGAAAGCUGUCUGUGGACAAACGCCAGCUCCCUUGGCUUUUAAGCGAGAUGAGCGCCACACCCCAUAGUCACCUUUGACUGGACUUAAUCGUCAUGUGGUCCUUUACCCUUUUACCUUUUAUGUAUAACUGAAAGUACGGCAUAUUCUUCUUCUGUUUACCCCUUUUUGUUUCUCUCAUGUUCAACUUGAGAUUGUAAGCUCCUAAGGGCAGAGACGGACCCAUCUUCCUUCCCUCUGUAAAACUCCAUGCAUGCUGAUGGCACAAUAAGCAAAGCAAUAGAUAGUGGGCAAUUCUGGGGUAGAUAGUCGAUUUGGCUCUGUGUGCAGCAACUUCACAUACGGUGCUGUUGUGCUCAGGGCUUCCUAUAGGAACUUAGAGGUAAAGGUAAAGGGACCCCUGACCAUUAGGUCCAGUCGUGGCCGACUCUGGGGUUGUAGCGGUCAUCUCGCUUUAUUGGCCAAGGGAGCCAGCGUCCAGCUUCCAGGUCAUGUGGCCAGCAUGACUAAGCCGCUUCUGGCGAACCAGAGCAGCGCACGGAAACGGCGUUUACCUUCCCGCCGGAGCGGUACCUAUUUAUCUACUUGCACUUUGAUGUACUUUUGAACUGCUAUUUUGGCAGGAGCAGGGACCGAGCAAUGGGAGCUCACCCCGGUGCGGGGAUUCGAACUACCGACCUUCUGAUUGGCAAGUCCUAGGCUCUGUGGUUUAACCCACAGCGCCACCCAUGUCCCUCCAUAGGAACUUAGUUGGCCCUUAAGUGGAACAGAUGCUGGACUAGACGAGAUCCAGCAGGGUUUCCUUAUGCUUCUGCAUGUGUUUGUGCAAAGUAUACUUUUUCCUCUUGUGGAAACUGCACAAUGUACGGAGGAGAUCCCAAUGUACGACUUAGUGCACUCUCUCCCUUUCCAUUCUUCGUUCUGUAGUCCGGGAGAUGCAUGACAACGGUCUCUGUGAUUUUAGCGAUGUGGAUUGCUUCAGGCACAUUUGUUGCAAGAUGUCAUAUGUGCCGUCUGAGAAACAGAGAGGGUGCAAAGCCAGGAAACAAUGUGCUCAGAGAAAAACCAGCAUGCAGCUGCAUUUAGGCCAUAUGCCUGGGAUCUACAGGUGAAACUCGAAAAAUUAGAAUAUUGUGGGAAAGUUCAUUGAUUUCAGUAAUUCAACUUAAAAGGUGAAACUAAUAUAUGAGAUCGACUCAUGACAUGCAAAGCGAGAAAUGCUUCCACUUCUCAGAGGUCCAAUCUUGCUCGAUUUGCAAUCCUUGUUUUGCUGAUUUCAUUUACUAUUCUAAUUUUCAGAGAUGGUUAAUUUGGGGUUUUCAUCAGCUGUACACAAUUAUACAGCUGUACACAAUUAUAAUCACAAUUAUAACAAAUAAAGGCUUGACAUAUCUCACUUUGCAUGUCAUGAGUCGAUCUCAUAUAUUAGUUUCACCUUUUAAGUUGAAUUACUGAAAUCAACGGACUUUUCCACAAUAUUCUAAUUUUUCGAGUUUCACCUGUACAUGGAGCACACUAGACUGGCUUCCCCAAGGCAAUUCUAUUCUUUUUUUGAAGAAGAGAAAAGCAGGUCAUUAAAAUGUAAGCGGAGUCCUGAGGAUUUCCCUCCAAGCACAGAUAGAGCCCCCCUCCCCCGAAUCCCCUUAAUGGGAUUGGGAAAUGAAUGGACAAACACCAAUCACACCUCAGGGUGUAAAUGGGAUUAGCUGAUUAACCCUCAGUCAGUGGGCAAGCUUUGUCUUAGCACCGCUGAGCUCCAAAACUGGGCUGAGGGGUGUUUCUCUUCCUUGCCAAGAAAUUGGACAUGGAAGCCCUGGUCUGAAUCUUGCCUAACUGUAUUUAUUUAUUUUUAAUUGCUUUUAUUUGAUUUUACAAAUAUACAUUUAUAAGAAUACCAAAUACAUAUCCGUAUAGAGAGAUUUCUCUGAAUCUCGAGACUUCCCCCAAUCCUCUCCAUGGGUCCUAUUGUCAACAUUUUCAACUGCAUAUUAUUUCAUAAUCUAUGUUUUAUAUCUAUCCAUAUUAUCCAUAGUGUUUGUUACAUUACAAGUGAGAUUAAAAUCCUGCUAAUGUUUUCAUCUUCUUACGGUGGUCUCCUAAAUAAAUUAUAAUUCCCCGCCCCCCCAUUCUUUCUUGAAGUUUUUGUCUUCUUGGUUUCUGAGCUUUCCGGUCAGUUUUGCCAUUUUGGCGUAGUCCAACAGCUUGGUUUGCCAUUCCUCUCUGGUAGGGACUCUUUCUUCUUCCCACCUCUGGGCUAGAAGCAUCCGUACUGCUGUUGUCGCAUACAUAAAAAGUCUUUUCUGCUCCUUUGGGAUGUCAGUACCUACAAUUCCUGAUAAGAAAGCUUCUGGGUUUUUUUAAACAAAAGUUUUUUAAACAAAAGUUAUUUUAAACAUUUUUCCAGUUCUUUAUAUAUCAUUUCCCAGAAAACUUUUAUUACCUUAGAAUCUUGCCUAACUCUAAAGGCAGGAUUGGUCUAUUUGUCUGCAAAAUAAGGAAGUCAGACUAUCCUCCACCAGGGCCAGGGCCGUUUCAGUGAUGGCUCCGACCUGGUGGAAUGCUCUGUCCCAUGAGACUAGGGCUCUUCAGGAUUUAACCUCCUUCCGUCGGGCCUGUAAGACAGAGCUAUUCUGCCUGGCCUUUAAUUUGAAUUUAGCCUGAUCUUUUAUUUCCCUUCUCUUCCCUCCCCCUCUCUUUUUAUGAAGAUCACCCGCUCUGAGACCCCCACAGCUAAUUCUCCCCUGGUCUCCUCACUGGGCCAAACAGGACCAAUUCAGCCAGCCAGCCCUGGGGAUUAUCUAAUUGAUUUUUGAUUUUUAUUGUUAUUUGUGUUUUUAUACGGUAUUUUAUGCUGCUUUUAUAAUUAAGUGAUUUAAAUUUGUUGUAAGCCGCCCUGAACCCGCUUCUUGAACCGGGAAGGGCGGGGUAUAAAUAAAAUUUUUAUUAAUAUUAAUAGAUUCUGCCCCUGCCCUUUCUUCUAAUAAUAUCAUUUACAAUAUAAAACUCUCAGUCACAAAGAAAAAAGGAGAAGCUGUCAGGAGUCCUGAGGCAAGACUGAGCUCAGCUGUGGAGUGGCAGGCUGUGAUGGACAAGGAGGGGGAACAGGAGGAUGAGAUGGGGGCGGCUGAGACUGGGGAAUACACCUGGGGAGGCCAGUAAUCCUAACAUCUCAGGAUACAGCUGCGCAGCUAGAGAAACGGGGCUCCCAUCUCCCCUCCCAGGAAAAAGAGGACAGCAUUGGAAUGGGGGGUGGGGUUUAACCCACAACUGGGGGUGGAGGAACCAGAGACAGAAGUGGGGGCACUGCCUCUUCACCCAGAGCCGGUGGUGCUCCCAUAGCUGGGAACAGAUGCAUCCUCCUUGAUGCAGUGAGUGUGUAUACACUCAGCAGUCUUGCAAAGCACAGAAGCCUUGCAAGUAAGCACACCUUGCCCUGUCUUUCAAAGCUUGUCAGGUGUUUGUGUUAACUCAUUGGGACAACUCCAUUGCCUUGGUGCAGUUCUGAUCUCCUUGCCCUGGUUUUGGGCUCCUCAGACUUGGACCUCUGCUCCCAAUCUGGCAUUCCUUGGCUUGACUCUCCGGUCACCAUAAAGCAAAGCAGAAAGCAACUUACAUAAAUGAAUAAAAGAACGGUUUUAAAGGGCAGCACCAUGUGUGAGUGUAAAAUUAUGCACAGCAUCUUAAUUAAAAACAGAAUAAAUGGAUUUCAAGCCCAUUUAAAAGCCAGCUGUGAUGGAGCCAAAUGAAUAUUUCUGAAAGAUGGGGCCACCACCAAAUAAGGCCCUGUCACUAGUGCCUGCCAAAUGGAUUGAUCUUAAAGGUGGGCCAGAAAACAGGACCCCUGAAACCAGCCUUAAUGAAACUAAUUAGGAUAGGAAUAGAGAGCCUCUUGCCUUCCAUUCAUUACACUUCCCAGCAUCCCAUAUCAUUUCUUACGCUGGACGGGGCUGGCUGAAGGAAAAGCAGGCCAGCAACAUAUGGAGGGUCACAGGUUCCUGCUCCCUGCUUUAGGGCUUUAAAGGUCAGCACCAGCACUUUAAUAUGCUACCCUUUAAUAGUGAUUAUCCGGGGAGCUCACAAGCAACAAUAGAACAUAAUGGAAAAAAGCAGCAAUGAAAGAACAGGCUCAAUAAACCAUUAGAAACAAAGAGUUGCAUUCAGUGUUAGUCAUAUGCAGAACAGACCCAUUGCAAUGAAUAGACCAUCAAUUGCAAUGGUCUACAAGACACACUAUGGAUCACUGAACAAAGUUCACGAACCAUAGUUUAGGAACCCUGGGUAUACAGCAUGUAUUGUAUGCUAUAGUAUGGUGUAUAGAAUAGAAUAGAGACAGUAUAUAGUAUGUUGUAUGCAGGUAAGGUAAAGGUAAAGGACCUCUGGACGGUUAAGUCCAGUCUAAGGCGACUAUAGGGUGUGGCGCUCAUCUCGCUUCUGGCCGAAGGAGCCGGCGUUUGUCCACAGACAGCUUUCCUUUUUCCUUUCUCCUUCUGUGAUGGAACUCCUAUUUGGGGACUUCCCUGGCUUUUUUCUGGCCCACAUAGGACCAGUCUGGAUAGUUGGCCUUGGUGAAUAUUUGACGUUUUCAUCCCCCAAAAGUUUUUGAUUUGAGUUUUUACUGAAAUGAGGCUGCAUUUUGAUGUUGUACUUUAAUCUUGUUUUUAAGUUGUAUUUUAAUCAAUUGUUUUUAUACCUGGUGUUAGCUGCCCUGAGCCCGGUCUUGGCUGGGGAGGGAGGGGUAUAAAUAAAAAUUAUUAUUAUUAUUAUUAUUAUUAUUAUUAUUAUUAUGUGGCCAACAUGACUAAACUGCUUCUGGCACAAUGCAACACUGUGACGGAAACCAGGGCGCACAGAAACACCGUUUACUUUCCCGCCACAGCUAUACCUAUUUAUCUACUUGCACUGGUGUGCUUUCAAACUGCUAGGUUGGCAGGAGCAAUGGGAGCUCACUCCGUCGCAGGGAUUCGAACCACCGACCUUCUGAUUGGCAAACCCCAGAGGCUCAGUGGUUUAGACCACAACGCCACCUGCAUCCCUUGUUAGCACAGUGUAUAUGCUAUGCUAUGUAUAGUAUGGUGUACAUAUCGAAUAGAGACAGUAUAUAGUAUGUUGUAUGCAGGAUAGCACACUGUAGCUCCAUGGUAGGACAUUUGCUUUCUAUGCAGAAGGCUGCAGCUUCAAUCCCUGACCAAGACCCUUGCCUGAAACCCUAGAGAACUGCUGGCAAGUCUGGGUAGACCAAACUGAAUGAGAUGGUCCAAUAGUCUGGCUCAGUAGAAGGCACCUUCCUGUACAGUGGUACCUCAGGUUACAUACGCUUCAGGUUACAUACGUUUCAGGUUACAGACUCCGCUAACCUAGAAAUAGUGCUUCAGGUUAAGAACUUUGCUUCAGGAUGAGAACAGAAAUCGUGCUCUGGUGGCGCGGCAGCAGCAGGAGGCCCCAUUAGCUAAAGUGGUGCUUCAGGUUAAGAACAGUUUCAGGUUAAGAACAGACCUCUGGAACGAAUUAAAUACUUAACCUGAGGUACCAUUGUAUUCCUAAUCGUGACUAGGAAUUCCCCCAUGUGACAUCACAUGUAGUUUGGCCCAAAAUCCUCUGUGUACGAUGGGAGGUAUGGUUUGGAAAGGGCCAUAAUCUCCUACCUGGGAUCUUUUUCUGCGCUAAAAUGAAAGUCUGUAUUACGGCAGGUCGCAAGCAAGAUGCUUCAGCUCGAAUCAGUUUAACCUGCUCAUUUAAAACUGGAUCUAUAAACCUCCACUGACAACUGGAAUGAGAAAGUCAUGUAACACAAAGCCUUGCACUUUCAAACAGCGUGCGUCAGAAGAAAAUAAAUUCCUCGGCAGUGCUAGCUUGGCUGCUCUCCGACCUGGUUCAGGAUAGAAAUGUAUUUUCCCUCUUGUGUGGAAUAACUUUUCACAGGGCACAAUGAAUCUGCUGUGCUUUGUGCCUGUGAGCGCGGUCUCUGGGCCACUCCAUGCACUCUUUAUAUUGUGACAAUGAUGGUACCGAGAUAUGCAAUCUCUCUUUCAGUCAUCUGCAAAACUGAGUGGUCAUCCUGCUUCAUUUCUAAUCAGCUCAUGGCCCAUAGCUUCCUGCAUAAACCCUGUAACUUUUGUACCACAAAUGAUCUAGGGCACGAUUUCCCAAAGUUGGGUCUCCAGCUGUUUUUGGACUACAACUCCCAUCAUCCCUAGCUAGCAGGACCAGUGGUCAGGGAUGAUGGGAACUGUAGUCCAAAAACAGCCAGAGACUCAAAGUUUGGGAAGCCCUGUUCUAGGGUUUUUCCAGCUGUUAUUGUGCUCCAGUGCAUCAGUGCCCCCCCUCCAGAUGCCGAUAAUGCCGUAACAUUAGGAAAACAUCACAACAGUGUCUGGAUGGCCUAGUUCCUGCAGCAACCCCAUUUUUGAACCUGUGCAUGAAGUUUGCGACAGCAGCCAGGUUUUCGAGCCUCUUGUGGCAAAAAAGAAAAGAAAUAUCGUACCUCGGAUCUCAAAUGGCUUAGUAGCCGAACAAAUCGGCUCCCAAAUGCCGCAAACCUGGAAGUAGAUCUUCCAGUUUGCGAAUGUUUUUCGGAAGCCAAACUUCUGAUGCGGCUUCCAUGACUUCCAAUUGAGUGCAGGAAGUUCCUGCAGCCAAUUGGAAGCCACACCUUGGUUUUCAAACAGUUCCGGGAGUCGAACGGACUUGUGGAAUGGAUUAAGUUCAAGAACCAAGGUACCACUGUAUGAGAAAACUAUAAGGCACCUUGCAACGAUCUACGUUAUACCUUUAAAUUGUGGACACAGGUGAAUAGAAUGGAGUACAGUGGUACCUCGGGUUAAGUACUUAAUUCGUUCUGGAGGUCUGUUCUUAACCUGAAACUGUUCUUAACCUGAAGCACCACUUUAGCUAAUGGGCCCUCCUGCUGCCACUGCGCCGCUGCUGCAUGAUUUCUGUUCAUAUACUGAAGCAAAGUUCUUAACCCGAGGUAAUAUUUCUGGGUUAGUGGAGUCUGUAACCUGAAGCGUCUGUAACCUGAAGUGUAUGUAACCCGAGGUACCACUGUAUUCUGGAGGAAGGCAUGGCUGACUGGAACAUCCAAACUGCAAUGCUCAGUGGAAGGUCCAACUUCUUGUUUGUUUAAAAUUUACUUUUGAACCAAAUAGUGGCAUCAUGAACUGGUGGUGGCAGGAGGGAAUUUGUUUUUUUGCUGCUUCUUAAAAAAAAAAAAAAGCUCUGCCAUUGCAAGAGGAAAACAAGACACUGUGGCAGUUGGACCAUGAAGACCGCCCCCCCUCCCCCUUUUAGCAAAAGAAAGAGUGUGUGUCUUUGGGAGCGAGAGAGACUGUUACUGCUGCUAAGUGGAUAGUCCGUCUGAAUUAGUCUGGCAAAUGCCUUCACUUAAAUGAGCCUCGUUCCAGAUGCAUUUUUACUCACAGUGUGCAUCAGCAGGGGCUGCAGUUAAUCACAUUGAAUCAAAUUGCACAUUUAAACUAUUAGAUUAUGUUAAACUUAAUCUUCUCCCUGGAGAGGAACAUUAACUCUUGGCGGUGUGUUUUCACCUACAUUACAAGACAAGGACAAUCCGGGAGGAUAGAUGGAUUCUGCCUAUCUCAGCUAUUUCGGCUUCCUUGCCCUUGCAGUACCUGGUGACAUCCAGAUGUUUUGGACUACAACUCCCAUCAUCCCUAGUCUUUUAUUUCCAACAUUGCGGGGGGGGGGUAGUUCUUGUUUAUUCUGUUUAUUUUCUCAGGAGACAUAUACUAACUACUCAUUAUUUUAUAACUGUUCUGUCUUAUCCCUGAGAAUUUAUAUGUGAUUCUCCACAACUUCUCCCAAACCCAGUUUGGCAUAUUUUCCCUGAUGUUCUGGGCCCAUUGAAUAAUAUAUUCCUUAACCAGUUCUAGCUCUGUAGUGUUAUUUCAAUAACAAAUGAUAUAUUUUCACCAAUCUGUGCAUAGCUGUCAACUUUUCCCUUUUCUUGCGAGGAAUCCUAUUCGGAAUAAGGGAAUUUCCCUUAAAAAAAGGGAAACGUUGACAGCUAUGAAUCUGUGUCUGCCUGCUCUGAUUACUGCUUUCUUAAAAUCAGUUAGUUCUCUAAUUUGAUUAAAGUUGGCAAUAUAAUUAUUGCCACUGAGGUUUGAAAGUCUUUAAACCACAAAGCGUUUCUGCCUCGCAUCCAUGGCUUAGCCUCUAAUUAUGCAAUUAUAUUUCCCCUGAGUAAUUAAUUUCUUGAUUGUAAAUAAUUCAUUAUCCCCUGGAUUGUAAAUAAUUUUUUAUCCCCUCCCCCAGCUUAAAUUUGAAAAAAAAAUCUGCAAUUGAUUCCAAAGGAGAGUGUUCAGAGCUCAACAACUUUUUAUAACAAACCCAUGUGUUAAAAAAAAUGUAAACAGUAUUCUUAAGUGGUGCAAUUUGUGUCACAGCUAUGGAAAGGUAAUAACAUUGGUCAGACCUGGAACUCUCUGCACCCGUUUUGUGUCCCAUUUGAUUCAGAUGCAGACAUGCCUAGGGGAGAUGCUGGCCUGUUUGGCACCCAACCUGAAGAAAGCUCUUGGGUCUUGAGCUCCUUUGCCACUGAAGCACCACAAGUUUAUUUUCUCCCAUGCUAGUCCUGUGCGAUGCCACUCAUAGAAUCACAGAAUUCUAGAGUUGGAAGGGACCCUGAGGGUUAUCUAGUCGAACCCCGUCCAUUGCAGGAAUAUGCAGCUGUCCCAUAUGGUAGGGUUGCCAUAUGUCUGGGAAAUCACUGGAAUGACCGGGAAAAUGUGGACGUAUGGCAGCCUAUGCCGGAAGUGUAGAUUUUGGCAAUCUUCAUUAAAAAUAGUUCAAAAACUAAAAGCUCUCAGAAUCUCUAUACCUAAAAUACCUAACAAAAAAGUCUCUGAGUUUUCCCCACAAAUGUCCUCCUGAAUUUGUUUCUCCUCCCACAGGACCAUUUCUGGUCCAUGGUUUUGAAAGGUCCCAAGGUGCAAAUGAAGCAUUAUUUGUUUUCCUCCCACUUCCUGUACACUUUUUAAAACUUUCAUCUCCCCACCCCAGCCGCAUUAUUCAGAAAGGUGUGGUAUCAGGAAAUGUUGUCUGAUUAAAUACUUAGAAAUCUGGACAGACUCCUCUGAAUUAAGUGGCAGUUUUGCCCUUCAAUGUCCAGUGACAUUCCCCCCCCCCCCCCAAGGAAAAGUAUUUAUAGCUCUAAUACCAUGUUGUAUGUUGCCAAGAAUAUGGGAGUUUCCCGAAACGAGUAUUUCCUGUUUUUGUUAGGAUUUAGAACUGGUGAUUGUAAACCAGUUAUAAAAACCAGAUCUCUCAUAAGGACAACCACUUGUGCAUCACUCAAAAAGAGGAAAUGCAUCACUGAUUUGCACAACAUGCCGAGUUAUAUGCAUAGAUUCAAAUGUAUAAGCUAUGGAUAUAAUUUAAGUAGAAAUACAACACAGUGGUACCUCUGGUUACGAACUUAAUUUGUUCUGGAGGUCCGUUCUUAACCUGAAACUGUUCUUAACCUGAGGUACUUUAGCUAAUGGGGCCUCCCACUGCUGCCGCCGGCACACGAUUUCUGUUCUCAUCCUGAGGUAAAGUUCUUAACCCGAGGUACUACUUCUGGGUUAGCUGAGUCUGUAACCCGAAGUGUAACCUGAGGUGUUUGUAACCCGAGGUACCACUAUAUGCCACCUUGAGCUCCUUGGAAGAAAGGUGCAGUAUAAAUACCAUUAUUGAAUAAAUAACACUGCUAACCAGAUACUAACUGUCAUGGGGGGGUGCUUUCUUGAGUCCUCCCUCCAAGCUGCUAAUAACUCGCUCGGGCACUGAACGGGUUAUCAGGCUUUAUUGGCGUUUUCUCUGGCACCAGCUACAGACAUCUAACGGCAGUCUAAUCCACAGUGUGUUCUCUCCCUCCCCUUGGCAGGUUAACUCGAAGAUUUGUAGGGGCUGAGGAAUCCUGGCAGCCCCAUCACCUCUUCCCACUUUAACACCUGCCUGAGGCCCCACCCAGCAAUACUUGCUCACAGAAUUGCUCCUUCAUGACAUCUCUUCUUUUCUUCUGAUGAAAUUCUAAAUCAGGCUUCUUCAAAUUCAGCCCUCCAGAUGUUUUGAGACUACAGUUCUCAUCAUCCCUGACCACUGGUCCUGCUAUCUAGGGAUCAUGGGAGUUGUAGGCCAAAAACAUCUGGAGGGCCAAGUUUGAGGAAGUCUGUUCUAAAUGUUAGAUUUUUCAUCUUCAAGUAGACCUGGACCGUAAACAAUAUUAUUUACUAUAACCAUUCUGCAACCAACGAUAUCUGAGCAAAUAAAUGAUGAAACAGGAAAUGUACAUGAACAAUAUCCACAAGACUUACUGCAAGAUUGAAGUACACCAUUUAAAAUUAACUUUAAUCCUCAUAAUCCACAUAGAUUCUAGAUAAACAGUCAGCAUUUAACAUCUAUAUUCUGCACAAAAUCUUAUAAACCCCCCCCAUCCAUCUUUCUUAGGCACCAGAACUACAGGACUUGCUCAUGGUGAAGUACUGGGCCUAAUAACUCCCAAUUCUAACAUAGCUUGAAUCUCAUCUGCAAUUUCCUUACAAUGUUGCUCUGAAACAUGAUAAGAGUGAUUUACAAUGGGAGGCUAGAACUCUCCUUUCUUAGGGUUCACUGUCUUCAUGUAGCUGUUUUGGUGCCACCACCCCCACUCCCCCAAAAGCAGGUGUUGGUUCUUGCCGGUUCUGUGAUCCAUCCAAAAGACAGUGUGGUGACAUAACAAAGCCAAAUUAGAGUGAAGGAAAGGGACUUUAGCCAUUCAAUAAAACUGCUUGCACGUUUGCAAAGUUAAGCAGGUUUGGUAUGGUUUCAGAUUGGAUGAAUAUCAAUAUUCCUGCAUUUCAGGUGGGUUGGAGUAGAUGACCUUUGGGUUCCCUUCCAACUCUACAAAUCUGCGAUUCUAUUAUUCAUUCCCUUUCAUGCCCUCUCAACCAAAUAUUAGACUUUUAGCUGGUGAAGCUUUCCCCAAAAUGCAUCCAUUUUAAACUGAACAGCUCCAAUUUAACAUGUACAGUCGUACCUUGGUUCCCUAACGGCUUAGUUGUCAAACAAAUUGGCUCCCAAACGCCGCAAACCCGGAAGUAAGUGUUCCGGUUUGCGAACGUUUUUUGGAAGCCAAACGUCCGACGCGGCUUCCGAUUGAGUGCAGGAAGCUCCUGCAGCCAAUCGGAAGCUGCACCUUGGUUUUCGAAUGGUUUGGGGAGUCGAACGGACUCCUGGAAUGGAUUAAGUUCGAGAACCAAAGUACCACUGUAUCAUGAUGACCACUGUUGCCUUCUGGAAGAAGGUACAGGGUUAUAAAGACUAGGACUAGCCGCCUGAUAAACAGUUUCUAUUCAAAUGCAAUUUUGGUUUUAAACGCAGUGUAAGGUAGUCUGGGAGUAUAUUGUAUUUAAUUAUGGGGUAUCAGAGUUUUUAGGGGGCUAACCAGGCUGGGAUAGCUGGGAUAGCAGGCUUGUUGGUGUUUGAAUGUCUGAUGUAGUUUUCAAUUUCGUUGUUCUGUAUGGGACAAUGACAAUAAAGAUUAUCAUAUCGUAUCAUCUCGUAUCACAUUCAAUUUUGGCUUGGAAUCACUCUUUGAGCUACAUGACACACUUCAACACAAGUGUCUUCUGGUCCUCAGACGUGUGUAUAUUCUGGGGUUUGGCAGAUGUGCAGAAAGUACACAGUGUGUUGGAUUGGAUGGAACAGUACCUGCCUGACACACUAGGCUCUCCUUAAAUCUGCAUAAUCUAUGGUGGGUUACAGAAUUCACCUUUCCUUAGCACUUUGUGUUACCUCCCCGAAGGAUCUGUGUUUCUUUUGAAAGCAUGGAGUAAACACAGGCCUGACGUAACCGUACCAGCCAGCAUUCUGGUACUGAGCAAGUGUUCUGACCUUUUCCAAGUGGUUGUACAUUCUUUAGGUGGGGUAAAGCGGGAGCAAGCAACAUUCUCUUUGCUCCCCGUCACCUGGGAGUUGCUCAUCCCUUUGCAUUAACUUCUCUCGAGAGGCAAACAAGUAGGGCAUUUUUAAUAACUCUGGCUGAUGGCCUAUCAUCCCGUGAUGAGUUGCAAAUCAAUAAAUCAUGUGUGAAGUGCUGUUAUCUAGGCCAGCUCCUAUCAGCAUCUAUGCUCAAAGAACGUUUCCAGUCUGUGCUGCCGGAGACUGCCAGUUUUUUUGAGAGUUGUUUUUGGCUGAUGUUUGUUGUGAGAAAAAUCAGAUUCCAUCUCCUUGUGCCAGUUGAAGGGAAUGGAAUGUAUAGUCUGGCUAGAAUUGCUCCCCCACCACCUCAGAUAGCAUCCUCUGCCAUCUAGGGCUUUGGGGAGAAAAUCUGGGUUUGCACUGUUUGCAAAACAAGCUGCCUGCCUUCUAAGAAACAUGUUGCAAAGUGGUAACAUUCAUUAUUCUCCCUCCUUCCCCUCCAAAAUCUCCUACUUCUUAAGAUUUUUUUCAAACGGAUUUUGUGUCAUGUAACCCACAUCAAUGUCAAGCUUCUAGUUCUCAGGACUUGUGGAUUCCAGGAUUUCAGAAGGCCUUUGCACUAUAAAUGCUGUUCUAAUGUUUAGUGGGGACGCGGGUGGCGCUGUGGGUUAAACCACAGAGCCUAGGACCUGCCAAUCGAAAGGUCGGCGGUUCGAAUCCCCGCAACAGGGUGAGCUCCCGUCGUUUGGUCCCAGCUCCUGCCUAUCUAACAGUUCGAAAGCACCCCUAAGUGCAAGUAGAUAAAUAAGGACCGCUUUCUAGCGGGAAGGUAAACGGCGUUUCCGUGUGCGGCGCUGGUGCUGGCUCGCCAGAUGCUGGCCACGUGACCCGGAAGUGUCUUUGGACAGCGCCGGCUCCCGGCCUCUUGAGCGAGAUGAGCGCGCAACCCUAGAGUUGGUCACGACUGGCCCUGACGGGCAGGGGUACCUUUACCUAAUGUUUAGUGCCUCAGUGUUCUCACCUAUGUAUUAAAUUUUGUGUAUUUGGUGUUCUAAUUUCUGUAAGCUAUGUUGAGACCCAGAUGUGGUAAAAAGUGGGGUAUAUUUUUUUAAAAAAAAUUAAAUAAAUUAGGCAGGAGUUGCAGAUUUUGAUAUUAACAUUCUGUGCCAGAUUCUGCAUCCUGGGUGUCUUAGCCUGAACAAAAUCCACUUUACAGCUCUGUUUACUUUUUCUUUUUAUUAUUGACACCAUGCAGUAUCUAUUUAUUGCAGAUGCGGUGGCAGGCACUAUACAUUACAAAAUACAGCCCAUAUUUAAAAAGAUGUACGCAAAAGAUGUGCACUUAUACCUUCACAGUGAUCAGUACGAGAUGCAACAAAUAUUGCUACGUUGUCAAGGCUUGGGGGAGCCAAUAAAUAAAUAAAUAAAUAAAUAAAUAAAUUCCAUCAUACGCCAAAAACAAAACUGUCAAUGCAUGACUUGUAUUUAAGGGGAGAGUAUUCCAGGUUCUGCCACACACAAAACUGCUGCAUUUCUUCAUCAGUUUUCUUUUCUUUUCAACGCUUCACAAAAAUUCUGCAUCAAUACUUUCCCUAACGUAAUGCAAUUUUAAAUGUUAUUUUCACUAAUAUAAGCAUUUAGGCACAUUUCCCCUAACGUUUCUGCACCCAUGACUCAGUUGGAGAAUUGCAUUGCAAAAUUCAGAGAGGUGAAAAUGUUGAAGGCUUGCUGAGCUCCUGGUUCGUGUAUAGUUCCAGGAAUGGCAGAUUUGGUAGUUCUGCAAUGUAAUGUGAACCAAACUUAAGUUUCUCCCCAUCUCUACCAAUGGGUGGGAAUAAAUCCAUCAACAAUUGUGUAGCGUUUCAAACAUAAGAAGGAUCAUGAAUAUUUAGAGUAUCCAGUUAGAUCUAGAUUUGGAUCCCCUCCAUCAAGCCAUGACUUGGGCUAGUAACUAUCUUCCAACCUGCCUUACCCCAUUAACGUUAUCAUAAGCCUUAUAUGCCGCUGUUGCUGCCAAUCCUGCCAAUAAGAGAGAGAGAGAGAGUUUGGAUUUGAUAUCCCGCUUUAUCACUACCUGCAGGAGUCUCAAAGCGGCUAACAUUCUCCUUUCCCUUCCUCCCCCACAACAAACACCCUGUGAGGUGAGUGAGGCUGAGAGACUUCAGAGAAGUGCGACUAGCCCAAAGUCACCCAGCAGCUGCAUGUGGAGGAGUGGGGAAGCGAACCCGGUUCACCAGAUUACGAGUCUACCGCUCUUAACCACUACACCACACUGGCUCCCUGGUGGUUUGUGGCAGGUGGCAGCUGUGGAAGCUCAGGCUCAUUGACCUCUGGCCUCUUCAGCAGCCUCAGCUUUUGUAGCUGGAGUCAGUCAAGGCCUUGCCCUCCCAGGCCAAGCCAAGGAGCAGGUCUUCCAGGACUCACAGCCAAGAUGGUGCUUCUACAUGCCAGACAUGGCUUCCCAGCUGAGAUGGGCCCCUCCCUUCUCAAAGAAGAAGGACCCACCAGAUUCUGUUCUCCAUACCAGGGGUUUGUCAGUGUUUUGGUGGUUAAGUUAACAAAAUGCCACACCUGGUUUGACUGAAGACGUGUCUGCCAUCCCGGGGAUACUUUUGAAUUUAUUUCCAUGGAAACGCACGGACGUGCUAUGAACUGAAACGGCUUGCUUAAAUGUGGUUGAUGCACCCUCAAGGAACUGAGGGAAUUGUAAGUUUUGCAAAAGCAGCUACUAGGUACAGGCAAAUCUCCCUAUUUCAGUUUCUCAUUAUUCCAAUCUAAAGUUUUGUUUUCUACAUUUCCAUACCGGGUUGCUAUUUAUAUCUUAUUCUGAAAGUCCUCAUCAAAUUUCAUCAGCAUUUUAGUACAAUUUUUUUCCAGAUAAACAUAUUUGUUUAUUCAAGCUUGCAUAAUAAACACAUUUUUGCAAAACAGUUUUCCAUAAUAUAAUGCAUAUGUUAUAUGUUGUUUUCACUAAUAUACCCUUCUGUAGAACCAUAGAAUCAAAGAAUUCUAGAGUCAGAAGGGACUGUGCGGGUCAUCUAUUCCUCUGCAAUGAAGGAAUUUUUUGCUCAGUGUAGGAUUCAAACCCACGACCCUGAGAUCAAGAGUCUCAUGCUCUUCCAACUGAGCUAUUUGCACACUUAAUGCCAGGAUUUGCACUUUUGUGCCCAAUGCUUGGCUGGAAAGAUGUGUUGCAUAAUCCAGAGAAGUGGAAAUAUCAAAGGAUAAAGGAAGAAGACAAGACAUUAUAUUUAUAUUUAUAUGCAACAGUGGCCGCGAGGCUAUUGAUUGCAAAAAAUUGGAAAAGUGGUAUUAUACCAACAAAAACAGAGUGGCUUGACAAAUUACUGGAGUAUUACAAUAUAUCCAAAACAAUGGGAGAAAUUGAAAGGAUCUCAAAAGAGAAGAUAGACAAGGACUGGAAGUCGUUUAAAGGAUACUUGCAAAAUUAUAUUGAAAAAUCAGAACUGCAAGGCGGGUGUGUGAAAGAAAGUAAUGGAAGUGGAAAGAAAUUGCAAUUGAGUAGAUUGGAAGUUCAUCACAAGGGUCCGAUGAGGGGUGAGGGAUGGUGGUGGGAAAAUGAAGUACUUGUGGGACUGAGUGUGGGUAUUUUUAAGGAUUGUAUGAAAUGUAUGUUUGUAUGUUUGUAUAUUCAUAACAUGUAUGUAUUAAUGCUGAAUUAUUUUAAUAAUAUUUUUUUUAGAAAAGGAAAUAUCAAAGGAUGGCUGUGUUUCGGAAUGUGUGAAUUAGGUAAAUUUGCUUUUAAUUGCAAACUCAGUCAGAUUUCUCCCCCAAUUCCUCCCCCCCCCCCGUGCAACAAAUAUCCGUGCCAUGCAGGGGCAAAGAGUGGGUGGAGUCCUCCCUUUGGGCAUAGUCACGCACGGCCAGCGAUGGUUCCCCAAAGGAGCCACUUCCAGAAGCUGAUGGCUUUUGCUGUCUCUCUCUGUACUGAGCGAUCCGUCACUCCAGUCUCAAGCUGCUGGGGAGUUUCAAUAUUUAACUUGAAACCCAGCCAGUAAACUGGAAGCUGCUUUCCUUCUGUUCCUGAGGGAACAAAUAUAUAAGAAGGAGCUGGGAACAAUGAUGGGAAGAGACUCUCUUCCCAGGCAGCUCGCUACAACGCGGCAGAGCCAGGUUGCAGAUUUAUUUACAGAAUCUGUCCCUUCAGAUGCUCUUUCUCCUUCCAACAAGUUCUUUCUUUCUCUGACUGCAGCUGUGGACACAACAGAUUCACAGGGAUGGCUCUGCAAAACUGACAUGGGAAGUUAUUUCACUAGAACCGGAGUGAUUCCUCCCCGCCAUACACACCUGUGUUUUAUUUUUAUUUUUUAUAUAAUUUUUUAUUUGGUUUUACAAUUUAAUCUCACAUUCACACACAACGUAGAAUCAUAAAUAUAGAAUUCACCAAAUUCUCAGACUUCCUUCCUCCUCUCCGUGGAGUCCACAUUUAAUCGCUUUUCGCUGCAUCAUACAUCGUCCGCUAUAUUUCUAUAAACUCUGUUUUUAUCCAUAGUACUUUGCACUUUGCAAGUGUUAUUGCAAUCCUGCUAGUGUUUUUAACUAUUACAGUGUUCUCUCAGAUAAGUUACAGAUUUUCCCCAAUCCUUAUUGAAGUUUUUAUCAUCCUGGUUUCUGAUUUUUCCAGUCAUUUUAGCCAUCUCUUCAUAGUACAUCCGUUUUUUAAUCCGUUCUUCUCUUGCAGAGAGGACAUACACACCUGUGCAUAAACACCUGUGUUUUAACCACAAAAACAUGGGAGUGUGGUUGAUGUUGAAGCCACAACUGAGGGCAGACUUGCCGUGUUUAGGUAGAGCAGGGGAGCGGGGGCUCCUGUACACCACAUAGCGUUUUAUUUUAUUUUUAAAAAAUUAAGCUGAUUAAGCCUCACUCACCUCACAGAUUGUUUAUUGUGGGGGAGGAAGGGAAAGGAGAAUGUUAGCUGCUUUGAUAUGCCUUCAGGUAGUGAUAAAGCAGGAUAUCAAAUCCAAAUUCUUCUCUUAUUAUUAUUAAUAUAACACCCUAUGUCUGGAAGUCUCAGGGCGGUUCACAGAAAAGAUCAACAUAAAAACCACAAUAUAUAUAUAUAAUCAAAAUAAAAACAACAAGCCAAUAACACACACCUCCCCUGAAGUAUAGGUGGGCUCCCAUGAGGCAAGACACAGUGAUAACGGCAAGAACCUUUAUUGAACUACAUAACUGGGAAACAGGGGCAAAGCAACUGCUUAUAUACAUUUCUGAAAGCCUGGGCCACUCCCACUCCCAACGUGAUUGGCUGUCUAAACUUCCAAGAUGUGAAUCACAAUUCAGAGUUCAAGGGCCAAUGGCAGAGGCCCAAAUCCUGAAAUGUUCUGUGAUUGGACAACAUGUAUCGAUUCACAACACAGGAGCUCAGAAUCCUUAGUCCAGACUCAAGCUCAGGCAAACACAGACCACUGAAUACAUAACACCCCCCAAAAAAUAUUUCACUAGAAAUUGUGAUGGUGGUCGGCUAAUGUCACACUAGCUCCACCCACCCAACCUGCCAAGAAAGUUUAAAGAAAUUAAGAGUAGUAUCUAGCUUAGGGAUGCAGAAGAAAUUUGUUUCUGUUCACGUUUCAAGGCAAACUUGCUCGUGUAGCAGAACUUUUCCUCCUCCUCACUCCCCAUUGCUCCACUCUGAAUCUGCGCGGGUUAAUCUCCCCCGCCCAACUCCCUAGAGCAGAUUUGGAUGGUGCAGGAGGUGCAACGGGAAUGGGGGCAGAGAAGAGCAGAAGCUGUCCCUCUCAUGCAGUGGCUUCAUUGGAGACAACCUCUCCCCGCCCCCCGCCCCGUUUUUACAAGAACAAAUUCAACAUAAUAAAAAGAAUAAACUUUUACCAUAUCCAUAUAUGGGAUUCUCUGAAUCUUGCGACUUCCCCCCGUCCCCUGCAUGGGUCCUUAACAUAAUUUUUCUAAAACUACAUAUCAUUACGUUCCCCACAGUUUUCAUCUCUCUGAAUUAUAUACACACCCACACACACCCACACACCCGUUUCUAUACAAGUUGUUUUUAAAGUCCAGGUAAUGUUCUUAUUUAGGGACGCAGGUGGCGCUGUGGGUUAAACCACAGACUUGCCGCUCAGAAGGUCGGCGGUUCGAAUCCCCAUGACAAGGUGAGCUCCCGUUGCUUGGUCCCAGCUGCUGCCCACCUAGCAGUUCAAAAGCACGUCCAAGUGCAACUAGAUAAAUAGGUACUGCUCCGGCGGAAAGGUAAACGGCAUUUCCGUGCGCUGCUCUGGUUCGCCAGAAGUGGCUUAGUCAUGCUGGCCACAUGACCCGGAAGCUGUACGCUGGCUCCCUCCGCCAAUAAAGCGAGAUGAGCGCCAGAACCCCAGAGUCGGUCGAGACUGGACCUAAUGGUCAGGGGCCCCUUUACCUUUACCUAAUGUUCUUAUUUGUUUACAAUGGUCUCCUAAGUAAGUUAUGAAUUUUCCCCAUGCUUUUUUAAAGUCAAUAUCUUCUUGAUUCCUGAGUCUCCCGGUCAGUUUUGCCAUUUCAGCAUAGACCAGCAAUUUGGCUUGCCAUUCUUCCUUGGUCGGAACUGUUGGUUCUUUCCACCUUUGGGCUAGAAGCAUCCUUGCAGCUGUUGUCCCAUACACAAACAGUCUUUUCUGGUCUUUUGGGGUAUUGGAGCCUGUAAUUCCUAAUAGAAAUACUUCUGGUUUACCAAAGGGAGUGGAAAGUGCAAGGAGACCUGAUGCAAAUGACCUGGGGCUGGAACCUACUGGCCAACCCCCUAAGAAUGCUCCUCACCACUGGAGCCAACUCCAGGGGGCCCUGGGUGUUUCGGCACCCACAAUAACAUAUUUGUGGGGCUGGGCCCCACAAGGUCAAUGGGCAAGGUUGAAGCCCUUCAUUGUGGGCACCCACAAUCUUUGGCACCUCUGCCCCCUACCCUGCUGACUUCUCACAGACUCUGGACCAUUAGCUCACUGGUUUCCCUCUGCUGGGGUUUCUUGAGUUCUUGCGGUCUUAUAACGCAGUUAGCUAUUAUUAGGCAAGUAGUCGUUUCACCCUAGCAAGUGUCCAGUGCAAUUAGGCUAAUCUAAUUUCUUGUGGCCGCAAGCUGAAAUAAGGCGAAUCCCAUCGCCGCUUCCUAUCGGGGAGGCAUGUAGCUUAAUUGGUGUUCCAGGAAACUGGAAUUGUGUGUUAACAUCUUAAUUCCAUGUGCUGUUUAGGCGGAGGCGAUUCCUCGCCAUUGUUCCAGUUGCCUUUGCGGGACACAACGGAAUCUUGUGCUUUCCUGAGAACCUUAGUUAUCGCCUUGCAGCAGAACUUCCUGCCGGGAAGCUGUCAGACGUCGUCAGGAAUCAUUGCCAAGCAUCUGGUGGCAGAAAGAGGAGAUAUCUUUAUAACCUACAAAGAGUUUAAAAAUAUCUAAGCCUCCGUGAAAGGCCAAUGCCCUCAUGAAUGCAUUUUGCAUCAGAAUGUAAGCAUUGCUGCCGGACGUUGGUUAAACAAUGGGUGUCUCAUGUUUUGAAGGUGUCGCCUUUUAUGUUGGCCAUAGCGUUGAUGUCUCAUUUUGGUGGUUUGUCAUUGAUACUUCAGGGAACGCAAUGGAUCCAAGUGUUGCCACUGCUGAACAUGCCCAACAUGACCUCGGCAUGUUCAAAGUCCUGGGUUUGUUUGCAUAUUUAGUGGAUCUUUAUCCCACUCUGAAGCGGCAAAAAAGGCUAUCUAAUUAUGAAGAUCAGCGUUGCACUCAUUUUCACCAUCUCAAAAGACAUGACACAAAAGGAAAAUGGUUUGGGGAGGAGGAGGAAGCAAGCAAACUCAGGUAUAAAUUCUUAGUUACAAAACCAAUAAUAAUAAUAAUAAUAAUAAUAAUAAUAAUAAUAAUAAUAUUUAUACCCUGCCCAUCUGGCUGGGUUUCCCCAGCCACUUUGAGCAGCUCCCAAAAGAAUAUUAAAAACACGAAAAAAUGACCAGUUGGGGUGGAAAAGUUCAAGAUGAGGCGGCCCCUCCCAAGGUUGUUCGUGUUUCAGAUGCACUGAUGGAGUAGACCUGCAUCCCUUCCCUUCUCAUAAAGCCUGAUGUAACCACUGCUGCUAGGUGACAGUUGAUGGAGGUCCAGUCCUUGGCAUUUCUAAUUAAAAGGGUAUGGUAAUAGGUGCCUGUAGUUUGUUUAAGGGUGCUAGGAAAUGUAGCUCUGUGAAUGGUAAACUACAGCUCCCAUUAUUCUUUGCAGAAGCCAUAUGCUUUGAAUGUAUGGCGUGGUUACCUCUCUCUGUGUGUGCAUAUGUAAGAGUUGCAAACCCUUGUUGAUCUGUUGGAAACCACUCAGAGAUUUACCAGCCCAUCUUCUGCUCACACCUGUUUUAGACCUCCCGGCCCUCCAAAAAACAAAACAAAAAAAAAACAACAACACCAAUCUAGGGCUAUAUUCAACUAAAUCAUUGUGCUAGUGGAAGGCAGUGAGAAGAUCUCCGCUAGUGCAAUGGGGAUUCCCCGUGUGUGCCCUGCGCCCUCCCCCAGAUCUGCUCUGGAGGGUUGGCGGUAACCCCUGAACAGAUUUAAGGUGCAUGGAGAGUGGGGAGAAAGGGGGAAACUUCCAUCAUGCAAAGAAAAUUAUUGCACUGGUGGAACCUUGGCCUUAGAGCUGCGGCGAAUACAACCUCUUGCCUUUGGACCCACAUGCAUGAAUCCCAUCGUAUUACUUUCCCAACCUCCUAUGGCAAAUGACCAUUAUACUAAAUUCCUGGGAUAGCUCAGCCCAUAGAGCAUGAGCUUCUUAAUCUCAGGAUCGUGAGUUUGAGCCCCAUGUUGGACAAAAUAUUCCUGCAUUGCAAGGGGUUGAACUAGAUGACCCUCAUGGUCCCUUCCAACUCUAUGCAAUUCUGUGUUACUAUGAUUCGGUGGAGGGGGGAGGAAUUCUACAGAUUGAGGCCUGGGAGGAAUUCAGGUUUGGUUUAUGACUUAGAGUUAAAUUGUCAGCCUCGUGGGUGGCUAAUGCAUGCAGCAGAGGGCCAGGCUGCCUGGGUCCUUAGGGCACAGAGUUGGUAUGAGCAGAUAAUGUGUAAGGAGGUGGGAAACAUUAUGCUAAUGCACCCAUGUUGCUCACCCAGUGGAAGAGACGGGUGCCCUAUCCUUUGAUCUGUGCAAUAAUGGAGCUGUCACUCCAUUGUUCUAUGAAUAUUCUGCCAACGGAGUCAUUAGAAUCUUGGGUCAGUGACAGAUAAUCAAUGCUAGCAUUUCAAAACUGCAAUGUGGAGAGAAUCAGGCUUCAACCCCAUCAGGCUCAUUGGCCCAUCUAGCUCAGAACUGCCAGGGUCUGAGGCUGGGAUUUGGCUACCCAAGAAAGUUUUAACCAGUGGUGCUAAGGACUGGGAGCACCUUUUUUUGCAGGGCAAAGCAUGUGCCCUUCCACGAAGAUGCAACCCCGGAACGAUCCUUUGAAAUGAAGCUGCAUAGAUAAUGUAGAGCUGGGUUGCUGAGAAACUGCCUGAAUAAAGGCUAGGUUUGGAGUUUCUGCUGUGAUCAGAAAACAGAAUCCAGAACUCAGUGGCUGGGGUCACCCAGGUAUUUGGAGAAUGCUGCUGUGCUAAUGGGGUUCCUGAGUGCAUCCUGUUGUUGUUGUUUAGUCGUUUGGUCGUGUCCGACUCUUCGUGACCCCAUGGACCAGAGCACGCCAGGCACUCCUGUCUUCCACUGCCUCCCGCAGUUUGGUCAAACUCAUGCUGGUAGCUUCAAGAACACUAUCCAACCAUCUCGUCCUCUGUCAUCCCCUUCUCCUUGUGCCCUCCAUCUUUCCCAACAUGAGGGUCUUUUCCAGGAGUCUUCUCUUCUCAUGAGGUGGCCAAAGUAUUGGAGCCUCAGCUUCAGGAUCUGUCCUUCCAGUGAGCACUCAGGGCUGAUUUCCUUCAGAAUGGAUAGGUUUGAUCUUCUUGCAGUCCAUGGGACUCUCAAGUGUCUCCUCCAGCACCAUAAUUCAAAAGCAUCAAUUCUUCAGUGAUCAGCCUUCUUUAUGGUCCAGCUCUCACUUCCAUACAUCACUACUGGGAAAACCAUAGCUUUUACUAUACGGACCUGUGUUGGCAAGGUGAUGUCUCUACUUUUUAAGAUGCUGUCUAGGUUUGUCAUUGCUUUUCUCCCAAGAUGCAUCCUGUUAGCCCUUCACAAACUCAGGAAGAAGCAAAGCACUUGGAACUGUUGUGAUGAGGGCACAACCUUCCUACUACCCCAAUGUGUAGUAGAUCUGAGUUGCCAAACUACAGAAUGUUUUGGACCAUUUCAACAUUUCCACAGUUGGAAGCAGUGAUGCGUCUGAAUAUGAAUUGCUGGAAGCCACAGGAGGGAAGAAUUGCUCUUGGGUCCUCCUUGAGGGUUUCUCAUAGGCAUCUGGGUAGCCAUUGUGAGAACAGGAUCUGGUCAAGAUGGGUCAUUGGCUUGAUCCAGCAGGACUCUUUUUAUGUUCCUAUGUGUUUCUAGUUGCAUAGUCCACAGAUGCUCUCUGUUCCCUCCACCCACCCCAGACACUUCCCGUUUUUGCUAAAUAAAAAGCUUCAUAUUCCUUCAUGCCAUUUCAUCUGUCAUAGUGAUGGUUGUUUUCCUAGCCACCAAAGAAAAGACAGAUUAGUGAACUACUAUUUGUUUUUAUUUGAAUUUGUUUGAUUUGUAGCCUGCUUUUCCACCAAAUGAUGCUCAGGGCAGUUAACAAUAAUAAUGCAAAUAUAAUAGCAAUGAUGACAAAACAAAAGAAUGGCAAAGCAUCAACAAAAUCAACAAAAGCACCAGUUUAAACCGAUUUCAUCUGUCUCCACCAAGAGAUGUCAAGUGGGAUCUCUUUCCAUGGCCUCAUCUUGGGUAGUGGAACCAGAUACUGUGCUCAAUACAAGCUGGUCCUAGACAAGAUUUGGGGGCCAUCCUUGUGGGGUGGGUCACAGGCAGGAGCAAAAAGCUACUACCAUAAAUGGCUUCAACAGGAUGGAGAAGUCCCACUGUGCGUUCAUCCCUACAUGUUGCAAAAUUCAGAUAAGAAUGAAUUCGAAGAAUAGCUGCAUUUCAUAUUUGCCUUUUUGGUUCAGGGAGCGUGAAUUUGGUAGGGCCAUGUCAGACUGUGAAGAAAACUUCUCCUCAUCUCUAGUUUCUACAAAGUGAAUUGCUGGAGAUGAAAAUUGAGAACGUUAGAAGGAGUACCUUGCUGGAUUGUAGGGAAGGCCCCUUUAAUCCAUCAUCCUCUUUCCAACGGGCAGAUGCUUCUGAGAGAGCCCAGAAGAGAGUAGUGAACAGGUGAACCUGUCAGUUUCGGUUUCUCAUUUUUCCAGUCUUUAAGUGAAGUGUGUGUGUGUGUGUGUGUGUGUGAGAGAGAGAGAGAGAGAGAGAGAGAACAAAACAAAACCUCAUGAAAAUUCAUCAGCCUUUCAGUGCAGAUUUCUCUUAAUAGGUGCACAUUUGGAUGCAGUUUUGCCUAAUAUGCAGUUUUUCGCAAAGCCAUUUCCCCCCAACAUAGUGCAUUUUUGUAAAUUGCUUUCACUAACAUGUGCACCUCUAUGCACAGUUUAGCAGAUGCAUUUUUGUAUGCAUUACUUGGCUGGAGAACUGCACUGCAAAAUUCAAAAAAGUGUGAAUUUUGGAGAGCGGCUGUGUUUUGGUCCCUGUAUUGUUUUGGAAAAUGUGAAUUAGCUAAGCUUGCCUCUGAAUCUGAACUGGAUCAGAUUUUAUCCUCCCAAGCAGAGCAGGAGGGCAGCAGCUCUUCCCUCCUGCUCACCUCCUCUCUUCCUUCCAGCAACUGAUAACCAGAGACAUGCCACCUUUGUAAUCCAAGUCUUCCCCUAGAGUCUUCUCUCUUUCUUUUUAAUGUACAUGCAGUCUCAAGCGAUUGCAUAUGCUGGGGAGAAAGUGGCGGCAGCAACUUCCCAAGCAGAUGCUCUUUGCCUCUCCCCUUCCAACCGUGCCCCGCUGACCUCUCUGCAGGAGAUAAUUCCCCCCAGCUGAUCCUUCCCUUGCACUGUCACAAAAUAAUCCCUGUAGCUGUAAUUCCAGCAAUUAAACCGGCUUGCCCUGUUGGCCUCAGAACUGCAUCGCUGCAUUGUCCCCGGGACUCUCAUCCGAAGUCCACGAGGAUGCGGCGACGCUGGCGUUCUGCGUCCUAACCUGUUAAUAUUUCCUGACACUUUGCUUAUGGUUUGUGUCAUCAGAUUUGCCUGGAGAGGCGGUGGCAGUGCCUGCAUUUUGUUGUUGCUGUGAACAUCACAGUGACAGGUGGCCUUUUUGCUUUGGGCAAUCUCCAAGGAAACGAGUGCAGAUCUUUCUGCUUGCCGGCGUUAAAGUACCACUUAAAAAUGGGGAUACUUUGUGUGAAAAGGAGCCCUCUUGCCGACGGCUUGACGGAGAUCAGCAGCAGCAGGCAUUUGAGUGAGAACGAGAGGAGAAGGAUGAGGUGUUUGUUUUUGUGUUGGCUCUUAUCCAAUCAAGACUGGAACCCUUUCCAGAUCUGCCACAGGCUCCCUGUUCAAUCUUGUGUAUGCCUCUAAUGACCUCUUUCCAGAAGUUUGGAAAGAAUGUAGACUGAACUUAUGAAGGGGGCAGGUGCAGGUAAGGACCAACCAGGUUCAAAACUAACUGGAUGGCAGGUGCAUUUAACAAUAGGCGGUGGUCCAGUCGUGAGCAAUUUCAGAAGCCUGGUCGCAAUCUGUGGAGCCUGAGAUUAAAAUUGCCACUGCUGCCCGAGUGAUCUGCCGCUGCUUGCCCUGAAGCGGGGCUCAGCUGGUAGGCACUGUGGGUCCUUGAAGACAGAGAGAGAGCCAUGGAUGGAGUGCAAGGGGCCAGUUGGCCGCUGACUCUUCGCUGGCUUGUGGAGGAGGAGGAAAGAAGGAGAAGGGGACAAGAAAGCCAGCCUGCAUGAUCCAUUUCUCCUCUCCCUUCAUCUCCCCCCUCCCCAGCUCUCCCCAUUGGCCUUAUAAUAUGUUAGGGAGUGGGGAGAGACAAAGCAGACUGCCCCUCCCCAGUUUGAUUAAUUUUCUUCUUCACCUUCUCCCUUCGCCCUUCUUGGCUUGCCCCCUACGCUUCACCUCUCCACUCUUCCUUAACGCUGGGAGUGGGCAAGAGCCCCCUGAACAGCCCCUUUCAUUCUGCUUAUUUUUGUUAUUCUGAAGUAUCUUGUGUGGGGCUUAUUCCCAAGUAAACACACCCUCUACCAGCCCAUGGGGCACGCACCUCUGUUCUAAGUACAGUGGGGUAAAAAGGCAUGUGGGGGGGGCGGCUCUUAUAGCUGGUAACUGUUUGUUUUUUUAUGAACUGGUAGAAUUGGGAAGGAAUCCAAGAGCAGAGAGAGAGAGGAGGCUUAGAUGACAGAGAGUGAGUUGGGAGCCUUGCAUGGACGCUUCUAGGAAGGCACCCAGUCGGGGCCUCCUCAGCCUCUCUCAGCACCAUUUUCGGCUCGACUCAGUGUCCUGUGUAGCACAGGUUGGAUGGGGAGGAAGGAGGGCAUGUGGAGUGAAGGAAUGACCGCUGGGUAUGGAGCACACUUCCACCCGCAGACAGGCCUCAGCUGUCUGAUCGCGUGACCUUCGGGUGUGGAGCACACUUCCACCCGCAGACAAACCACAGCUAUCUGAACAUCAUGCCCUCUAUCUAACCUUUGCUCUCUCAGUGGUCUGCCAUGCCCUGUCUGUGACCUUUGUCUCCUUCGUCAUCCAUUGUGCAAGGGGAAAGUGACAUGGUGGAAACAGUUGCCAAAAUAACUUUGCACCACCCCACGAUCGCGGGAUUGGAAGAUGUGUAAAGGUCACAGUCCAAAAUGUACUGGUUUUGCCUAUUGUGCUAAUAAAAAGAGCCUCUGCAGAGCUAGCUGGCAGCUUGCCUGUGCACAGUUCACCUGCAUUACCAACUCCUGCCUCAUAUCCUCCACUUUCCCAGGGAAGAGGAUGCGGAGGGAGGAGUUCCAAGGGCAGCCCCUGUUGCCUGUUUACUCAGCAUAGGUCCUCCCUGAGCCACCUGCUUGCUCCCAGCUCUCAUGCCUUCCAGUGGGAGCUGGCGGGGUGCCUGGCUGAGUGAAACAUGUGGAGUCCUUUGGUCUGCUUGGCACUCCUGCUGGUGGUGGGCAUGCACAUCAGCCUCGCCUACCAAGGUAGGGGGCUGAGAUAUAGGGACAGAAGUGGGGGAAAGAGAGAGGGGGUGGCGGUGACAGCAGAACAGGUGUGUUGGCCGUCUUGUGCGAAAGGGGUAUUAAUUCAGAACCAUGUGGGGGAUGACAGAGUCUCGGGUCUGUGUGAGACACUUUUGAAGAAAGGGACACUGCAGCCACCUGGCCGAAAGUUACACUGACAGUGGAAAAGCAGCAGGUUUUUUUUUGGAGGGGGGGUGGACCCUUCACUCCCUUGUGAGCAACAGACUGAAAUGAAGGAGAAUAUAGUGUGCCUGCCGUGGGUUUGCAGUUAUUUGGCAUAAGGUGUAUCCUUUCAGAAAUGGAGCAUCUGGUAGUUUCUGGGGCAAGAGGAGGCUUCGUUCUUCAAGACUGUGAGGUGGUGAGGGGAGAGAGACUUUAAACUAAAAGCCUAAGUGUUUUGUCUCCGCAGCCUGUGGUAAGCUUGUGGCCUGAACCAGAGGGCCACAACAAUAAAAAUUAAUUAAUAAAAAUUGUUGCUGAUUUUUUUAAAAAAGUAAUAAUACGACCAGACCUUCUGUUUUGGCACCCCCAACUGAGGUUCUAGGAGCCAUGUGGAGAAUAGCUUUUUCAUCCCAGUUUUAUAGGGACGCAGGUGGCGCUGUGGUCUAAACUACUGAGCCUCUUGGGCUUGCUGAUCAGAAGGUCGGCGGUUCGAAUCCCCACAACAGGGUGAGCUCCCGUUGCUCUGUCCCAACUCCUGCCAACCUAGCGGUUCAAAAGUAGAUAAAUAGGUACCGCUCUGGCAGGAAGGUAAACGGCAUUUCCGUGUGCUCUGGUUUCUGUAAUGGUGUUCUGUUGCUCCAGAAGCGGUUUAGUCCUGCUGGCCACAUGACCUGAAAAGCUGUCUGUGGAUAAACGCAAGCUCCCGCAGCCUGAAAGCGAGAUGAGCACCACAACCCCAUAGUCGCCUUUGACUGGACUUAACCAUCCAGGGAUCCUUUACCUUUUUACUUUUUAUCCCAGUUUCUAACACUGGGUCCAACGUGCCAUGAUUGCUGAAUUAUACCAAGCCGAGAUACGUACUGGGCAAGGAUAGCUUUAUGCCAUCAACAAAACAAUACGAGCACUUGCAUAACUGGAGCUCUAGUUCUGCGCAGAACACCACUCUGCUGGAAAAGCAUCAUUGCGCAGUUCAAACUCCCUGUUUCGAUGAACACCAAGCAGAUGAAUGUCACUGACAUCUCAGGGAGGAGCGACACACACACACCUUAUGUCACUCCCGAACCUCAAGCUUGCUCCUGGUGCUCAGAUCCGGCCAUCAAGACCUUCCCCUUAAUAUUCAUGCACAGCUGCUAGGAUGGUGGGGCCGAAAGAUACUCCGAAGUGUGAGGGGUUGUAAAGGAAAAAAAGGAUAAAUCUUCAUAAGAUCCACUCAUGGAAAAACCUCACAGAAUAUAUAAACAGAUGUAAAUAAAGAAUUUAUAUCCUGGACCUUCAACAUACAUUUCUGUUCCCAGGGCAGCUACUAGAGUAUUAUUAUUAUUGUUGUUGUCGUUGUUAUUAUUAUUAUUAUUAUUAUUAUUCUGCACUAAAUUUUCUCAAAGUGAUUUACAAUUGUAUAAGCAUGCGAAGCUUCAAAACAUUCCAAAGAAGAUAAAAAGAACAUGUUUAACUGAAAGUGCUCAUCCUGCAAUAUUAUAAAAGGAUGAUCUUGUCCCACUCCACUAAAAGAUGAAUGCUAAAGACUUACUUAAGGGUAGUAAGAAAAGAAAUAAUAAUAAUAAUAAUAAUAAUAAUAAUAAUAAUAAUAAUAAUUGUUGUUGUUGUUGUUGUUGUUGUUGUUGUUGUUGUUGUUGUUUUAUUAUUCUAAUAAUAAUAAUAAUGGCAUAAAAACUAACACAGCAAAUUAAAACACAGAACUAAAAUGGCAACAGCCCAUUCAGACGAAAAUCCAACUGUUCUGCUUUAAAAAUAAUAAUAAUAAUGCUCACAUUAGCAGUUCUUAAAUGCCUGGGAGAACAAAGGGUUUUGCCUGGUACCUAAAUGAUAGUAGUAACAAGGUGUCCAGGCAGGAUUCCAUAGUGAGCGUCUUUCCAAGGGGAAAAGUCACCACAGAACAGGCUUUCUCCCUAGUUGUCAGCUGCCCUGCUUCAGACAGCAAAGGCCCUCAGGUAUGGGGUCAGAGAUGGCAAUCUCAGAGGAUGAGCCCAGGGGCUGAAUGUCUGCUUUGCAUGUGGACGUUCCCAGGUUCAGUCCUUGGUUUGUCCGUUUAGAACAGUUGGGUUUUAGUGUAAGUCCAAAGGGGAGAAGGUGAUGUGAAAUACUUUUCUGUGCCCGAAACCUUGGAGAUUCCGGCAGUCCAUAUGGACAAUAGACAUACUGGCAGAACCCUGAGCAUACAGGGAACUUGAGGAAGGCUGGACAGGUAAUCCAUUUGUACCUUGAUUUUAAAACAUUGUUUGGACCAUCUCUCACCAGGGUCUGCACAAGAGGGUAGUAAGGUUGGUCCAGCAGAGGCCCUCGUGCCUCAGCUAUGCUACCAUUUCCACUUCGCAUAUAGGGUUGCCAAGUGCCCUCUUUUUCCAGGACAUGUCCUCUUUUACAGGGGUAAAACUUCUGUCCAGCUGGAUUUUUUACAUUCACCAAAAUGUCUCUGGAUAUACUUUCUGGAUGAGACAUGGACAUAACUGGUUGCUGAAGACUUGCUUUCCUCUUCUCUUCUGCUACCCCCCUCAGUGAUAUAUCACAGCUUCUAUAGCCUACAUAUAGUAGGGGUAUUUAAAAUGAGAGUCAUCAUAGCGUCCUCUUUUUUUUUUGAUCUUCAAAAUAUGGCAACCCUAAGAAGAUCUGAGGCAGCUUAAGAGUUUGCAUGCCUUGCCUUUUCUGUAUUAAGGCUGCUUGCUGAGGGCACUAUGGGACCGCCUCUCCUGGUAUGCCCUGCGGAGGACCUUAAGCUCCACAAAUGACAACAUUUUGGAGGUCCCAAGUCGCAAGGUGAUUAGGGCCAGGGCCUUUUCAGUACUAGCCCCAACUUGGUGGAACACUCUGUCACAAGAGACUAGGGCCCUGCGGGACUUGACAUCUUUCCGCAGGGCCUGCAAGAUGGAGCUGUUCCGCCUGGCCUUUGGUUUGGACUCAAUCUGACCCUUAUGUUUCCCUCCCCUUAUGGUUUUGAUCUAUGGGCUACUUUUAAAAUGAGGCUGCAUUUUAAAUGGCAUUUUAACCUAUAUUUUAAAUUGGUUUUUACUGUAAUUUUUACUGGUGUUAGCCACCCGGAGCCUGGCUCUGGCCAGGGAGGGCAGGGUAUAAAUAAAUUUAUUAUUAUUAUUAUUAUUAGUUCAGGGCUCACACAAAAUCCUAGAGCCAGCACUGGUUGCCCCUGUUUUGUUUAGGGGCACAGGGGAGGAUCUCAUGUCAGAAGAUGGAAAAGGCCGGCGCUAAUGCUGAGGUCUGCAAUUGUGAUACCAUUUGAAUCUGCAAGGAGCUGAUAGGAGCGAAGGAGCAGGAAUUGUUUGGUAAAUCAUCUAGACGCCUUAUCAAGCAGGAUGUUAAGUGCGGCUUCCUGUUGUUGUCUCAGGCGUUUCCAGGGUUUUGUUUCACCAAAGUGUUCUGUGGAAAUGGCUGGGCCCGAUGUCAGCGUGCCGUUCCUGUGACGCAAGGCGAGGGCAUCUUAUUGCCAUUGUCUUGCAUCCUCCAGUGAAACGCUUGGCCUUGGAAGGCAGGAAAUCCCUUUGGUCUGAAAGCAGAUGGUGUAUUCUUUAAGGAGACCAAGCAGGGUGGGAGAAGAAUGGCACCUUGGCUGUUCCUCGUGCACAGGAACCGCCUUCAUGGCUGAUAUGUGAGGAACAGCCUUAGAUUGAACCAGUCCCAUUUGGGGGAUUCGCUUUUUCAAACCUCUCUCUGUUCAGACUCAAAGCUCACUGGGUGACAUUGGGCCAGGGUCAAGGCUUACCUUGUGAGGUUGUUGUGCGGCUAAAAUGAGGGAGGGAAACCCGUCUUCACCGCCUGCUGCUCCAUGGAGGAAGGAGUGCACUAUAAAUGUAAUAUAUAAAAAUUAUGGUGAACUAGGUGGCGCUGUGGGUUAAGCCAUAGAGCCUAGGACUUGCCGAUCAGAAGGUCGGCGGUUCGAAUCCCCGUAACAGGGUGAGCUCCCGUUGCUCGGUCCCUGCUCCUGCCAACCUAGCAGUUCGAAAGCAAAGUGCAAGUAGAUAAAUAGGUACCACUCCAGCAGGAAGGUAAACGGCGUUUCCGUGCGCUGCUCUGGUUCUCCAGAAGCGGCUUAGUCAUGCUGGCCACAUGACCCGGAAGCUGUACGCCGGCUCCCUCAGCCAAUAAAGCAAGAUGAGCGCUGCAACCCCAGAGUUGGCCACAACUGGACCUAAUGGUCAGGGGUCCCUUUAUCUUUACCUUUAGGAUGGACCAGAAACUAUAUCUGAUGGGGUGUACCUUGGUGUCAGGGAACUGCCACCAGCUCAGAGGCGAGAGGUGGAAGGGCAGUUGUGUUAUAGGGAACCUCCGAAAGUCUUGCAAAGCAGUUCCUCCUCUGGCGAGGAGGAAAGCCCCACCUCUAGUGGAGAGGAGGUGGUGGAACCAGGGGAUGCUAGGGAGAGCCUCAACAUUGACCCUGAACAGGGAGAGAGGAGGGAAGUACCCCUUUGCCAGCGCCCACGCUGCGCAGUAGGUUUUGGCACAGGAAGGGGAGGAGAAGGUUGGGGGCAAAGCGACUGUUAUGCUGGGGGAGGUACAAGGACCGAACACUCCCAGAUUCUGCUAGCGACUGAGCCAGACAUGAACUUACGAUGCUCUUCACUGUAAAUAGUUUUGCACUAAGAAUAAAGCCUGGAAAAGACAGGUUGGAGUCUUGCCUGUUUGCUCUCGAGCAACCACACCACCAUCUGACACUUGGUAAUAUGCUGCCCUGUGUGAGGCCAACAGUUGACGCCCUUCCUGCUGUCAUGGAAUUCUACUCAAUAUGAUCCAGAGCAGAACUCUGACAUAUAGUUAGCGGAAGAAGAAGAAGAAGAGUUUGGAUUUGAUAUCCCGCUUUAUCACUACCCGAAGGAGUCUCAAAGCGGCUAACAAUCUCCUUUCCCUUCCUCCCCCACAACAAACACUCUGUGAGGUGAGUGGGGCUGAGAGACUUCAAAGAAGUGUGACUGGCCCAAGGUCACCCAGCAGCUGCAUGUGGAGGAGCGGAGACGCGAACCCGGUUCCCCAGAUUAGGAGACUACCGCUCUUAACCACUACACCACACUUAACUUAAAACACGUUGCAGGAUUUCCCCCCCAAAAAUAAGCCAGAAGCAAUUAAUAUUUCAUCCAGCAGAGCUUUACAGCUACUGAAGGCAAAUGAGCAUAAUGUUCACUAAUCCAAUACAUUCAGGAUUGGCCCUGUCCAUAAGAAGUCCAGUUGCAGCAGACUUAAAUUAAACUUACAAUAACUUACAAUAAGUCUAAACCUUAACACUAAGCAUACUAUGUACAGAACGCCACACCAGAAGGAAGAGAGAUAGAAAGUGAAAGUGAACCUCCCCCAGGCUCCUUCUGGCCUUACUUUUAUAUUCAGCAUGACCUUGACAGAAAGAGAUAACGGGACCAGUUUAAGCCAGCGGUGCUCAGCUUCUCUGAAGGAAUAACCCAAACACCACGAACCUUCUGCUGGUUUCUUUCACACAGAGAAGCUUCCAGAACCCUCUUAAAUUAAGUAGAAUAGAAAACACAUCAGAUCAAUACUGCACUAAGAAAUGCAAACUGACACCUGCAGCCCUCGCAGAAUGGCCUAAGCCCAAUAAACAAGAUGACAGGCUUUGGGAUGGAGGCGAAAGUGAAGGCUCUGGCAGGGUCCUAGUGCCUUUCCACCCAGUGGUGGACCUACAUUCUGGUGGUCCUAAAGCUUGAACUGUUUUGGGGGGGCCCUUUGCAACCAGCAACAAGGUCUGGGUAACCAUUGUUACCUGUUACCUUCUUCAAUGGGGUUGUUCCGUCUACUGGAUUACCUUACAUGUCAAAAGUCACCGGUGUAAAUAAAAUAAAAUAUUCCUAUGUGUCAGUUAUAGUUUUUGAGUUGUGUGUGUGUGUGUGUGUGUGUGUGUGUGUGUGUGUGUAAAUUUGGGAAAUCGUAUAUACAUGCAAGACUAAAGUCGUUUCUGGGGGCCCUCCAGGAUUAGGGGCCUUGAAGCUUAAGCUUUAUUAGUUUCAUAGUAGAUCCUACCCUGCUCUCAAGUUAUUUUCCAUGUCAGAUUAGAAAGCCCUCCACUCAAAGCUGCAAUAAAUAAAUAAAUUCCUGCCCAUCCCACUUCAUUAGUGACCAUGCGUAGAGAAAGCACACAUGACUGAUAUUUUGUAAAGGGAAUUGCAAGGUUGCUGGUGCAUCGAAAUUCAUCAGACAACUGGUUUCUGGUCACUAGUUCUUGCACACCAAGCUCCCCUUGUAACAGACUGCAUUUCUGAUGCUAACCAACAUUGCCGUCAUAUUAUUUCUGGGACUUAGGCGAGGAGCAGGCAAUGGGCAACGUCUGAAGGAUGCAUGAUAAUUCUCCCAACCUCGUGGGCAAUUCUCUCUUCUCGCUGACAUCUUCUGUGGUAUCGCAAUGUCAGGAAGAUGCAGAGCGUUCCAAGAGCAUGCGAUUUCAGCUGAUGUUUUGCCCCGGAGCUUCCAUGCUCCCAUCGGAAGAGUCAGAAUCGAGCCCGUCGCUUUCAGGAGCCAUUAGCUUCUCUCUUGAACAUGCUGGUCGGGGCUGCUACAAUUAAAUCAUUAAGAGCUCCCCAAGUGGACCUCUGAUGAGGAGGAGGAUUUUUUCAUGCCUGGAAAGGGCUUCACACGAAUGCAUCACAACACCGUCAAUCUCCCCUUCGUGUUUGCUCCUUGCCCAGUGGUCCUUGGUCAUCAGGGCUACAGAGAAAAUGCUCAGUGGAAGAAAAUUGAAGAUGGGGGAAGGGGGAUACUGCUCCUUCUCUUUGCCAUAUUCAGCAGUGAUCUGUAAAUCUCUAAAAGGACACUAUCCAUGCCCAACAGAGAUGUGUCAGCAUAGUUAGAGGACCUGCUAGGUUUGCAAAAAGCAAAAACAUAAAAGCAAAUAAAAAACGAGAGGGGUGGGGAGAGAGAGAGAUCCUUUAAGGUUUGUGGGGAUUGGCAAAAACAGCCCAUCAAGGAUGUCGAGAGGGUGCGGAAUGGAGUUUUCUGGAAGAGGGCAUGGCUGGCACCUUGAACAGAAGCACGUUCCGCUCUGCAACAUUUUGUUGCAGGUUUCACUUGUUUUUAUUUAUGUAUAUAACAGGGGUCCCCAAACUAAGGCCCGCGGGUCAGAUAAGGCCCAAGGGACUCAUUUAUCCGGCCCACGGUGACCCCAGCUGCCGCUGCCCACUCUUACCGGCACUGUGUUGCAUGGCUGCCCACUUCUGGUACAGAGGAGCACCAGAAAUAGCUUGUGUGCAUGCGGAGGAGGAGGCCCGUGCCCAUGCACACAAGCUAUUUCCGGUGCUCCUCUGACCCGGAAGUGCGCCGGAAAUAGCGUGUGUGCACGCAUAUGGGCAUGCGCUCCCCUGCCCUCUGGCCCGCCACGUUAUCGGCGCUGGAGACACUGGCCCGAGGCACGGUAAGUUUGCUGACCCCUGGUAUAUAAUAUAAAGUCUGUGCACAUGGAUGUCUGUAGAUAGGGAGUUUCAGAGGGCAGGUGCCGCCAUGGUAAAGGUCUAAUUCUGACAUCAUACAGAAGAGGCAUCCGAAUGAGAUGGUAUCUGCUGGCGAAUGCAGUGAUUGGUGGGGAGGUGAUCUUCUGGGUAUCCUGGCCCCCAACUGUUCAGGACGCUAGCUCCCAUAAGCCCCAGCCAUUCUCCCCACAGAACUACAGUUCCCAACGUGGUUUAACAAUCAAUUCUUCUUCCAGGUAACCCUGGGAAUUGUAACUCCGUGAGGGGAAUAGGGAUUUUCUAACCAUUCUCAGCAAACUACCGUUCCCAGAAUUCUUUGGGGAGAUUUCAUGGUGGUCUAAAGUGAUAUGGCACUGCUUUAAAUGCAUAGUGCAGACAGGGCCUAAGACAGUCAUGGUCGGCAAGUUUCCCAUUUCCCCCCUUUGCAGGAUUUCCCGCUCUUGAGUGGGCUGGAUAUUGGAAUGCAGUUGUUUUGUCGAUAGCUGAUGUAAAAUGCUUUGGCAUCAAGAAUGUUCUGUGCUCAGAGUUCAGAGAACAGUUGCCCUCUUCAAGCAUGUGUGUUUCUUUAAUUAAUCAGCUUUCACAGUCCCAAAAUAGAAAUACUAAUGAGAGAGGGUAGUACCGCUAUGGCCUCUGUGAGCUUGAUGGGUUGUUUUGGAAUGUACAACCCUCAGAAAGGCCGGGUGUCUGGAGGCGACAACCGUGCUCCAAUUAAUUUGCACAGAUUGAACUGUCUUUACCUGCCAUUCUGAGGAUUGCUACAUGCAAAUUCUGCAUGGUAGAACAGAGGUGUGUGAGAUAUUCCAGUCCAAGCAUUUUCCCUCCCUAAACCGGUGGAGUUCCACUGAAAGAAUGUGUGGAACAUUCCAGAAAUGGUGAACAUUUUUCUCUUGGAAGAACUGCUACAAAUCGGAUUAUUGCAUUGGGCGGGCUGUUGCGUUGGAAGAGCAAAAAAUUUCCAUUAAAAUCUCUUUUAAUGGAGCAGUUGAUGUUGGAACCCAUAGCAACAAGAUCGUUAGGCGAAAUAUGUCAUUGACACGCCUCACUUGUGACGGAAGGAUCAUUUGGGUCACUAGGCACACUGAGAACUUAUCCGAUUCAUCCACCUCCCAUUUAGCUGUUUUCCUCUUCAGAUCCCACCACCAUAUUAUCUUUAAACCUGGUUCAGACAUAAUAGGAAAUCAUGGUUUUCUGCAACAUGAAUGAGCUUGCAUAAGCUUAAGGUCCUGUGCUCUUCCCUCACCAUCUCUCUCCUCCCCAUUUGUAGUUGCAGGGAUGAUAUGGGAAUCCUACAGCCCUGCUUCCAGUUUUAAGCAAACCUCUGUUCCUUGUGGUAUCAGAACUCAGGGAACUGUGGUUUGUUUAAGCGCUGCUUAGUGAGAGCUAUUGAGAACCUGAAACCCUCCUCUGAUCUUGGCUUGUUUCAUUAACUAGAGUAAAUAAAAAAACCCCCCACAUUUCCCAGUUAUAGGAGGGAAGCUGUGUUUUGUUGGAAGCACCUGCUUCCACUUUUAAUUUUAGCUCAUAACCAUAAUAGAGGAGCACAAACAUGAGGUCUGGGCGAGCUCAGGGCUAAAUUACGCACCAUCCUAAAUGCUAAAGCACACCUACCAAUCUUGCCUCUUGCUGUGGCAACCCUGCCUUCCACUGAAAGCAACGGUUGAACAAAAUGAAUGAAAUAGUAAUGAUGAAUGAGUAAAAACCAAGUGUCAUUUUAGUGAACGAAUAACUAAGUAGCUGUGCAAUUUAAUAAUGAACACAAAUGGAGUACAGAAAAGAUUUACGCCUACUUGCACAUCUCCAACCACCAAAUAUAACGUCAGAAACAGUUACAAAAAUGGCACAGGCAUGGGAAGUUGGCAGAGUCUGAUGAGUUCUGGUCAUCGCCCAUGGUUUUUAAAAUGUAUUUAUUACAAGAAUAUUUAUACACUGCCAGCAGGGUAGCAGAAUUUCCAGAUGGUGUACAUUUAAUUCAUUAAAACAUCACCGAACUAUCUGAAAAAGAACCAAUUGCCAACACUGAGUCAUGCGAUGGAUUCUCUCCAAUUGUUGUUGUUGUUUAGUUGUUUAGUCGUGUCCGACUCUUUGUGACCUCAUGGACCAGAGCACGCCAGGCACUUCUGUCUUCCACUGCCUCCCGCAGUUUGGUCAAACUCAUGCUGGUAGCUUCGAGAACACUGUCCAACCAUCUCGUCCUCUGUCGUCCCCUUCUCCUUGUGCCUUCCAUUUUCCCCAACAUCAGGUUCUUUUCCAGGGAGUCUUCUCUUCUCAUGAGGUGGCCAAAGUAUUGGAGCCUCAGCUUCAUGAUCUGUCCUUCCAGUGAGCACUCAGGGCUGAUUUCCUUCAGAAUGGAUAGGUUUGAUCUUCUUGCAGUCCAUGGGACUCUCAAGAGUCUCCUCCAGCACCAUAAUUCAAAAGCAUCAGUUCCAAUAGGAGCCCAUAAAAACUUCACAACUGGAUUGGUAGUUGGCACUCUCACUUCCAAUGGCUGAGGAAAGCUUUCAUUUUCCUGGUGGUGCUUUAUUUGAGGGAUGGCCUCUGCAUCACCUAUAGUAAAUAAGCAACAUCUGUGUCUGUGCUACCCAGUUGUUAUUUUUUUCUGAGCAUGUUCUAAUCCAAGAGUAGCCAGCAUAGACUUCAGCUUCAGAUAACCAUUCUGAGUGGAGCUGAGUCCAGCCACAUCUGGAGGGUAUCAGUUGACUGCUCCUCUUCUGAUCUACAGUGGUACCUCGGGUUAAGAACGUAAUUCAUUCUGGAGGUCCGUUCUUAACCUGAAACUGUUCUUAACCUGAAGCACCACUUUAGCUAAUGGGGCCUCCUGCUGCCGCCGCACCGCCGCCGCACGAUUUCUGUUCUCAUCCUGAAGCAAAGUUCUUAACCCGAGGUAAUAUUUCUGGGUUAGCGGAGUCUGUAACCUGAAGCGCCUGUAACCUGAAGCAUCUGUAACCCGAGGUACCACUGUAUAGCAUACUGAACUAGGUACAGUGGUACCUCGGGUUACAAACCCGCACUUCCAGAAAUCACUUCUGUGCAUGCCCAGACGCCAGAAAUUGCAUCUGUGCAUGUCUGCGGUGCCAGAAAUCGCUUCUGCGCAUACCCGGAUGCUGAAAAUCACUUUGAUUUUCGGAAAUGCACAGAAGCGAUUUCCGGCGCUGCGGACAUGCACAGACGCGAUUUCCAGCAUCGCGCUGCACUGGUCCGGCCCACGGAGGAUCUCCGCGGGAGUGAUCCAGCCCAUGCCGGGUAAGCCUUGCCAACCCCUGCUCUUUGCCUGCUAAAUAUUCACGGGAACUAUGAUGGAUCCUAGGAUCUGAGAAGCAACUGACACCUCUCUCACUCUCUCUCUCGGCAGGCCUUUCUUACGGUGCGCUGCAGGUCCAGGUCGGAGCAAAGUCAGUGGUGGUGAUUCAAGGACAGCGGGCCAUCCUGCCUGUUUGGUAUACACCUGAGAGCACGGAGCAGCCCUUUGUCACCUGGCACCUUGAAAGGCCUCAUAAACAUUCACAGGUAAAGUCCAAUUCUGCCUGGGCAGGAAGCUCACUGGUUGGCCUAGCUUACGCAGUGUCAGGCUUCACUGAGAGCCAGUGUGGUGUAGUGGUUAAGAGCGGUGGACUCGUAAUCUGGUGAACCGGGUUCACUUCCCCGCUCCUCCACAUGCAGCUGCUGGGUGACCUUGGGCUAGUCACACUUCUCUGAAGUCUCUCAGCCUCACUCACCUCACAGAGUGUUUGUUGUGGGGAGGAAGGGAAAGGAGAUUGUUAGCCGCUUUGAGACUCCUUCGGGUAGUGAUAAAGCGGGAUAUCAAAUCCAAACUCCUCCUCCUCCUCCUUUUCUUCUUCUUCUUCUUCUUCUUCUUCUUCUUCUUCUUCUUCCCCCGUGGCCAUAAAUGAGCAGAUCAAACGAAAGGGAAUCCUUGCCAGUUAGUUUCUUUAAUGAAUACAGAGAAGGACAAAAGAAAGAAGCAUCUAACCAGAAUGGCAGUGCUUCCGAUUAAGAUCACUCCCCGCUCUGUCCCUAUUAAUCUAUGUCACUUUGCUGUUUAAAAAGAUUUUCUUGGUUGAUGUUUGCAGUGUUGGCUGUUCCCCGCCCCCUGCCCCCCCCCACUUCCAUUUUUCACAAUUGACUUCCCCUCCCAGAAAUGAAACUUGAAAUCUAUAUUUCCUUGUUGUAAUUGUUGCUGAUUUAAAGCUCUGUAACGUUUGUGUUGCAAUUUGGGUUCCUUGUGAUGGCAAAGCGUGAAAUAUACACCAUAUGAGAAGGAGAUAUUUGAUGACUGUGAGCUUUGAUUUACCAGGGCAUCUAACACCUGAAGAUCUAUAACUUGGGUCUCCAGGUGUUUUUGGACUACAACUCCCAUCAUCCCUAGCUAGCAGGACCAGUGGUCUGGGAUGAUUGGGACUGUAGUUCAAAAGCAGCUGGAGACCCAAGUUUGGGAAACCCUGGUCUAUAGGUUUCCCAUCCUAGGCUUAGCUUCAUACUCAAAGGUAUCAUUAGUGUGUCAGUAAGCAAAGUUGCAUGUGCGCAGUCAAUUUGCAGAAUUCCUUCCUGGGGUAGAAGUGGCCUUUACCAGCCCAGAAUGACAGUUUCAUUUAUGCACAGCUUGAAUGUUUUUAUUUAUUUAUUUUAUAAUUGGUCCUGUGACUGGGGAGAGACUGUUGUUUUCAUUUCCUAUUUCCAUCUUUGCUCGGUUCUUUGACCAGCUGACAGGCUGCUAAAAAUUGUCCAAAGCCCACUUGAGUUGAGAGAAUUUUUAGCUGACGGGCUCCUAAAGCUUUGCUUCAACGCUGAGUGGAUUUUAGCAGCCUGUCAUCCGGUCAGCGAGAAAUAGCGUCGUGCAAAGAUAAUUGUGAUGAUUUGAAGGGUCUGUUUCUGCAAGCAGGGAUUCAUACAUUUCCCCUAAACUAAUCUGUAGGAGAAAAUGGGCCUCUCGUCUCCAUGUAACAACACUUAGCAUUAAGAUGAAGCUUCAGGACAUUUGAAGAGCUUUAUAGCCUUCCAAGAAUUGCUAUGAAAAUGAUGGGGGUUUAACUGUCCCAAUUAGGCAUCGAAUAAAAUGUUAGGGAGGUUCUCAGGCUGGGUGGACAGCGGCAUCUCCUGACAGUUACACCCCAGUGUUAUAAGAAAAACCUGCUCCUUUUCCCUUAUGGGGUAUUCUAGAGGCCGUACAGAGUGGGUCCCCUAUCGGUUGGAGAAAAUAACAGAGGCCAACCAGAGUAUUCUUUGGCGAUCACUCACCAUAGCCUAGUAAGAUUGUCUUCCAUAAACAUGGCUUUAACAAUGAGUCCGUAAGUGACUGUGGAGGCCAAUUCUGGAUCCACACAUCCUUCCACAGUGGGGACAUUGAGCAAAGCAGCUAGUAAGCCUGAUCUUUAUUCAAGGAACUGUUGCAACAGGGUCCCAACACGCAGGAGAGAGAACUCUGAACAAUGGCUUAUAUAGACUUUUGAAAUUGCCCACCCUGUAGACCAAGACCACCUCCCCAAAACAUCAUGCAUACAUCAAAGAAGGAGGCGGUCUACAGCAGAAAUCCUGUUUGCCCAGGUACCUGAUAAUGGUCACUGAUUGCAUUACCUGGGCAGCCUGGCAAUUCUUUUGUGAUGGUUAAUACUUUAGUUCCUGAAUCCAGGUCACAGGCUCACCCUAUUCAUACACAAAUACUUCCUUAAGGCAGAAUUUGCAAGCAAAAAGACAAUGGGAAGGCUUUCCCCAUUUGCCUCCCUUAUUGCAAAGGAAUAUUUGAGGCCCUUGGGAGAGUCAAAAUGACUUCAGGAUUGCUCUCCCAUACUAUUUCAGACACAUGGCUCGUAUAUUUAGAUAUGUGUGCAUUUAUGAAUAUUUAUUCUAAAUUUGAGACCUUAAAAUUAUUAUAACACCAGCACCCACACAUUAGGCUGUAUAUGUGUAGAACUGGAACUGGCGUCAACAGUCUGGGUGGUUGGGCAUCUGCCGGGAGCUCUCAGCCCUGCAGGGGAACCUUUUUUUAAAAAAAAUAAAUAUAUUAACCGACCAAUCAAAGCAAAUCAAAUCACAUCACAUAAAUUCCGAAUUACAAAGCCGAAUUUUAAAUUUUUGUUGAGGGGACCCAUAUUUCAAGUUCUGAAGGGGGAUUCCGAUCAUCUUCUUGCUACUGUGUUCAUAUCCAAAUCAGUCCAAAUAAAGUUCAUAAUUCUAUCCAGUCUUAUUCUUGCUGUUUCCACGUCUCAUCUUGUUCGUAUAUUUUUUUCUUUUUUCUUUAUGCUCUCUUCUGAUAAUCUCCUUAAGCAGAUAAACGCCAAUUAUAUCCUGUGUGGAUUUUUCCGUUCGUCCAAUCCUCAUAUCGAGAUGGUUUCCAUAUAUCAUCACUUUUAUAAAUAACAUCGCUCUUUCCAUCAUUAAUCUCAGGAUCUGUCGUUCUUAAGUCCCACUGAGGAGUCUCACCCACAAUAUAAAAACAGCUCUUUUCCUCCUCCCAGACUCAAGUCCUCCGACAGAGCUUGCCAAUAUGGCGACGGUAUUUUUAACUGCGUCAUUCCAAAGCUCUUAAACUUUCCACGCUCUUCUUAAAACAUGCUUUGGUUAGAAAAUCUAUCUGCACACAGUCGUAAAUCCACAGCUUAAGUCAUUAAAACGGCAUUUCUGACUUGUGGGGGGGGGGGAUUCUUGUUUAAUCACAUAGAGGAAAGAAAGGAAAGUUUUUUCUCCCUCCCCCAUCCAGUCCCUUUGCCAUACCGAGUCUUGGCAUAUCUCCUCAUGAUUGAUUCUUGUUCCUCCGACUCGUCUUGUUUAGCAGAGAACUCUUCAGUUAGCAGUCUUUACUCCCCCUCCUUCCUUGAAAUAUGUGCAUUCGCUUCUUCCUAAUUGUUCCUUUUGAAGUUCUUGCAGCUAGUGGCGCGGAUCAGAGACAGCGUCCAGGAGCACCGAGAUCCACAGGAGGGCAUUCUGCCUUGUGCCCCCAUCCCCACAAAUUUGGGGGUGGUAUAGGGCACAGCAGGCAAGGGCAGCCCCCCCACAACCUUGGGGGGGGUAGGGAGGCUAUUUACUCCCAUCACAGCCUCCUAAUUACCUCCUGUGGGUCGGAGAGAUGUUAUUGUCAGCCAUCUUCCGAUGCGCCCCUAGUGGCCCCCGCCCUGCAGGGGAACCUAUGACCCUCCAGAUGUUGUUGAACGUCCACUCCCGAUAGCCGAACUGGUAGAGCACAAGACUCUUAAUCUCUUAACCUCAGGGUCAUGGGUUUGAACCCCACAUUGGGCAAAAGAUUCCUGCAUUGGAGGAGGUUGGACUAGAUGACCCUCAUAAGGUAAAGGUAAAGGGACUCCUGACCAUUAAGUCCAGUCGCGGACGACUCUGGGGUUGCAGCGCUCAUCUCGCUUUACUGGCCGAGGGAGCCGGUGUACAGCUUCUAGGUCAUGUGGCCAGCAUGACUAAGACGCUUCUGGCGAACCAGAGCAGCGCACGGAAACGCCGUUUACCUUCCUGCCGGAGCGGUACCUAUUUAUCUACUUGCACUUGACGUGCUUUCGAACUGGUAGGUGGGCAGGAGCAGGGACCGAGCAACAGGAGCUCAUCCCAUCGCGGGGAUUCGAACCGCCGACCUUCUGAUCGGCAAGCCCUAGGCUCUGUGGUUUAGACCAUAGCACCACCCUCAUACUCUCUUCCAACUAGAUAAUACUAUGAAAUCUAUGAAACUCCCAUCAGCCUCUGCCGACAUAGUGAAUGGACAGGGAUGAUGGGAUUUGUAGUCCAAUGGCAUAUGGAGGGCCCCACAUUGGCUAACACUUAUUUAUACUCCCCUGCUUAUUUUAUUUUAUUUAGAAACUCAUAUCCUGCUUUUCAAAGCAAAAAAAAAAAAGACUUUCAUAAGAUGGGUAACAAAAUAAACUAGCCAUCAAUGCAAUAAAUUUCAAUGACACCAACCGUAAUAAAAUACAGUCAAACAGGUGCAAUUCAUUUCCAUUACAGUCGUACCUUGGUUUCCGAACAGCUUGGUUCUUGAACGUUUUGGGUCCCAAACGCUGCAAACCCAGAAGUGAGUUUUCCGGUUUGCAAACUAUUUUUGGAAGCCGGACGUCCAACAGGGCUUCCGCGGCUUCUGAUUGGCUGAAGCAGCUUCCUACAGCCAAUCAGAAGCCACACUUUGGUUUUCCAACCUUUUGGAAGUCGAAUGGACGUCUGGAAUGAAUUCCGUUCGACUUCCAAGGUACGACUCUAUACAGAAAUCCCUACCAACCAAUUCGCAUGCGGGAAUGGACUCAUAUACAUAUAUAUGUAUCCAUUACAUGGCACAAAAAGGACAGGUUGCCACGGUCUGUCUAAAUUUGAGACUUUUAAGCAAAUUAUCAUACAAACUGCUAGGGGCUUUUUCUUAGAGGGGUUGUUCAUUGGUCAGAAAAAUGAAUAGGAGCUUGUAAGAAAUUGGAGUACUGUAAACUGCAGCCGCUAUGGUGCCAAAAGGAAAACUUAUUCUGCAACUCAAUCUGCUACUUUUUGCCCUCUGCCUCUGUGGGUGUUAUAGGGAAGGCUCUGCCACACAUACAAAGGGAGUUUUUGCUAAGAGUUCAAGUCAGCAGAAAAGGUGACGAGGAAACUGACGGCAGCACCGGCUGUUACGAGGAGAGGCAGGAAUCAGGGUGGGAGAAGAGGGUCUCUGAGGAAGAGAGGGGUUUGGAAAAAAGGAUAUUUUCAGCUAGAAGUGGGAGGCAGCGGACCUGGCACUAUUACAUAAUACCCGUUUUACAUUUGUAAGGAAUCAACUGUUUAAUGUCAUAGUACUUGGACUCUGGAACUGCCUGCCUCUUGAAACCCAGCCAGAUUUGGGGGGGGUGGUAUAAAUAAAUAAUAAUAAUAAUGAUAAUGAUAAUAAUAAUAAUUAGGCUGGCUCCUUCAUCACACUUUAGGAUGCCUGCUAAGAAACAUUUUUGCUUAGAGAAACCUACCCAGAAAUGUAGAAAGUUUGUGUUUUAAUCUGUUUUUAGUUUAGCACUGAUUUUUUUUAAAAAUUAGGUAGUUGCUUUAAACUGUUUCUACCACUAAUAUUGUUUUAUUCAUUUGUCAACUGCUUCGAGGUCUUUUGCAAUCAAGCAGUGUAUACAUUUUGUGAAAUAAAUAUAAAACAAAUUCAUUUAUUAACUUUCGCAGCCACAGUUCUCAUGGGGAGUGAGGUCAAGGUUGUUUUCAGGCUGCAGGUGCGGGCUUAUAUGAUUGGAUCUAUAUAGGAAGCAAUUCAUAAAUGAAAUAAGAAAUAUACCACUGAACCGUAACAGAUUAAAAGAUUGUCAUUGAUAAAUAAGCACAGCACAAAUGCAGGAAUACUGCGAAGUAACAAAUCCCAAAGUAAUUAAAUCUGGAAAAUGAGAAUUUUUUUUAAAGGGUUUAUUAACUGAAUUAAAGAAAACAAAGUCAGCUAAGAGAAUAAUGUCUUUUUCUGCAAGUAUGACCAGGGGUAGGGUUAUGUCCAGCCUAGGGGCCAUUCUUGGCAAGCCAGGAGGUCUAGUUUUGCCCUCCAACCCUUUUAUUUUUUUGCUAAACCAGCUCCUCCCCCAUGUCAAUCAAGUGCCACCAUCUGCCCAUCAUCAGCAAUCACUUGCAAACGUCAUAAAGGGAGUAGCCACAGGCGCUUUAGAAAUGAAUAUUCCUUGCUGAAGAGGGGUGAGGAAACACGGCUGGUAGAGGAAAUGUUUCUUUGCUGUUGAUGCCCAAGUACAUUUCUCACACUAUUCCGAAAAUCCAAAUGGACUUUUUCUAGUUUUGGGUUUUUCCCUUCCCUUCGGCAUCCCCGAGUCUCUUCCCAGUUUUUGCAUGCACGUGUGCACGCACACCUUAAGUACAUCUCAGAGCACUUUACAGUUGGUAAUGGAUUCAGACCCCAAAGACCCUUAGAAGCUGAGAAGUAGCAUUCUUCCCAUUUUACAGCUGGGUGAGUUGACGCAGGCUAGAGAGGUUGCGGAUCAUGAAGCCGCAGACUGAUUCAAAAGUAAAAUCUGCCCUCUCUGUUCGCCCAGGCUAGCUCAAUACAGUGGUACCUCGGGUUACAGAUGCUUCAGGUUACAGACGCUUCAGGUCACAGACUCCACUAACCCAGAAAUAGUACCUCGGGUUAAGAACUUUGCUUCAGGAUGAGAACAGAAAUUGUGCACCAGUGGCCUGGCGGCAGCGGGAAGCCCCAUUAGCUAAAGUGGUACCUCAGGUUAAGAACAGUUUCAGGUUAAGAACGGACCUCCAGAACGAAUUAAGUUCUUAACCCGAGGUAAGGUAAAGGUAAAGGGACCCCUGGCCAUUAGGUCCUGUCAUGGCCGACUCUGGGGUUGCAGCGCUCAUCUCGAUUUACUGGCUGAGGGAGCUGGCAUACAGCUUCCAGGUCAUGUGGCCAGCAUGACUCAGCCACUUCUGGCGAAUCAGAGCAGCACACGGAAACGCCGUUUACCUUCCUGCCAGAGCGGUACCUAUUUAUCUACUUGCACUUUGACGUGCUUUUGAACUGCUAGGUUGGCAGGAGCAGGGACCGAGCAACGGGAGCUCACCCCGUCACAGGGAUUCGAACCGCCAACAGUUGUAACCCGAGGUACCACUGUAUAUUUUCCUGCCUGAGGCUACAGAAGACUUCCUCCCCUCCCUAAAUUCCGCAUACUGAUGCCCACCAGACAGGCAGUUUAAUCGUACUUCAACACUGAUGAUGGUACAGCAUCCUUGAUUGCACCUGUGGACAAGAGGCUAGCUUAGGAGCUAAUUGGAAAGGCAUCAGUGGCAAGAACUGUCAGGCUUCAUGGUUUGGGGCAAAUAUCCAGAGAAGACUCAGCAGUAAUCGCUUGGGGGACUGCCACCCUCCUGUGUAGGCAUGGCUGAAGUUCAAUUUCUGUCAUUUCCCCAAUAUUAAAGUUCUGUUCUCCACAUCAGUUUUUUUUAAAAAAAGUCAUCGUGAAAAUUAAUCGGUAUUUUAGUGCGAGCAUUGUUUGCAAUUUUGCAAUUUUGUUUGCAAGUUUCCCUAAUAUAAAUAAUUCCAAUAUGUUUCCCCCCGCCCAGUAAUACUGUCUGUGCAUUUUUAUGGACAAUUCUCCCUCAUAGACACAUUUUUGUAUUCAUAAUUUGGUUGCAUCGCAAUAUUCAGAGACGCGUGAAUUGUUUGCAUAAGUGUGAAUUAGGUGGUUUCACAUCAAAAUCCAAACAGAACUCUGUUCCUGAGACAGCUGCCUCGAUGGUAGAAGCAGUUUUGCUAUCCACACACUUACCUAUCCCACUCAGUGCUUCACCUGUAGUUGCACAGCCUUUUAAUAAAUUGUAAAUAACUAAUGUUGGGGGUUAUCAGGAGCACAGCAUGCAGUGGAGGAUGGAGAAUUUGCCUCUAUUAUCCUGUACUGAGUUCCAGAUUAAAAUUGCUACCCUGUUCACAAGCCGCUAUUAGUUCCCAGGUAGGAGCGUCCAUCAUAAAUUUAAAAAGGCUGAACUUUUCUCAGCAUGUAGAUACGUUCCCUCCACUUUAGCAAAUUCACCUGCUUUUUUAAGGAAAUAAAAAUAAGUUCUUAUGAUGAUGAUGAUUUAUAUUCUGCUUUCAAUUGGCACUCCAAGGGGCCUCCUUUCCGAGGCUCACUGAGGUCAGAUUUUUAUUAGGUUUAAUAUUUGCAAUCCCUUUUCCAACAUAUGCCAUUCAUGCAAUCAACAAUCAUGCAAAUAUGUCGGGGGGAGGGUUUAAAUUGCAGGUGUAUUGGGGGUAGCUGACCUGGAUUGGGACCCUAGUGAAGAGAGUAGGGAUUGCAUUCAGCUAACCUUUACACAAUGAAAUUAAUCCAGAUCUGAGGCCACAUGCCUGCUAUUUGCACUAGGUGGGGUUUUUUUGGGGGGGGGACUCCUGCUUGCUGAAGUUUGCUUAAAACCUGCUUAGCAUCAGGCACCCUCAGAUCAUUUCUUAGCUCCGUAGCCUCACCUGUGUUCAUUUCUGGUGUUUUGAUUUGAUGCACAGAAAUAACUAGAGCAAGGCAGAAAGACAGGGACCUCAGAUUUACCUUAACCCUUCCUCAGCCUCGGCCCUCCAGAUGUUUUUGGCCUACAACUCCCAUGAUCCCUAGCUAGCAGGACCAGUGGUCAGGGAUGAUGGGAAUUGUAGUCUCAAAACAUCUGGAGGGGCAAGGUUGAGGAAGGCUGCCUUAACCCAUCCCACUCCUUGCCCUGGAGAACCAAAAUCUCAACAAGCUCUGAGCCAUCAUACCCGCCCGCCCCCCCCCCAGAAAAAAUAUGUCUGGGAAGUGUGGUUUGUCAAGGUUGCUGAGAGUUGUCAGGAGACCCCUAUUCUCUUUGCAGAAUCACAGUUCCCAGCGUGGUGUAACAAUCAAUUAUUCAAACCACAAACUGGGCAAAAGAUUUCUACAUCGCAGGGGGUUGGACUAGAUGACACUCGUGGACUAUUCCAACUCUACAAUUCUUCUCGGGAAACUCUGGGAAUUGAAGCUUUGAGCACUCUCAGGGUGCUUUUAGUCUGGCAUUAGCAGGUGACUUCAGCCGAGGUCUGCCCUGAUUUCUCCAGCCACACCUUUCUGCCUCCAAAGAGCAAUGCCGGUCUCCCUGUGUGCCUGAACCCAAGCUGCUGGAUGCUGUUGCCACGGCAACCAAGCAACAUCCGCUUGAUGUGCUAGACUUGUCUCUGUGUCAAAUGGGGAAUGGGUUGUCAAAGCAGAGGAGCUCUGGAGCAUCACUGACUCAUUUCUGCUUCUUCUAUAAAAUGGUGAUUUUCUUGAGUCAAAAUGAGAGUACAGUCAUACCUCGGGAUGAAUAUGCUUCAGGUUGAGCGCUUUUGGGUUGCGCUCCGUGGUGACCUGAAAGUAAUGGAGCGUGUUACUUCUGGGGUUCGCCAUGCGCAGACGGUCAAAAUGAUGUCACACGCAUGCAUGAAAGCAGUGAAACGCAACCCACGCACGCGCAGACGUGCUGUUGCGUCUUAUGCUCUGUUUGGGAUGCGAAUGGGGCUCCAGAAAGGAUCCCGUUUGCAUCCCGAGGUACCCGAGGUACCACUUGUAGAAAGAAAGCACUGAUCUUAACUAUGGCGCGUUUGAAAUGAGACAGCUUCAAGCCAGAUGUGUGGUGUUUUUUUCAACAAACCCUGGUUAAGACGAACUACAGUUUAGAGUUCAGACGUAACACUAAACUGUGGCUAACUGAAAUUGGAAGUAAAAACUUCCAGUCUUUUCCUUGUCGCUGUGGUGGAGGGAAAGUGGGGAGGCAGAUUGAUGCAAACCUGAAGAGGGGGAUAGGCCUUGUUCCCAUCACGAUAAACUAUAGACCGUGAUGUCCAAACUCAGCUGCUAAGUGUGUGCAUGUGCAUCAAUCAGUGUUGCAAUGACACUUUCUUCCUGAAGUGCAUCUUCACUUGCAAAGACACUGCUAGCUGUUUUGCAAGGCAACAAGGAUUUCUUAGUACAUAUGACCCUAACUAGAGAUCAGAUUGGAGAUACCUUCUGGAAACAUUUCUGGGUUCCUCAAAGUGUUCUCUAUAUACGGUGAUUGUUGAAUGUGCUGUGAAGUAUUUGUUGGAAGGGAGAGGGAACGUACACUGUUACCUUAGCAACCAGACUGCAGCCAUGCUGCAGUAGUGAAACCCUGGUGCUGCUCUAUUUGCACCAGAACAUGCAUUAGAAAUCACAUUCUAAAGCACAUCCAUUUACACAUUCUGGAGAGGCCGCAGUUGGCUCAGGGAAGCAGUCUGCGAACGGCAGACCUGUACAAAGAGGAAUCGCAUAGUGACUGUGGUGGUGUCACAGAGCUAUUCAGAUGUAUGAGGACAUCCCAGUGGCAUAGCCUGGUUUGCUGCCACCCAGGGCAUGCAAACAAACCAAGGACGCAGAAGGUAAACAGAGCCUGCUGUGCCAGUCCAGCCAGUGCUGCUGGAGCAAUGCCCACUCCAAGCCACUUUUCGAGGCUGAGUCCAGCCUCGCCAAGUAGUUCAGGGCUGGCAGGGCCGUCGCGGCAUGAGAAAGACGCAACAGCCAUGCGCCCUUCCAUCCCAGCCUCGGCACAUGGCUGUUGUGUUCUUCUCAUGCUGCCCUGCCAGUCCAGAGUCACUUUGCAAUGCUGAGAUCUGAUCUGAGUGGUUUGUCUGCUUAGGAGCCAAAUGUGCCACCUAGAAAAAUCUGCCCGAGGCCAUUGCCCUGGCAGCCCCCCCCCCCACUACAUCCUUGGCUCAUCCUUCUAUGACAUUCGCUGUGUGGUCCUCAAUUGUAUAAGAUAGCCUUCCCUGACUGCACUAGAUGCUUUGGGUUAUUGUUCAUUUUGUUUAUUUCAACAAUUUAUAUGCUGGUUAAAGCACCAUAGCCCUCUAAGCCAGAGCUUUCUAAACUGUGUGUCACGACACAUGUGUCGGCUGCAGUGCAUAGGUGUGUCACACAAACGUUCCCUACACUCCUCCAGGAGCUGUAAAGGCUUUCGUUUAACCUCCGGUUUGCUAGUAAAGCUGAAUUACUGUGUCGCAAAAUGAUGCAUGUCUAAAACGUGCGUCACCAACAUGAAAAGUUUGGAAAGCUCUGCUGUAAGCAGUGUACAGGAAGGUUGUGAUGGAUACAAUAAACCAUUUUAAAAAAAGUAUUUAAAAUGCCAGCUGAAAUGGAAAGGUCUUCAGUGUAAGUUCAGCAGGGAGCUGGCUUGUCCUGCUUCUCCCAUCACGGGUGAUAUUUGGCCAUGUUGACUGGCACUGAUUAUUAUUAUUAUUAUUUUAUUUUAUUUAUACCCCACGCAUCUGGCGGGGUUUCCCCAGCCACUCUGGGCGGCUCCCAACAGAACACUAAAAACAGAAUAAAACUUCAAACACCAAAAACUUCCCUAAACAGAGUUGGGGAUCAAAACUUCUAGAGAGUACCAGAUUGGUAGAGGGUCAUAUAGGACCAUGCAAUACAGGUGUGGAUGCAAGAGGGCCAUGUUUUCCUUUCUGGCCUUGCUUUGCCACAAGCAGCGCUAUUUCCAUUCCACUGCAGUUCAAGUUCUAUCAAAUGCUUUGCAGUUCAUCUCACUGCCCACACUAUAUUACAGAAUUGGUUGUGUAAAUUUUGGAUUUAAGAUAAUUAUUUCCACACCAUUUGUUUAAAUGCAAUGGAGACACAAUUUAUAUGAAGUGGGGGGGGGGGACUUGCCAUUUUCAUACUGCUUGAGGACUGAAUACAACAACAGACUGGAUUGAUUUCCAUUCCAACCGUGAGUUCUUUUCCAGAUUUCAGUUCGGGAAUAAGUGACCAGUGUCAACUUCUGCUCCUAUUUCCUAUUCCUGUUGGAAUUUCCCAGGAGUGGAAAAAAAAACCCUGUCUUGUUGACAUUCAGGAAAUGAUGCCAAAGUAUCAACAAAUCAGGGAUCAGUGGCAAUAAUAAUAAUAAUAAUAAGCAUUGUAGAGGUUUGGGGGGGAGCUUUCUGCACAUAUGACAGCACCAUGGUAGCUUUCAUUGUAGCCAGCAGCAAAAAUGUUCAAGGAUGAAAAAUCAAUCGCAAUAUUUUGAUUUUAUGUGACAUAUGCAUCUUUUUUUCAAAAGUAUGCAUUUAUUGAUGUACAUUUUCACAUACCAAGUUCAAUGAGCUGACUCGUUGAAAUUAAUGAACUGUUGCACUCCACCCCAAUCUCUGAGCGAUGCAAGAUCCCAGGGGUCCCAGGCAACACCUAGAGUCUGAAUUUCUUUGGAAUGAGGCACAGUGGAAACUGUGAUGUCUUUAUGAUAUAUGGUUUAUUUACACAUAUAUACUACCUGAGCCUCCGCUUUAGGGGUUCACAACAUUAACACCCCAAGAAGGACUUGCUUCUCCCAUAGCCGUAGCCUUGGAUUCAAAACAGAAACCAACAAUUGCCUGCUCCACUACAAAGCUCUCAACUAUUUCACCAACCCUAGUCCAACUGCACCGGCUACCGAUUAGUUUCUGGGCCCAAUUCAAAGUGCUGGUUUUGACCCAUAAAGCCUUAAAUGGCUCAGGACCGCAAUACCUCAAGGACCGCCUCUUUCCAUAUAAAGAAGACCCUGAGAUCACCUUCUGAGGCCCUCCUUCACGUGCCGCCUCCUCGAGAGGUUCGAAGGGUGGCAACAUGAGAACGGGUCUUCUCUGCAAUGGCUCCCCAACUGUAAAAUGCUCUCCCCAGGGAAGUUCACCUGACGCCUUCAUUAUACACCUUUAGGCGCCAGGCAAAAAUGUUCCUUUUAAACCAGGCCUCUGGUUGACCUGAUUGACAUCCUAUACCCUUUUAAAAUGUGACUCUCUUGUGGGGAGUGUUAUUGGGUUAUUGUUCUUAUUUUGAUUUUGUAUAUUGUGAUAUUUUCUGUGAACUGCCCUGAGACCUCUGAGUAUAGGGCGGUAUAUAAAUUCAAUAAACUAACUAAAUAUUCUUUAAAGGGAGCGCUGAGCUGAACCUGUAUGCAUCCCAGGCUCUGUUCAGCGUUCCCUUUCACGAGCCACGCGGAGCAUGUGUGCGGUGCUUGCAGGCUUUUCCCCAGGAGGGAGAAGGGCAGCCCGUCACUGAUGGGUUGCCCUUCUCCCUCCUCAGGGAAAAGCCCCCAAGAGCCGCACACACGCUCCGCGUGGCUCUUUAAAGGGAGUGCUGCUCUUUAAAGGGAGCGCGGCUCUUGAGAGCUUUUGCGGGAGGUGGGGGAAGGGACAGAGUGCGACUAAGCCAGAAGCUAGAACAGCAAGAGGGAGCACAGCAAUCCCUCUUGCUGUUCUGGCUUCUGGGAUAGCUGCGCAGCCUGCAUUUUCUCCAUAAGACGCACACACAUUUCCCCUUACUUUUAAGGAGGGGAAAAAGUGCAUCUUAUAGAGUGAAAAAAUAUGGUAGAUUUUAACACUUGCUGGAUCCAGGGAUUAGACAGGUCUGACACCCCACUCCCACCCCAAACUCAUAACAGAACCUAAGUAACUUAAGCCAUUGAUUUCAAUGAGUCUACUCUGAGUAGAACUAGCAUUGGCUACAACCCCUUGUGUGCAAGCCUUUGGGAGCCAGAGAUGCAAGAAGGCAUCAGAGAAGGGAGGGAAAGGAAAAGUGAUUGAGGCCAGUGUUGACCGCAGCACCCCUGACCAUCAUUCAAGGCACCCCAGGGUGCCACGGCACCCUGGUUGAAAACCACUGGCCUAAGAAGAUAGAUACCCAAUUGGCCUCCUUGUGGUUCUUUUAUAAAACAAAUCACCUUCUGUGGUGCCACAGCAUUUGUUUCAACAUACAAUUCUCCUUCUUGUGACAUGGUACUCGUCAUUUUUCCAACACUUCAACGCUGUCAGCUUUGUUAUUGGGCAACAUAUACAUAUUGUUAAUAAAAAAAAACAUCCAUUUAACGUCAAGCUACUUUUGCUAACAUUAAGUUUAUGGGAUUGGGAAUUUUUUGUUUGUUCUUGUUUUGAUUAUGUAUUUUGUCUUAUCAUUUUGUUGUGAAGCGCCCUGUGAUCUUUGGAUGAAGGGCAGUAUACAAAUGUUUUUGUUUUUGUUGUUGUUGUUGUUAGAGUUAGACACUUUGAAUUCUGUUUUCCUAUUUUGGCAAUGCUGUUGUAUUAAAUCCCUUUCCUGUCUUUUCUGCCUUUCAGAUCAUGGUGUACAUGACCGGUGGGACAAAAGUGGUAGAUUCGGAUUUCAACCGUCGGCUCAGCUUCCUCUAUCCCAUGCCUUUCAAUAAUGUCUCCAUUGCAAUUAAUAAUACCAAAGAAGCCGACUCAGGGCAGUACAUGUGCACAGUGAACCUCCUCAACAGUGGGAGUGAGCAAAACAUUGGACUCAUCAACCUUACAGUCCUAGGUGAAUUGAGCCUUGGCUUGCUGUGGGUUUGGGGGAACCUGAGGUUAGAGGUAUUUCCUACUGUCCCGAGGGCACUAGGCAAGCAGCUACUUACAGCCCUCAUUUUAGCACACCAGAUUGAGUUCCUAAGAAAAUUCUGCAUCACAAAUUCAUAUCACAAAUGUGCUUAAUGGUUGGGCAUAAGUUUUCUUCUUCGCUGGGUGGUAACAUUUUACAAAGACAAAUUUUGAAAAUAUUUUUUAAAACAAAAACGUAGCAACAAGGUUUAUCCCCUGUAGUGUCACUAGGGCAAUAUGAACCAAGGCAUUAAGAAUCAAAGCAGUCAGGAUUUCAAGAGAGGUAGCUGAUGUGGACACAGCCCUACAAUGAUUGCCAAUGCUAUCAGAACUUGGGAUUGACAAAUCUGUCAAUUUCAGUUGCUCACACCCUAAUCCUGUGAACUCCCCCCCCUUUUUUCUAAUGCUCUCAUGAAAAUGCACAUGUGCCUUUGUGUGCAUAUCUUCUAAUAUUUGCAUCUUUGCAUGCAAUUUUCCUGCAUUUAAAGAUUUUGUGCACAUUAUUUUCACUAAUGUAUGUGUUUGGUGCACACUUUCCCCUAGUACAGUCGUACCUUGGCUUUUGAACAGCUUAGUUCUCGAACGUUUUGAUUUCUGAAUGCCACAAACCCGAAAGUGACUUUUCCGGUUUGCAAACUAUUUUUGGAAGCCGAACGUCCAACGGGGUUUCUGAUUGGCUGCAGGAGCUUCCUGCAGCCAAUCAGAAGCCGCACUUUGGUUUCCGAAAGUUUUGGAAAUCGAACGGACUUCCAGAACAGAUUCCGUUCAACUUCCAAGGUACCUGCUUUUUCAGUACACAUUUUAGUUGUUGGAGAUCUGCACUGCAAAAAUGGGGCAAGUGUGAAUUUCAAAUGAUAGUUGCAUUUCAGUGCAUGGGAAGCACCAAAUUAGAUAGGUUUGCAUUAAAAUACAAACUGAAUCGAUUUCUCCCUCUCCUUAUUCAGAACCAGCUGCAGUGUUGUUUGUGGCCAGAAGAUGGCAAUGUUAUAAUUUUCCAUCUUAUUCACCUUCCUUAACUAUGGACCACUUGAUACAGAUUUGUAAGCCUCAUUAUUUGCUUUUGCAGUUCCUCCAUCCCUGCCAAAGUGUCAGAUUCAUGGAAGCCCUCGUGUCGGGGGGAACAUUACCAUGACCUGCAAUUCUACUUUUGGCAAGCCUAUCCCUAAGUACAACUGGAGACGCACUGGACCCACCGAUCAAGUUUUCUUUGAACCUGUGCAAGGUAGGAAAUAAAUAUGUCCAGAGGGGACUGAGGUGCAGGGGGUUUGGGGAGCCCAUGCAAUUUGUUGUUGUUUUGUCGUUUAGUAGUGCACUAGCAUUCUGCAAAUUGCUUAAUGAGUUUUAAAAAUAUUUAUAAUCCACUCUUUCAUAAAAUAUAACAACCUAGCCUACAACAUAUAAAACAAAUACAGCUGGUCCUUAAAUGUCUAGAAGACGGAAUUUGAAAUAUCAGCAUGAGACGCUUAAUCUCAGGGUCGCGGGUUGGGCAAAAGAUUCGUGCAUUGCAAGGGUGAACCUCGUUGUCACUUCCAACUCUACAAUUCCAUGGUUCUAUAAUAAAACAUCAGUAGAUACUGCUUGGUUUAAAGAAAAACUCAUAUUGUGAAGGCCUGUCUAAAGCACGGCAGUAUUUAAAUGGCAUUGCAAGGAGGGAGGGACAGAUCCUGAUGAAUAUCUACUGGAAGGGAGUUCUACAGGGCAGGGUCUACCACUUUGGUCCUUAGUGAAGGCCAACCAGACAUGAGUAGUGGGGGGAACCACCAGAAUUGCCCCAUCGGAGGAUCUCAGCGCUUGUAGAUGGACUAUAAGGGCUCAAGUGGUCAUUAAUUAAUAAAUUUUGUUUAUUUCAUAAAAUUUGUGCACUGCUUAAUUGUAAACAAACCGCAAAGCAGUUUACAGAGAGUUAAUACCUCUUCCACAGAUGAAGGCAAAGACUACAUCUAAGGACCAGGCUUGAGGGGGAACCUGUGGCCCUCCAGAUAUUUUUGGACUACAACUCCCAUCAUGCCUGAUCAUUGGCCAUGCUAGCUGAGGCUGAUGGGAGCUGGAGUCAGGUUCCCCAAGCCUAACUUAGACGUAAAGACGUUUGAAGUACAGGAGGGGUUCAGCUUUGUCUCUGAAUUGACAAAUGGUGGUUUAGCUUUAUGCGCAAACACAGCCUGUGUACAGCUGGGCUGGAUCUACGUUGAUCUUCUAAAUGUUAUUAAAUUGAACGUUCUAUAAGGUUCAGUGGCAGUUUCCCUUUGUUGGUGGUUCCCCACUCUGCAGCACCCUCUGGUGUCUCAUUUUAAUAAUGCAUUUUAAUGUUAUAAACAAUGGGUGUAGAUCUGUCCCUGGAAAAUAAGGCUAUCCAUGGCUACUGGUUGUGACAGCUGAGGCAGUAUGCCUUUGAAUAACGGUUCCCGGGAUUCGCAGGCAGGAGCAAGUGGGUGAUGUGCUCCUGCCCUGCUUGUGUUCUUUACAGAGGCAUCUCACACUGUACAAAAACAGGAAGCUGGUCUGGAUAAGCCUUUGACCCAGCAGAGCUCAUUCCAUGCUUUUAGGACAAUAUCGCUGGAUGAAAAGACCAGAUCCCAACCGAAAUAAGCUGCUACUCUGAAGCCUUGUUUCUGUUGUAAUUUUUGCAGACCGCAAGAGGGGGAUUCUGAGGCUAAACAACGUCACGGCAGGUAUGUCCGGAACCUAUUUCUGCAAUGCUUCCAGCGAUGCUGGCUCUUCCAGCUGCACCAUCACCCUGGAGGUGUAUCCACGUGAGUGCAAUCUUGGUUUCACCCUACGGAGCUGCCAGAGAACCCUUUGCAUGGAAAUGGAAGCAUCAAGGGUUCUUAACCCUCCCAUACCCAGAUUCUUUUCCCGCUGCACAUUUUUGACAUGACUAGGGAAGGAGAAGAGGGCCUGUGCUGCAUUCUGGGGCCAGAGCAAGGCUGGAUCUACACCGAUAUGAAAAACGCUAUAAAAACACUAUAUAGCUCCCAAUGCAAUUUACUGUUGUCGAUAGAUUGCUGCUCUAUAGCGCUAUCUGGUGUCACAUUUUUAUAACACAUUUUUAACGUUAUAAUUGACAGGUGUAGAUGAGUCUCUACUGAUGUCAGGGACUGGGCAGAGGAGGAAUGGUGGAGACCACCUCCCUAGCCUGACCCUUCCAAAGAAGAAGAAGACAGUUCAGAAUUACAACAGGGGUUUGAGGGAGGUCACAGAGGCAGAUGAGGGGUAAAGCUGGGAAAUAAUAGGAGAGGAGGAGGAGGAGGAGGAGGAAGCACCAGGAGGGUGACAGCUGGCAGACACAGUGCCUUUAGAAAGUACUCCAGACCCCCCUAUCCCAGAACCUGGCGAGCCUUGAAAGUAGGAGAGCAAAGAGCUCAAAGGAAGAGGGCACAUUUCAUCACCCAUGGCGAUGACUCAAGAGGAAGUGGGAGAGAUGGAGGGGGUGGAGAUUCACUCGGGACAACACCAUUAUUCUGAGAGGCUGCAUUCCCAAGCUUCUCUCUGUAAAUAUUGAAUAAAAAGCAGAUGGUAAGGACUUUUCCUUGCCUUGUCCAUUCCUGGCAACCUGCUGUGGGGGUUGGUUCCUCCAUUGCCUAACAACAAUCCUCAAUGGCUGUGUUGUAUCUCCACUGUCAGAGGAAGUAAUGCUUCUCAAGACCAGUUGCUGGAAACCACAGGAGGGGAGAUUGCUCUUGUGCUCAGUUCCUGCUUGCGGUCUUUUCAUAGGCAUCUCAUUGGCUCCUGUGAGGACACGAUGCUGGACUAGAUGGGCCACUUGUCUGGUCCAGCAGGGCCCUUCUUUAUGUUCCUAUCGGAUUUCUCUUCCCCCUCUUAUUACCAUUUUCUGUUUUCUCUCUGCUGUGACUCCCUUUGCAGCGAUCAAUGGAGCCAUGGUGGCUGGUGCCGUCAUAGGAGCCCUCAUUGGACUUGGCCUGAUCAUUUUGUUUCCACUCCAGAUGCUCUUCUACAGAAGGAAGAUGAAAGAAUCACAGGAGGAGAUGGCCAAUGAGAUCAAGUGAGUGAAAAUGAGGUUCUUAAAUUGCCCCACAAGGCAGGCAAGUUGGGACCAGACAUGACUAAAGAGGCUAAAAUCUAUGUGGAAAUACUUCUUUUAAACGCAACAGCAGAAGACCGGUGAACAGAUUGCUGUCUAUGAAAGAAAAUAAGUGCAAUAAUAUCAAACAGAAAUGGACAACACAUUAUACCUGAAUGAAUCUCAGGGAAUGGAGGAAAUUGUCCCUUAUUUCUCCCUUCCUUGAAAUUCAUUCGGGUACAAUGCAUUGUUGAUUUCCAUUUGAUAUUCUUACAUUCAUAUCCACAAUAGCUGUUCCAUACCUCUAGAGUUAAGUUAGUAGUUGUUUUCCAGUACUGUGUUAACAUAUUUCCACCUGCAGACAUGAAAAAGAUUGGUAGCUCCUAAACAGUAAAUUAUUGUGGUCAUCUGUAAACAGAUUUGGGAUGCGGGUGAUGCUGUGGGAUAAAACCACAGAGCCUAGGGCUUGCUGAUCAGAAGGUCGGCAGUUCGAAUCCCCGCUACGGGGUGAGCUCCCGUUGCUUGGUCCCAGCUCCUGCCAACCUAGCAGUUUGAAAGCACAUCAAAGUGCAAGUAGAUCAAUAGGUCUCUGGCGGGAAGGUAAACGGCAUUUCCGCGCGCUGCUCUGGUUUGCCAGAAGCGGCUUAGUCAUGCUGGCCACAUGACCCGGAAGCUGUACGCCGGCUCCCUCGGCCAAUAAAGCGAGAUGAGCGCCGCAACCCCAGAGUUGUCCGUGCCUGGACCUAAUCGUCAGGGGUCCCUUUACCUUUACCUAUAAACAGAUUUAAUAAAAGCUAGCCCUAGGAUCAGGUUGCACCACUUGUUUCAUAACAGAAACAGCAAACCAAAACGGACAGGUUCUUCCUCUCAUUCCCUUCCCCUCACUAGUUCGUCUUUCUCUCUCUCUCUCUCUCCCCCCCCCCCCCCAACCCCUUUGCAGGGAAGAUGCUGUUGCCCCAAAGACUCUUUCCUGGGCAAAAAGUCCUGGCUCUGAUAUCGUCUCCAAAAACGGCACCUUGUCCUCCAUGAACACGACCCGGGAUCACAAACUCUACCCGUCCAAGCCGCCCUCAGACACGGCCUCCAUCACCACAGCCACUGGGAGCACGGUGGGCUACAAGCCCCCUUUCAGCAACCACCGCGGCGGGACCCACACGCCGACGCCCAGCCUCUCCAGCCAGUCCUUGCCCCUCUACUUCCCACCGAUGGCAAACGGGGUCCAUUGCCACCAUGCCAAUGUGCCAAUCCAUAGGAACACUCUCCACAGGACAAACGGGGCUCAGCCACAGGCCCCCCGACUACACGAGCCUGCCGCCCCCGCCCAAGGGCUCACCUCCUCCACCCUGAGCCGCAUGGGGGCCGUACCCGUCAUGGUGCCUGCUCAGAGCCAAGCAGGAUCCUUGGUGUAAGAGCUUGGCGGUGCCCUCCAAGUGCUCCAAGUGGUUCUAGCAAUCCCAUGCAAUGCAGAGAGGCUGGAAGCACUGACUCUGGGAUGCCUGCCUGCCUUCAGAGCUCCUGGGCGAGGUUUUGCGGGUGCGUCCUUCGAAGGAGCAGUUUUCAAGGAACCACCAUCAAUGAGACUUUCAAAGACUUGUGAGAUGGGCUUUUUGUAACACCUUUCAGAACUCUUCCUCUUGGUGCCCGACUCAUGUCCAGGAGCCCUCUUAACAGCAGAGGCUGUAUCUACUCGAACAAAUACCAGUGGAUCUUUGCUUUGCAGGAUGUGAUUCAUUCCUUUUUCUCUCUCUCUUAUUGGAGGAAGCAGCUGUGCUGGGACUGGCCAUCUUGACUUGGGGGAAAACGUGCCAGGGCAGAUCUGAAACCUGCAGCCAGAGUGAGGUGCUUCCUUGACCCGCCUUUCCUGGGAUUGGAGGGCAUUGGGUGCUCUGGAGGAGAUGGCAAAGAAAUAUUGCAGUUUAGGUUAAAGGGAAGAGGGGUGUGUGUUCUCUGAACUUCAGUUAGCGCAGGAAAGCUGCAGAGCAACACCUCUCCUUUUUCAAGUUUCUAGACCAUGGGAGAUUCUUCAGAGUCAGAGAAGGGCUCUGUAGGAUAUCCAAUGUCUGGUGCACCUUUAGAUCAUUGGCCACUUUCCAUAACUUGGCUGAAGCAGAAUGAAUUAUGCAAGCAAAGGAAAUGUAUGCACAUUAGUUUGGUUUGCAGAAUGUUCGCAGCUUGUCUCUUGCUGCAGAAUUUGUAUAAUCUCGGCACAGAGAAUACCCAGCCCUGGACAAAGAGCUUUGGUAGUCCAGUCUCUGUUUUGAAAUUGCUUUUAUUGUUAUUAUCGGGAAUGGGGGAAUGAAAUGGGGUGUCCUCCAUAGUAUUCCAACCUUGUUGGCUAGUGUAGGUGCCACUCAAAAUAGCAAGAGCCCUCUGGCCACCUGCAGUUCCCAGUUAUUCAGAUAUGAAUGUUGAUGUGUAAAUUGGAUCGUUUUCUGUUUGCUAUCAAGAGUCCCUGGGAGGGGAGGGAAGGCAGGUUAGGCUGAGAGUCUGUGAUUUGCUUUGUCACUGAGCAGGAAUCCCCCCGCACAAAAGUGGCCAGCAAAGGGAGGGAGGGUUCCCUUGGCUUUUCUGUUCGUUGCCAGUUAGGUGACCAACUUUUACUGCUGUUUUUAAAUAAGGAAAGAAAUGCAAGUUUUACAACUGCAAAUAGUUUUUAUUUUAUUUUUAAAAGCUAUUUCAAAAUUGAUUUGCAAAUGCUGGGAAGAGUGGGGAGUGUCUGUAGUACAGACAUUGGACCUACCCUGCAAUUUCUCUUUGUUUUAUCUGAGUAACCCCUGAAUAGACUUUCCCUUCUAAACAGCUUCCUUGUGUCACUGAGCCUCUCCCGUCUCCUAAAAAAACUCCCACAAUAACUUGAAGCCCAGUUUUGGAUGAAUCCUCGCAGUUUUGGCUUUAGGAACGGGGAAUAUUUGGCUGGUUUCUUCUGCCCCCUUGUGAUGCACAGAGGAACUGUACCUGGUCAACAAUUCCGCCUUGGGGAUCUUCAAUAAUAAGAUGUUUCUUCUUCCUGCCCUUCCCAAAAGCUUCUGCAACUAACCUGUAUGUAACCUUAUAUCAGAAUAUCCUAACAAUGGAUUCUCUAAGGGCGCCUUCAGUAUUUUAAUACAUAUUGUGCAAUUAUGUUUAUUCAAUGGACUUUUGAUCUUCUGUUUCUUUCUUUUUUAUAAACGUAGAUCUAGCACAUAAUUUAUACUUAUAGGUAUCAACAGGUCUGUGAAUCCUGGCUAAAGUCCUCUAACCAUUUUCAUGCUGGCUAAUUUUUUUUAAUGGCAAUGAGACCCUUCUGUUACAUGAGAAGCUAGGAUGGCACUGAAAUAUUUUUAUGUACAGUUUGAAAAACAUAUUAUUUUUCAUAAAUAAAAGUAUUUGUUUUUUAUAUUUAAAAAAAA